AUGUCGGUUCGCGUGGCGGCCCCUCCGGCCGUGGAGCUGAAGGAGCUGGGCGGCGGGCCGCUGGACAAGGCCGGAGGAGGCGGAGGGGGGUCCGGGGCCUGCGCUCAGGCCGCCUCCGCGCCGCCCAACCCGGCGCCUCAGCCGCCCGCCGAGUCCGGCCCGCCAGGCUCCGGAGGCGCGCCGGCCCCCGCCAAGGCGCCUCAGGCUUCGGCCAUGAAGCGCAGCGAGCCCGCGCCGGCUUCCUCUCGGGCCCAGCAGCAGCCUCGGCUGGCCGGCGACGGGGGCGACAGCAGCGGCGGCGGCUGCGGGGGCGCGGGCGGGCAGCUGGGCGAGGCCCUGGUCAGCCCCGACGGGACCGUCACGGAGGCGCCUCGCACCGUCAAGAAGGUACCUCGCUCUGAACCCGCCUUCCAUCCCGCCCCUUGCAGCGGGUUGGGCUAGAUGACCCCUGGGGGGCCCUUUCCAGGGAGAGGCGGCGCCCCGCCCUCUCCUACCCGCUGCAGCCCCGUGUUUGGGUGCGCGUGUGUGAAUGCAAUCCGGAGGCAGAGAACUGGAUAGAGCGUGGUGCUGAUAACGCCGAGGUUACAGGUUCGGUCCCCGCAGGUGGGGUUGUCAUAUGUCCUCUUUUUCCCCAGGGCACGCCCUCUUUUUAAUGGGUAGAGUCGCCAUAGAGACCCGUCGUUAAAAGUAGAAGUUGGCAAAUGUGUCCUCUUUAUAUAUAUCUCUGGGGACAGAGCGUUCCGCCACGUCGGGGCCAGUGCUGAAAAGGCACUGAACUGUAGUGUUGGAAGGGACCGAAAGGAUCAUCCAGCGUUUUAUAUAUAUAUAUAUAUACACACACACACACACAGACACACACACACACACACACAUAUAUAUAUAUAUAUAUAUUCCAGCAUUGUAGGGGGUUCGGCUGGAUGAUCCUUUCGGUUCCUUCCGACUCUACAGUUCAGUGCCUUUUCAGCACUGGCCCCGACGUGGUGGAACGCUCUUUCACAAGAGACUAGGGUCCUGCGGGACUUGACACCUUUCCGCAGGGCCUGCAAGACAGAGCUGUUCCGCCUGGCCUUUGCUUUCAACUCGGUCUGACCCUUAUGUUUCCCUCCCCUUUAGGUACUUUAAAAUGAGGCUGCAUUUUAACCUGUAUUUCAAAUUGGUUCCCCCCCUCUUUUCCCCCUAUUAUGUUUUUAGUGUGAUUUUGUUGGUGUUAGCUGCCCUGAGCCCGGCUCUGGCCGGGGAAGGCAGGGUAUAAAUAAAAUUUAUUAUUAAUAUUAUUAUUCUAUGAUUCUAAGAGCCUGGCUGCGGGAUCAAGUCCCAGUGGGCCUCAUCUUAAGUCCAGCACACUCUCCUCACCGUGGCAAGACAGAUUUCCUGCAUUACAAGGGGUGGGCUAGACUAGAUGGCCCUUUGGGAUCCCCUACCCACCCUGCAGUUGAUUCUAUGACGAAAAUCCCGCUUUUGCGUGUGGGUGAGCACAGCCCCGUCCUGUUAGGCUCAGGUGCUCAAAAGUGCCAAUUCUUCCUCUUCUUCACCCUUCCUUCAGCAGGGCUUUUGUUCUGGGUUGAGAGGUGUAGGAGGGAAGGCCAGCCCCCUGGGUCCCUGCAAGCGCAAUAAUAAUAAUAAUAAUAAUAAUAAUAAUAAUUUUAAAUUAUUAUUAUUAUUUAUGUGCCACCCAUCUGACUCUGUUUCCCCAGCUGCUCUGGGUGGCUUGCAGCAAAUGAAGUGCAGGCUGCUCUGCCAACCAGCCCUCUCCCCAUCAGUGGCAAAGCACCGGCAGAAGCCCCAGGCUCAGUCCCCAGUGGCAUCUCCAGGUAGGGCAAGGAAAUACUGUUCUGUCCUGAAACCUUCCAGAGCUACUGCCGGUCAGUGUAGGCAGUACUGAGGUAGACAGAGCAAUGUGUCUGCCUCAGUGUAAGGCACCUUCCUGUGUUUCUGCUUUGGAAGGGCUAUGGCUCACUGGCAGAGCAUCUUCUUUGCAUCCAGAAGGGCCUUGGUUCUAUCCCCCCAUGGCAUCUCCAGCUCACGCUGGGAAGGAAACCUCGGGGGACAAUACUAAGCUGGAUGGAUCAAUGUCUUGAAACUUCCCAUGUUCCUGUUUGCGAAGGUUUGUAGCUAGAUGGCAGAGCUCCUGCUUUGCAUCCAGAAAGUCUAGGCAGAGGACCUUCCUGGCGUUGGCGCCCUCCCUGUGGAAUACCCUCCCAUCAGAUGUCAGGGAGAUAAAGAAUCACACAAGUUUUAAAAAACAUCUGAAGGCAGCCCUGUUCAGGGGACAUUUUAUCAUUUUUUAUAUUUUGCUGGAAGCCACCUAGACAGGCUGGGCAAACCCAGCUAGAUGGGCAGGGUAUAAACAAAAAAAAAAAUUUAUUAUUAUUAUUAUUAUUAUUAUUAUUAUUAUGGUUCCCAGGUUCAGCUUUGAAUGUCAGUGUCAACAAUACAGAGUUGGUGGGCUUGAUAUACGAUAGCCUGUGACUGCUGGACUCCAUGUUGGCUGGGGUGUGUUAAUAAAUAAAUAUUUAUACCCCGCCCAUCUGGCUAGGUUUCCCCAGCCACUCUGGGCACUCCCAGAAGAAUAUUAAAAACACAAUAAAUACAUCAAACAUUAAAAAUUUCCCUAAACAGAGAGUCCUGAAUGGAGGGCACCAGGUCAGGAAAGGCUGCACUAGUUUUUCCACUCAUAGUUCCUUUAAAUUAAAUACAUUCUUUGUAGUUUCUUCACCCCCUGGCCUCCUAACCCAGAAAUUCCUGAGGAAUUAGCCUAAGUGCAGGAGAAAGGCGUUCUGUGAAGAGUCCCCAUUCCUCCCUUUAAUAAUUGGAGCAAUGUAAAGAAUGGGGCCCCCUGAUCCACCUUCUUGCCCUCCCAACUCAUGAAGCUCUUAGCCACAAUUGACAGAAUGGUUCUAGCGAAUAUAAUCACCAUUCCCUUUUCUUGGGAACUGAGUGCUGUUAGAAAGAGACUCUCUCUCUCUCUCUCUCUCUCUCUCUCUCUCUCUCUGUGUGUGUGUAUUUAUACAAACACACACAUGUAUGUUGGUACCUUUUCCUUAGGUACCAGCUAAGGUCCCGCUUCUCUAGGAGGAGUAAGACUGUUGCUGUCCUCAAAAGUCCAUUAGAAAGGGUUAUUUCUCCUCCCUUCCCAUUUACAUUCUUUGGAUUUUUUGAUCCAAUCUUGCUUCUCUCAACAGGAACCUCCUUGCCAGAUACUCUCAGAGCAUUUGAGGGCUACUUUAUUUACCCUCCUUUUUCAGGACCUGCCUGUUUCUGAAAUAUCUGGUGGUUCUUGUACAGAGAUGGUUUCCUUGUCUAUUUGCUGAUAGGGAGUAACAGACUUUAUUUGAGUAUGGUCGCACAGCCUCUCUCCUCCUGCCUCUUUUUUUCCUAGUGGGAGAUUCCAAGGCAGGUGGUGUUAGAUCUCUAUUUGCUGGGAUCAUUAACAAUUUUUCUCUCCUUACAUUUCCUUAGAUGUGUUUUAGUCUACAAUUUCAGUUACUCUCUACAGCAGACAAUAAUAAUAAUAAUAUAGGAAGCGGUAUGAGUUCAUCAGAGAAAAUUCCCAGCAGCAGCAGCAAUAUAAUACCUUUAUUCGAACCAACAGAAAGUAAUGUAAAAAAACAACAAAGCUAGCUAGCUUUUGAGUUUCACAGAAUUCUUCCAGUUCAUCAUUUACUGACUUUUAGUCCAAAUAAAAGGUAUUAUGCAACUGCUGCUGUUGGGAUUUCAAUUAUGCAUGCUUCAGGUCAAAAGGUGCAAGAAGUACAGAUCCUUGAGAUGGGGAAAAAUGAAUUGAAUCCUUGCCAUUACCGUAGCAGCGAAGUGAAUAUCCAAGGAGGAUAUUGUACCUGUACUUCUCUCCAGUUCCUAGUUCUUUAAUGUGGUGAAACUGUGCCCUUUCAUCCUGAACUUCCUGCAACGAGACAUAACAGAUUCUGUUAAUUUAGUGAUCAGUGUGCAGGUAGAGAUUUGUGCCUUUGUAGUAGGAGGUGCGAUGCACUGAACCAGGAGUGAAUGCAGUACAUUCUUUCUUAUCCACAGUUUCAUUGUGGGGCUUGUUCUAGUGAUUGGAAGUGGGUGCACAGUUCUCAAAUCCAGGCCCUACUCUCCAAGGCACUAUGAAGGUGACAGUAGCACUUUUACCAGCUUCAUCUUGAACAAUCAAAGGGCUUGUGUAACUGCCAGUCUAACACAUCAUUUGCAGGUAAAGCUAUCUUAAGCACCAAAAUGCUGUUUAUUAGAAAGCAAGUCUGUUAAGAUCUAAGCCAGUUUUUCGGGCCCCUUCCUAAAGAUAGGAAGAAUCCAGCUGGCCUUUGGAAGGAAAAAUUGAGACACGCUGUUUCUACAGAAGGUAAUGUGAACAUGAAGAACUGCUUUGCUGAGAUUUCUAGGGGGAUCGGUCUGGCCACUGUAUGUGAGAGAGAAUGCUGGGCUAUAGAUGGGCAUAUGGAUCUUAGCAUAUGAAAUCCAUGUUCCUGCUUCAGGUUUGGUAACUCAUACUUUCUGCUGUUUGUUGGCAAAUGUGUUUUGAUAUCUAUUUUAAAGGAAUGCUAAUGACACAGUAUAUAAAACGGUAAAAGAAGUAUUUUUUUCCUAAAGCUUAAAGCACCGGAGAUAUAUUUUGAUUAGCUAAAUGAAAAUCAUUCUGUUAAAAAUCUGGUAAUUCCAUUCAAACAGUGUUGGAUAACAUUUCUUCUUGCUUGAAAUGUUGCUCCCUUUAAUUGCAAUGUUCUGAGGUAAGUGAUGAUCCUUCUGCAGCCAAAACGACACCACCCACCCACAAGCUGGAGGUGUUGGCAACCUUUGGGAACUCCAUGCUUUGCAGAAGUACAUACAAUUUUGAGAAGAAACCCUAAGUGGUUUGUGUGUGUGUACACACAUACGCAUAUACGUAAGGUAAAAGGUAAACGUCCCCUAGAUGGUUAAGUCCAGUCAAAGGCGACUAUGGGGUGUGAUACUCAUCUCGCUUCAGGCCGAGAGAGCCAGCAUUUGCCCAUAGACAGUUUUCUGGGUCAUGCGGCCAGCAUGACUAAAUGGCUUCUGGCGCACAGAAACUGUGUUUACCUUCCCGCUGCAGCGGUACCUAUUUAUCUCCUUGCACUGGUGUGCUUUCAAACUCCUAAGUUGGCAGAAGCUAGGUUCGCAUAUCUAUAUCUAUAUCACCUAUAUCUAUAUCUGGGAGCACAGGGAGGAUUAAAUAUUUCCACAGAAUAGUGACAAUGUGUGUGGAAGAAUGGAAUGGAGUUAUCUAGUAGAUAAUAAAUGUUGGAAAUGUAAAGAAACUGAAGGUACAUUUUUUCACCUUUGGUGAAAGGUUAAGGCUUUCUGGGAAAUGAUAUAUAAUGAAUUAAAAAAGGUAUUUAAAUAUACCUUCUUGAAGAAACCAGAGGCCUUUCUCCUGGGCAUAGUCGGCCAAUCGGUGUUAAAAAAGGAUAGAACUUUCUUUAUGUACGCAACAACAGCAGCAAGAAUACUCAUCGCAAAGUAUUGGAAGACACAAGAGCUACCCACACUGGAGGAAUGGCAGAUGAAACUGAUGGACUAUAUGGAACUGGCGGAAAUGACUGGUAGAAUCCGUGACCAGGGAGAAGAGUCGGUGGAAGAAGAUUGGAAGAAAUUUAAAGAUUACCUACAGAAACAUUGCAAAAUUAAAGAAUGUUAGAGUGAUGAUGGAUUGAAAUUAAGUGGUUUCUAGCUGCACAGGCUUUAAAGUUAUAUACAGAUUAAGAUUAAGGAUUAGGAAUAAAAAGGUUAAAAGAAUGGAAAAUUGGCUAUUAAUAGAUAAGAACUUAAUGUUAUAUUAUAUUAAGAUUAAGGAUUGGGAUUAAAAAAGAGGGAAAGGAAUUGCUGGACAAACAAACUGAAUUGGAAUACAAAAGAGGGAGGUAUGAGGAGGUCCAGAAAAUAAGUAAAUUCAAAAGUAGUGAUGAAAAGAUGGAUUUGUUUUUAACUGUUUUUUCUUUUUUUAUUUUUGUAUUUUGUAUUGUGUAUUUUUCUUUUUACUUUUAAAUUCUUUUUUAUUGAUGUGUCUCUUUUUAUCUGAAACUUUAAUAAAUAUCAUUUAAAAAAAAAAAGGAAUGGAGUUAUCUAGUGGAAGACAUGCCUGGCUGGAACUCUGAGCAGGAGCAGUCCACAGUGCAACAUUUUGUUGUAUAUCUCACUUAUUAGCAAUCUAGACAUACCUAAUCUAAAUAUAGUCUAAAUAUAGAUGAAUAAAAUAUAUUUCUUGCAUAUAUAACAAGCAAAUCUGAUAUCUGGGUUAGUAUUGGUUUUGAGUCAAGCUGUUCAGUGGCGAAAGUACCUUUGUAUCUCAUCGCCUGCCUAAGAUGUGGAUAGUCAGCUACAGUUAACCUGUUGAUGCACCUCCCAGUGAUGACGUGUCUGCAAAUGAGCAAAUUCUGGUAGCCCAGGUACCUACAGAUUAGAUCAGAGCUUUCCAAACUUUUCAAGUUGGUGAGACACUUUUUGGACAUGCAUCAUUUCGCGACAUGGUAAUUCAAUUUUCGAUCAUUUCAUGACGCAGUAGUUCAGUUUUACUAGCAAACUGGAGGUUAAACGAACCCUUUCCAGCCCCAGGAGAAGUGUGGGGAGCAUACAUGCGACACACCUACACACUGCAGCUGACACAUUAACGUGUCAUGACACACAGUUUGAAAAGCUUUGGAUUAGAUGUUGCUCACUUGCCACUAACUACCCCAAUCUAGCCUGCUGCUUCCAUUACCACUUGCCUCCUUCCUUCCCAGGCUGUGUUCCCUAUGCCUUCACCGUCAUAAAGUAAUAGACUAGCAGGAGAAAAAUAAUGAGGGUAAUGAACUAACACAUGUGGCUUUCACCCUGUAUCGAAAAUUUGAUGAGUGACGGAAGUUGCAAGCAGGCAAAGCAAGCUGGAGGCCUUGCUUUCGCAAAAUGACAUUAGCAGGGGAACAGUAAAAGUGGUGAAAUUUUGUGAUGUAUUGGUUGCAAUGUAGGAAGUGGAACAAAGUUUAUUGUGGACAGAGAUGGAAUGAUCAUAUAGCAGGAAGGAUAAAAGGUCCAUUUGAUGUGAAAAGGUAACAGAGGGAAGAUCAUAAGCCUGGAGGCUUCCUUUUGUCCUGAAGACACCCAAUGAAAUGAAAGGGUGUCAUUAGUUGUGCCAAAAGAUAUGAGGAAGAAUGAAUCAUUGCUGAUGCUGCACGGAGUUGCUAUAAGUCAUGGGUGACUAACUGGUGGCUCACAGAUGUUGUGGGGCUCCAACUCCCAUCAGCCCCAACCAGCAAGGCCAGUGAUUCGUUUAUUUAUAAGAUUUUGUACCUACCCUUCCCUAUAAUGUCCCAGGGUGGGUUGCGUCAAUAUAAUAAACAAUUAUAAAAGAGAUGAAACCAUUGAAAAAUAAAGCCAUUCCAAAUGGAGCAGAACAGUAUAAAUUCAAUGGAAGAGAUGUGUUCAAUGAAAUGGUGGGUCCCACGAAACAAAAUACCUUCAUUAUGAGAACUAUAGUCUGUCAACAUCUGGGGGACCACAUGUUAGCCAUCCCUUCUAUAAGUGGUAGAGAGAGAGGUAUGAAUUUGGGGAGAGGUAAAGAGGCAGGCGGGCAUGCUGGCAACAGAGGGUGGCAGUGGACUGUCCUAGCUAGAUAGUCCUUGAUGAAUUGGAUCUGAAAGUGCUUAGUGGAACAACUGAUGCUUGAACAUUUAGAAGACAGAACUGUUUGUGAUGUCUUCACUUCUCCAUACGUGCAAUGAAACCUGAAAUGAGCGUUGCCUUCCCCCCACUGUUCAGAUGAGACAUUCCUGGAUUGAGUGGGACUUCCCAGUACUAAAGCAAGCUUAAAAAUGUCCUCAUAGUUGCCCAUAUGUAUGUUCUUUUCGGCUCUCAUUGGUUUCAUUUUGUAACGUCUUCCUGCCUGGUAGCCAAGAGACAACUUUUACUUGCCACAGGUGGCAGAGCAGUUGCCUCUUCACAAGCCUGUACAGUAGCCAUGCCAAUCUUGUAUACCAAGUGGCCAGGAAGACAACUUACAGUGGAACCUCGGGUUACAAACACCUCAGGUUACAAACACUUUGGGUUACAGACUCUGCUAACCCAGAAGUAGUACCUCGGUUUAAGAACUUUACCUCAGGAUGAGAACAGAAAUUGUGCGCUGGCAGCAGCGGGAGGCCCCAUUAGCUAAAGUGGUACCUCAGGUUAAGAACGGACCUCUGGAAUGAAUUAAGUUCGUAACCAGAGGUACCACUGUAUUUUGAAAGAUAAUGGGGAAGAUAAUGUCAUUAUAUAGCUUUGGUUCCAAGCAAGCUUGGGCAUUCCAUGUGUAAAAUGGAUAGUUAAGAGAGAUGGGGGAGUCAUUAGAUAUUAAUCCGCCCCAAAAUACUGUGUAGUCAAAUGAUGGAUGACUCUUCUUUUGGCAAAGUCGUGCUGCCAGUUCCUGUUCUGCAUUUCAUUUUACUGUCCUUUUGAGAUAAAGGUUGUGAAUCUAUUAUUAAUAGCUUUGUUCCUAAGUUUAGGAACCACCUUCUGCCUCUUUCCAUUAAGAUUAUACCGGGAGCUUAUAAGAAGAGCUUGCUGGAUCAGGCCAGUGGCCAGCAUCUUGCUCUCACAGUGGCCAACCACAUGCCAGCAACCAGGAUUGGAGCACAAGAGCAGUUGCCCUUCCUGUGGUGGUUUCCAGAAACUGGUAUUGUGACACAUUGCUGUUUUCACCUGUGGAGGCAAAGUACAGCCUUCUCCUUCAUGAAUUUAUCUAAUCCAGGGGUUGGCAUGGUUUACCUCACAUGGGUCGGUUCACUCCAGUGGAGAUCCCUCCAUGAAUGACCACGUGCUCCCAUGAUUUCCGCAGUCUGUGUCUGCGCAGACGCGAUUUCCAGUGUCUUCAUAGAUGCAAUUUUCGGCGCCUCGGAAGCGAGUCCCUGCACCACGCUGCGCCAGUUUACAGCAGCGUGCAGGGACUUGCCGAGUGGGUGACUCAGUUCGGGGGCUGCUCGGGGGCCGGUUAAACGACCCCCUUGGGCCGCUUGUGGCCCAUGGGCCUUAGGUUGCCGACCCCUGGUCUAAUCCACUUUUAAAGCUAUCCAAGUUGGUGGCUGUCACUGCCACCUGUGGGACUUCCAUAGUUUGACUUAGAAUCACAAAAUUGUAGCAUUGGAAGGGAACAUGAGGGUUAUCUAGCCCAACCCCCUGCAAUGCAGGAAUCGUUUUGUCCAACACGGGUCUUGAACCCAUGACACUGAGAUUAUGAGUCUCUUUCAGUUGGGGAAGCACAGGGAUACUUAAUGCUUGAAUGCCAGAGAUUGAGCAGACAGUGCUGCUGCUUCCAUUUUCAUGCACACUCACAGUAAAACGCUUCCCUCUAUGGAAUUGUGAUAGUCUGUUCUCUAGCCCAGACUAGUAGAGGUAGAAACCUGCUGCCAGGAUGGAGAAGCAGUGGUUUACUCAGUUGUUCACUUACCUCAGCAACACAGGAGUUUUUUAUUUAAUAGGGUUGAAAUUGUGCUCUUGGCCUUCCAGUAGAAAGUUGAACCAAAAUAAUAGAACUGUUUGUUUGUGUUGCCUUGGAGGGAAUGAUGAACAUACUUAUAGCAAGUACAGUGGUACCUUGGUUUACGAACUUAAUCCGUUCCGGAAGUCUGUUCUUAAACCAAAGCAUUCUUAAACCAAGGUGUGCUUUCCCAUAGCAGCGGGGGACUCAGUUUACAAAUGGAACACACUCAACAGGAAGCGAAACAUGUUCUUAUUCCAAGGCAAAGUUCACAAACCAAAACACCUGGGUUUGCAUCGUUCUUAAUCCAAGUCAUAAACUAAGCUGUUCUUAAACCAAGGUACCAUUGUACCCUGUAAACCAGAGGUGGUGAAUCCCUGGUCUGAUCUGCAAUGCAUCCCCCCAGCAGUUAAUUUUGGUACCUAACACCCUACAGGUAGCACAUUUUUUUGAAUAAAAAAAGGAGAUGUUGCAUUGGACUGGGCAGAGUAGUUUAAACUUCUCUGCAGUGCUGCAGUGAGUCUAUGUGCCUGUGUGGCUGUCCUUUGUGUGUGUGCGCAAGCAUGACAGGUGUUGACAACAACUGUUGACAUACAGUUCCUGAUGGGUUUCUUAAAAGUGAAUUCAAACCAUGAGCCAAAAACGAUUAGCCAUUCUGGCUCCUAAACCUUACAUUUUCCCUCAUAUUGCAGGUGAAAGCUGAGGCUAAAAGAUAAUAAUAAUAAUAAUAAUAAUAAUUUUUUAUUUAUACCCCGCCCUCCCCAGCCAAGGCCGGGCUCAGAGCGGCUUACAAGCAAUAAUAAAAACAAGAUGAAUGAUUACAACUUAAAAACAAAAAUAAAAUACAACAUUAAAAUAAUGGAACAUUAAAAUAUUAAAAUGUAGCCUCAUCGCAGGAGGAGAAGGAAAAGAAAAAGAAAGAGAGAGGGAGGGAGGGAAUCAAAUUGGCUCCAAGCCAAAGGCCAGGCGGAACAACUCUGUCUUACAGGCCCUGCGGAAAGAAAUCAGAUCCUGCAGGGCCCUGGUCUCAUGAGGCAGAGCGUUCCACCAGGCCGGAGCCAGAGUUGAAAAGGCUCUGGCUCUGGUUGAAGCCAAUCUAACUUCCUUAGGGCCUGGGACCACUAGGGUGUUGUUAUUUAUGGACCUUGAGGCUCUCUGUGGGGCAUACCAGGAGAGGCGGUCCCGUAGGUACGAGGGUCCUAGGCCGUGAAGGGCUUUAAAGGUCAAAGCAGCACCUUAAAUCUGACCCUGUACUCCACCGGGAGCCAGUGUAGCUUGAAAAGCACUGGGUGAAUAUGCUCCCAUGGCAGAGACCCCGUGAGGAGCCUCGCUGCAGCAUUCUGCACCCGCUGGAGUUUCUGGGACAGCUUCAAGGGCAGCCCCAUGUAGAGCGAAUUACAGUAGUCAAGCCUGGAGAUGACCGUCGCAUGGAUCACUGUGGCCAGGUCGGGGUGGGAAAGGUAAGGGACCAACUGCUUGAUGCGGCGAAGGUGGAAAAAUGUCGCCUUGGCUGUUGCUGUAACUUGCGCCUCCAUGGAAAGGGAGGCGUCAAGGAUUACACCCAAACUCUUAACAGAAGGCAGUGGCACUAAUUGGGCCCCCGCAAGAGAAGGGAUAGUGGUUGGGUUGUGGUUGUAGAGUCAACGCAUGGCUGAACUGAGAUUUGAGCUGGGGACAUGCACUUAGCUGCUGUGCUACAGCAGCUGGUUGGCUGCUGUGCAAACCUAUUGUGCCUAAUAUAGCUCGAAGGUAGAUUGCUGGGGCAUUAAAAAAAGGGGGGGGGGAACCUUUCAAGUAGGUUAUACACCCACAGCUUUUCCUGAUGUGAUAGCAAUCUGCUAACUGUUGUAGAAAUCUCCCCAUGUUGGCUAUUUCCGUGAUUGACUCUUUUUUAAUGUCUGCCUGUUCUGAUUCCUUGGCCAUGUGAAUAGAUGAUCCAAGGGUCUUGCAAAUCCACCUUUGGCAAAUGUUUAGCAAUUCUGUCCUAAGCAGCCAGGGUCGCGUAUGCAUAGCAUGAGAUUUCAUAUGGCAGUCUUAAAUGUGCCUAUAUUAGGGUCGGACCAAAAAACCCUCACAUGAUUACGAUUGCCCCAAGAAUUGCCACGAGGCACAAUUAAAAUAAGUUUAAACGAUGUCCAGGAGCUUAUAUAGUAACAUUUGUGUCAUGUAAACAAGUUUCUACCCCUUUGGAGAGCACCUUCUUCCAGCAAGAUAACUGACUAGUCACAGCUUAGUUAGAUAAGCUAUUACUUGAUCUCCUUGUAACAGAUAGUGUGAUCUGGUUGGAACAGAUAGUGUGGGAACAUCCUUGAGGAAAUAAGAAAUGUAGGACUGACCAAAGCAGGUUCGAUGAAGAUUUAAUAUGCCAUUUGAAAGGGACAAUUUCUACGCUGCAGAAAACGCUUAUUUCCUGGGAUGUUAAGUAUGCAGAUGCACAUAGCUCAUCAUGCGGCGGAUCAGAAAUGAUGCUGGUGGGUAAUCCAUGUGGUAUGCAGAUAUCUUGGGAACUGCACUGUGAGGUCUUUCCCUAGCAGGUGCUAAUCUCUGCUGACUGCAGUAUAAAUUAGGUCUCUAUGCCAUUCACUCCAUAACUUGAAAGUGUUUGCUUACCUUGCCAGGACUUACACUGGCAAGUCCUGCCCCCCCCCCCAUAAACAAAUUAUCGUUUCUGUGGCUCUGAACAGUUUUUUUUAAAAACGUAAACCAUGCUCAGGAAAUCAGAAGCAGCUUUUCACUUUUGUGCAAAUUGAUUGUGAUAUGAACAGUGUAUUACCCACUUCACCUGUUCUUAGAGGACUCUGCCACCCAUUUUUAUUUUAGCCAUGUUCUACAAGAGCAGCUCAUAGCUGUCAUACGAGGCUCCUGUGAGAUCUCAAAUGGCCCUGCAAGAUCUCGUGAGAGCUUCCAGAGACUGGUAAGCAAGGGUGUUUCUAUUUAUUUGGGGAUUUUUUUGGCAAGCCAUGCAAAGCUAUGUGUAAGCAAAUCAGCGCAAGUUGUGGUCCUAUUGUAUUGCAGUGAAUGAGCUGCAAUUCUGCAUGAUGCUGGAUCCACUGUUGAGCUUCACACGUCCCUUUGUUUGCCUUAAGAUAACUGUGUUCAAGAGAAGGAUGUAGGUUUUAGCUUUGGUACUUGGAAGCUACAGGAAAUUCAGUCUGUACUCUAAGCCAUAGGAGUCCUUCAAGAACUGGACUAGGAAGGUGAGAGGAAUGAAUAACUUGCAUAAGCUGCUGAUUUGGACAAAUGGGUCACAUUGUAAGACUUGGGUAUCUAUGGUAGCUGAUUGAGCUCAGGAAGGCCAUUGUGGGAUACUAGAGUACAGAUUUUGGUAUGAAGAAGAACUGAAGACUGAGAAAUAAAUGGAUAACUUUGAGAUGAAUCCUGAAGAGGGUUGAGGGAAUCUUGAGGGAAUGGGGAAUGAGGUUCUAAUACUGUAUAUUAUAAGCAGUGUGUUUUUCUGGAAGGUGUAGGACCUUUGCUUUUCUUCUGCUGAGUUCUUAUAGCUGUAUUUGGCAAAUACUGUAGAUUAUUAAAACUUCAAACUCAUGAGAACUUUUUUUAGGUCUCCAAGUGCUUUUUAAAAAAACAACACCACACCAAAGAGUAAUGUGCCUUGAUAGUUGGUGACUCUGGCUAAUGAUAAAUGGGUUGAACUAGUAGCAAUCAGGGGAUGAAGAAAACUCCAUAGUAUAUUGUGCAUUGAUGGUUCAUCUUGUAUUCUUGUUUUAUGCUGUCCAAUUGCCUGACAUUUGCAGUGUGUUUGGCUACCUAAUUAUGAAUAUUUGCCGAUCAGAUAUUCAUUCUGCCAGUCAAUUGGUAUAGCCCAAACUAUUUUGUCCAGUAAUCACCAGCUUUUGCUUCUGGAAAGUUCUGGGCAUGUCCAGUUCAGUCACCUGCAGCUUCACUCAGAUGUUCAGUGGGGUUUAAUUCCAAAUCGAGUGUGUGCAGGAUUGUGGCUUAACCUCCAGAUAAGUGAUUUUGCUUAACAACCGUGCAGAAAUGUUCCUUUUGUCUCUAAGCAGCUACGCUUUUGCAGUGCAAAUGGUGUGUGGGCUGCAUGACCCACAGGCUUUGGAUUAUGCUGCUAGGUUGCAUAAACCCUCUGUUUAGUUGUAAGCCAAUAUGUCUCAUUUGCGAUAGUGUGCAUGGGACUCCUGGUUCAAUCAGUUAUUUAAACCACCAAGAAAAAAUACAAAUGUGAAUAACUGUUGUGCAAAUGAACUUGUCUUAAAUCAUUCCCUUUUUCCCAGCAGUGGUGGGGUGUGUGUGUCUGUGUGCUCUAACUGGUGGUUAGUAUUUCUACUGGUGAAGUGUUCCACAGCUUCUGAAAGCAUGCUGGGGGAAGAUCAUAGCUCUGGGGUAGAGCAUUUGCCUUGCAUGCAUGAGCUGCCAAGUUCAAUCCUCGACAUCGCCGGGUAGGGCUGGUAGAGGCUCCUGCCUGAAACCCUAGAUAAAGGUAAAGGGACCCCUGACCAUUAGGUCCAGUCGUGGCCGACUCUGGGGUUGUGGCGCUCAUCCUGCUUUAUUGGCCAAGGGAGCCGGCGUACCGCUUCCGGGUCAUGUGGCCAGCAGGACUAAGCCGCUUCUGGCGAACCAGAACAGCGCACGGAAACGCCGUUUACCUUCCCGCCAGAGCGGUACCUACUUAUCUACUUGCACUUUGACGUGCUUUCGAACUGCUAGGUUGGCAGGAGCAGGGACCGAGCAACGGGAGUGCACCCUGUCGCGGGGAUUCGAACCGCCAACCUUCUGAUCGGCAAGUCCUAGGCUCUGUGGUUUAACCCAGUGCCACACGUGUCCCUCGAAACCCUAGCUGCCAAUGAGGGUAGACAGUACUGAGCAUGAGAGACCAGUGGCUUGACGUGGUAUAAGGCAGCUCACUAUGCUUCUAGAACAAUUGUGUACAUUCAACAAAAGCCUGACUUUGGAAACUCAUGCUCAAAUCCUCACUUAGCAUGAAGCUCACCAUCUUUCAGGAUGGUUGUACUGCUGAAAUGCUGCUUUUAAGUUUCUUCCGGGAAGGAAGGUGGGAUAUGGAUGUAACAAACUAGAGCAUCCUAAUUGCUGAACACCCCCCAAACUUAUACACCGGACUAUACUAUUGUCUUACUCUAGUCUAGGCCUAAUGGCUUUUUGUUCUCUCAGUGCAGUCAGAGCACAGUGCUGAUGAGUCAUACAGAAGAGGACUGAUGGUCCUUUGUGUGUGUCUGUGUUUUAUUUGUCUUGUCAAUGUUGACUUCCUCAAAGGUCUUCAUGCCCCUUUCUCUGCCUAUUUCCCCCAUAAUAAUAGACCUGUUGUGAAUUAUUGAUCAAUGUCAGCUACGUUAUCAAGGCAGCUUCUAUCGUCCAGUAGUCUCAGGUUAAGAAAGCAGCCAUUUGAUAAUGCCAAAUGCAGAUUCCUUGAUUUGCAACUCCUCCUCACAAAUAGAGUUUUGGCAAUAAUUAGUACUGAGCCAAAAACGCAGCCUCUCCCACCUCAUUGCUUGACAAGAAAGGAAAGUGGCAUUUCUGGCCUUCAUCUAAUAAACAUUGUGCAGCUGUUUUGUUUGCAGUAAGACAUGCUAUUGGAAGAAAUUGACAAUUUCCAAACACAUUCAUUAGGAAGCCACUGCUACAUGUUUAGAGAUGGAUGUCUCAUCAAAUGUUGCAUGUUAACAAGUUGACACCCUGGCUCCUUGUGAGGCAGUUAGUUCUUGGGUUACCUUUGAAAAGGUGCAGAAGAUAUUCUCUGUAAGUUGGUACUGGGAUUCUCCCUUGCUAAAUUUCUUGAUGACUAUUACUGUUUUUAUUAUCAUUAUUUAGUAGCUUUAUUCACAAAAGUGACUUGCAAUAAGUUUUAAUGUUGAUACUGUAUUGUAACAAACACUUGUCCAUAAUUUUUCUUGCCUCAAACACAAGUCUUUGCUUAAAAAAAAUAAAAUAACAUUGGACUUUCCCUUUCCCCCUCUCUUUUCUGUCUUGAUUCCAAAUGAGCAGACUUUGAGGAUGGUGUUUGGAAAUGUUGCUCUGAGCCUUUUGAGCCGAUAGGUGGAAUUUCACAGGAGUCCACAUCUAUUGCCAGCAAUCAGUAGCAUUUUUAAGCUUCUGAAAGAGAUAAUCUUGAGAUUUGGGAUAGGAUGACAUCAGUAUAUAUAUCAUAGAAUUGCAGAGUUGGAAGAGACCCUAAGGGUCAUCUAGUCCAACCCCCUGUGGUGCUAAUUUAUGAUAUUUAGCUUUAUAUUUCUUCAAUGGUUAAAGCUUGGGAUUGAUCUUGUUCCUGAAGAUUAACAAAAAUGAUAUUAAAUACAAACAAAAAGGAAAUGUAAGGUCUUCAAUUAGAACCUCCAGCAACCUGUGCUACCAGUAUUCAUGUGGUGCAGAAAGAUUUAUAAUAGUAUAAUAUGCCACAUCAGACUCUGGUGGUCAUUGCUUUAAGGGGGGAAAUGUCUUGUUCCACAUUGCUAUAGACUAUUUAGAACAUUUUGUUUGCACAUGGUAUCUGGGCUAAUGUCCUAAGUAACAGGAUUCCUUUUCACAGUAGGGUCCCUGGCAUACUUCUGCAAAAACCACUAGGUCAAUAAGGUUGAGACCCAUGAAUAUUUUCAUUGUCAACCUUUGUUAGUAGACGUCUGUGUUACACAGAACAUCUCCCAAGCCCUUAUGUUUUUGUAUUUUUCAUACGUUUGAGAAAAAGACCUGUAACUUAAGAACUUCAGUUCUCCUCCCAACAGCAAAUGACCAUAUAAAAAUGUUCAACAAACCUUUCAGGUUUAACGAAUCUGGAGCACUUGGGCCACUCUCUUGAAACUUGUUCAACCAGUUUGUUUGCCUAUCAAAAUCCAAACCGGGAGUUGGAAUUCCAAGCUAGUAACAAUCUCUUCGGACAAUAGUGUUUUAUGUUCCCUUAGGCAUCGUUUUUGUGGCUGCCAGAUCUUAAUUGUCUUCUUUGAUAGUUUCAUUGCUGCACACACAACUGCUAGACAGAAAGCCUGGGUGUUAAGUUGCGCUCAACACUGAUCUGUGUGUGCAGCCAUAAUUACUGUCAGGGCCAUGAAAUUUUUAUUAAACUAGAAUGAGCAAAAGGAAUAAUUUAUCCGGUGAAACAGGACACUGGAAGGGUCUUGACUUAGCUGCUCUUCUCUUCUGUUUCUGUGGCCUAGCCUGAUAAGCCUCACAUAGUAUGUCUCAUCUCCCUUCAGUUUAUUUUUUUGAAUCCAUUUUGGUCAUCUGGUUUAAGAUGGUUCUGCUAACCUUGUGAUGAAAUUCAACUCAUGUUCUGAAGCUACCAACAGAAGACACUUCUAGAAUGAUGUGCAUUUCUGAAACUACUAUUUCAGGUAGGAGAAGUGAUCGACACUUUCCAAUGUUACACCAUUGAGUUGGAUUUCUGGGGCUGCAUAGGGGUUGUUUUGUGCUUGAUGGUGCAGCACUUUGGUUUUUUGGAUAUUGAAUGAUAGGCCAAGCUUUUCAAAAGCUUCUGCAAAGAUAUUUGGGAUGGUUUGGGGGUUGUCCUCUGAGUGUUCACACACUACAAGCCAACCAUGCCCUUAUCUGGAGUUAGUUGGCCUUGUCUCAGUGACCCAGGCUUGCAGCAGAUCUGCAGAAUGGAAGAGGACACCACAACCUGAUAACCUCCUGAUUAGAUUGCCCCUGUAAGUGGUGUUGCCCUUAAAGAUGGUUCAGAAGCUCCAGUUAGUGCAGAGUGUCUCUGCCAGAAUACUGACAGUGACUAUGAGAUAUGAGUCACAUGGUUCUGACCUUUAAAACCCUUCAUGGCUUGGGACCAGGCUUCAUGAACAACCUGUCUCAGCACAUGCCUACUCAUAUCUUGCCAGCAGAGGACCUUCACCAGAUGUCCCUCCCAAUUGAAAUGAGGCAGGAUGUUACCAGAGACAGUGUGGCGCCCCUACUAUGGGGACCCCCCCCCCAAUCUGCUUGGCACUUCCUCAGGCAGGUGUAUUUUUGGUGGCGGGCAAAGACUGAUUGUUCUUCAGAUUUUUAGGAUAGGCUUAGGUGUUGUAAUUUGUUUAUAAUAUUAUGAUGCUUGGUUUGCUGCCUUUUAGUAUAUCAAUGGGAUGCGGGUGGCGCUGUGGGUUAAACCACAGAGCCUAGGACUUGCUGAUCAGAAGGUCAGCGGUUCGAAUCCCCACGACAGAGUGAGCUCCCGUUGCUCGGUCCCUGCUCCUGCCAACCUAGCACUUCGAAAGCACGUCAGAGUGCAAGUAGAUAAAUAGGUACUGCUCCGGCGGGAAGGUAAACGGCGUUUCCGUGCGCUGCUCUGGUUUGCCAGAAGCGGCUUAGUCUUGCUGGCCACAUGACCCGGAAGCUGUACGCUGGCUCCCUCAGCCAGGAAAGCGAGAUGAGCGCCGCAACCCCAGAGUCGGUCACGACUGGGCCUAGUUUGCCAGUGGUUAGGGGUCCCUUUGCCUUUUUAGUAUAUCAAUUUUAUUAUUUUUAUCUUAUAAAGGUAAAGGUACCCCUGCCCGUACGGGCCAGUCUUGACAGACUCUAGGGUUGUGCGCUCAUCUCACUCUAGAGGCCGGGAGCCAGCGCUGUCCGCAGACUCUUCCGGGUCACGUGGCCAGCGUGACAAGCUGCAUCUGGCGAGCCAGCGCAGCACACGGAACGCCGUUUACCUUCCCGCUAGUAAGCGGUCCCUAUUUAUCUACUUGCACCCGGGGGUGCUUUCGAACUGCUAGGUUGGCAGGCGUUGGGACCGAGCGACGGGAGCGCACCCUGCUGCGGGGAUUCGAACCGCCGUCGGCAAGUCCUAGGCUCUGAGGCUUUUACCCACAGCGCCUCCCGCGUCCCAUAUUAUACUUGCCACUUAAAACAGGUCUGAAUUUGAUUGGCAAGUGCUAUGUAAAUACCCUAAUAAAGAAGUAAUUGGCCAUUUCAUGCUUCUGAAAAAGGGACUUGGCUACAAAAGCUUCAGCUUUUAAGGUGCAACACUGUUUUUAUUCCACCACAAGUUAGUAAGAUUACCGUAGUUUCCCCCCCCGAAUUUGCACCACAUAGCUUUUGAGAAUUGUGCAAGUUUCUAUUGUUUUUAUACCCCACCCUUUCUCUGAACAGGAGCCUGAGGUGGCUUUAUAUACAAAAUUACAUAAAACAAUACAAUGAAAACGUGUCUUAAAAUUGCAUCACAGUCAGUUAACUCAAGAGCAGCGUACAUUUAUAGCACCAUAACACUUGGGACCACUCCUUCUUGGAACCAGAGUGGCCGGGGCAACUCAGAUGGGCAGGGUAUUACUCUAGGGCCAAAGAUUUCGCAUGUCCAAACUACGUGCACCUUUUAUGUGGUGUGCUAUCCAAUCCCAAAGCAAGCUGUCUCCCUUCAACCCCAUUCAUUGAUCUGGGACCCACAGAAUCUAUGUUUUGUCAGGAUUCCAGCCUAUCUCUGCCUCCAGACAUUGGCCCUGGACCUCCUCAUCCAGAUGGUUUUGAGAGCUCAGGGUGUCAUCAGCAUAUAGAUGGCACCCCUCAAAACUCAAGAUGAUACUUUCCAUAAAGAUUUUAAACAGAGAGGAUGUAAUCCUGCAGGACCUGGGGUAAAGCAACGUUCUGCCAAUUUUAUUUUCUGGUCGGGACCCAACCCUCAAAGUCACUUUAGGAGGGUAACAUUGUCAAUGGUAUCAAAAGCUGCUGAGAGGUUGGGAAGAAUUUAACAGGCGUGUCUUUUCUGUCCUGAUAAAAGUCAUCAACCAUGGUGACCAAGGCUCCCCCCCCCCAUAUAUUCAGGCCUGAAGCCAGGCCGAAAUGAGUCUAGAUAAAUUGAUGCCUUGUGUUUGGAAAAAUAUUUUAGGUUUAUAGCCCUUGAAGUCUCUUCCCGCUGGGCACUCUUCCCUUUUGUAUACAAUUGCUGUGCUUGGGCAAAGGGGAGACAACUCUUAUCAGUCCAUUCUGCCUCUAGCUAUAUUAAAAAGUGCUAGUGGCAUAGACGGUUUUUUUGUGACAGCACAAAUUGGAGAUUAGAUGGGAAUUAAAACAAUUGAUUGCUGCAGGUGUGGCCUCUCCAGCGUGCAUUUCAGAGGCAUUAUGAUGGGACUUAAUAGUGUCUGCAUCUUUGAUUGCAUUUGUCAGCAUUUCCAGGGUAAUAAAGAGCUCUUCACAAGUUCAGACCUUGGUGUAUAAACAUUGUCUCUAAACUAGGAGAUCUUAAAGACAGAAGUGGUUUCUCACACACUUUUCUCCUGCACGUGCUGCUUGGACCACCUUAAAAUUGGCCUUUUUGCAGAUAUUUGUGCGCUUUUAUAUUCUGCUGUAUUCAAUCUAUUGUGUUUAAAAUAUCCAAAUAAAAAGCCACAUGUGGGAUUUUUAUGGCUUGUGAGCAUCCUGUCGCCACUUUUUCUCCCUUGCCUCCUUUCAAGAAGUCAAGCUCCCUGCUGGCAGACUUUUCUCUGUUGUGUUUAAUGACUAAAUACAUUCCUUUUGCAUUUAGUUGUGAGCAUGUAGGCCACACCACGAUCUGUCUGGCACUGAGGCUGCAGCUGUCAUGCUUCGUCUGGAUUGGCUGGUAGGAAGUGCUGGGGAGGAGUAGGCGGUCAAAGUGCUCACCAGCAAACAAAACUAUAAUGGUGUAUUCCUGGAAACAAAACCUAGGUUUGCUGGAUAGGAAGCUGAAGUUCAGGACCUUCAGGGCAGGCUUUUCAGAAAUGCCACCUGUUUGCAUGCAGGGCCUGUUAGACAGGAGAGUUGAGCAGGGAAGAUUUUGGUACAAGAUUUGGUACAAGUCAACUCAUACAGCAAGUAGCUUGAACUGAAAGUACUAGGUUGCUAGUAAAGAUAAAAGUAAAGGGACCCCUCACCAUUAGGUCCAGUCGUGACCGACUCUGGGGUUGUGGCGCUCAUCUUGCUUUAUUGGCCGAGGGAGCCGGCAUACAGCUUCCGGGUCAUGUGGCCAGCAGGACUAAGCCGCUUCUGGUGAACCAGAGCAGCUCACAGAAACACUGUUUACCUUCCCGCUGGAGUGGUACCUAUUUAUCUACUUCCACUUUGACGUGCUUUCGAAGUGCUAGGUUGGCAGGAGCAGGGACCGAGCAAUGGGAGCUCACCCCGUCGCGGGGAUUCGAACCGCCGACCUUCUGAUCAGCAAGUCCUAGGCUCUGUGGUUUAACCCACAGCGCCACCCGCGUCCCAAGGUUGCUAGUACUUAAUAUCAAAAAAGUGGCAGAACCGCUCUCUGCGGAAAAGCUGACAGAAGCUACAGAGCAUCUGGUUUGUCAUUUCUGGGGUAUGAGGUAGAAAUAUGUUGGAUCUUCCAAUGGGAACAGGGUAGAACUAAGCAAUGUGCACUCAGUAGGAUGCAAUAGUUAAAGAAGCCAAAGCGCCAUAGGGCAAAUUGCACAUGCCAGAGAGGAACACCAUGUCUAGGUUUCAUGAUUAAUUCUAGAAGUCUCUGAGCCAAGAUGGGGACCAGAAGGAGGCGAUGUCACGCUUCAUCCUAAAUGGCAUCCAGAGCCUGGUUUCAGGCACGACUGUUGUUUGAACAAAUUGGAAACAGUACAAUCAUUCAGUCAAAUUUACAGUGAUUUAUAUGUAAGUGGGAAAUUACCAAGGAAGUUGAACACAGUCACAAUUUACUCCAAAGGGGAAACAUCUAAAAAUAACACAAAAAAGAGGAGGGUACUUGUAAAAAGGAAGUUGGACUGGAAAAUGAAGACAGUUAGUUCCUUCCAGAAGACAAUUAUUCAAAACCACAAUAAUAUUGUGGCUUGGGCAGGGGGAGAUAUUUUGUUACAUAUUAGCGAUGAUUGCUCUGACUGAUUUCAAUGUUCUGUUUACUUGAAUUGAAGUAUAAAAUUUUCUCCCACGUGGGUACCUUUGAGAUUUUAGUGAAAAAGCAACCCAUAAGUGAAAUAGCUAAUAAAAUGUACUAUGGCAUAUAUUUUUGUGUUUUCAUAUUGUAAAUUGCCCUGUGAGCCUCAAAUGAAGGGUGGUAUUUUAUUAUCUAUUUCACUUACUGGUUUUUUUUAUUAUUACUACUAAAAGUCUCAAAGGGAAUCACGCGGGAGAAAAAACUUAUAAUACAAUUGAAAUCCGCAAAAGCGAACUAAAAGCAGUCACCACUGAAAACCAGCUGCUGGAGGUUCUACCAGAUACGCAGAAGAGUGCGCUCAAGAUUCACACUUUCAAGCACAGGGCAGAAGGCAGCACUAAACUCUGGCCAGCAUUACACAACCUUCAGGGAUUUAGAGUCCGCUUAUGAGAGUCUCACACAGUUGCAGUUUGUGGGUUACUUCCUGACUGCAGCAUUCUGGCCGCUGCUAUUUUAAUGUGCAAAAAAAUUCCAAUUUUAUAUGAUGUGUUAAUGCACUAAGAGCAUUAAAUCCUGGCCUAGUAUCCUGGUGGGACGCAGGUGGCGCUGUGGGUAAAACCACAGAGCCUAGGACUUGCCGAUCAGAAGGUCGGCGGUUCGAAUCCCCGCAACAGGGUGAGCUCCCAUUGCUCGGUCCCUGCUCCUGCCAACCUAGCAAUUCGAAACCACAUCAAAGUGCAAGUAGAUAAAUAGGUACCGCUCCGGCGGGAAGGUAAACGGUGUUUCCGUGCGCUGCUCUGGUUCGCCAGAAGCGGCUUAGUCCUGCUGGCCACAUGAUCCGGAAGCUGUACGCCGGCUCCCUCGGCCAAUAAAGCGAGAUGAGCGCCGCAACCCCAGAGUCGGCCACGACUGGACCUAAUGGUCAGGGGUCCCUUUACCUUUACCUUAGUAUCCUGGUAUUCUAGGCAUAUAAAAUAAAUAUAGGGGCAUUCAGAGGCAGGCAGGCAUGCUUUCUGUCUGAAAUGUAAUCACCUGCAGAAGUCUUAGCUGUUGAGGUUGCUUCUCCCCGGCUGCAGCAUGCUGGUGACUCCAUGUGCAUCCAGAAAUAUGUGUGGGAAGUUAAGUGUAGCAUCAUGUUGCCUAGCAACCAGAUCCUUGGUCUAGCAUUUCUGGAUGCACAGCCUUUUAGAGCAGCUAGUGCUUGUGUUCCCAUUGCCCAAACAUAGCAAUAUAAUCGGCAUGCCCAGCAAUUACGCUGCUGCUAAAUACAUAUAUAUUUAGUACUUGAGAACAUGUUGUGGUGUGUCACAAAUUGCUUUUAUGGGUAAUGUUGGGGUUUCAGAACUUGUAUUGGGUCAAAGUCAUGCCAUAUGAAUAUGCCAGCUCUUGAGAUCAUCUUUUGAGGCCUUUUUGCCUGCGCCUUCUGAGGUGUGUGCCUGGUGGUGUGCAAGACAUCCUUUCCCAUAGUGGCGUCUAGUAUGUAGAACUCCCGGCCAUGAGUGGUUUUCUUCCCCUAUUUGUGUUUUGUUGUUGUGUGAAACCUUUUCUUUUCCAGCAAGCUUUUAACUUUUAUUGCUGCUGAGCCCUGCCCCCUUGUGUGCUCUUAUGAGUAAAAGAGCAGACGUAUCAUUUUAUUUAUUCAUUUAUUGUGGGCUAGCGAUGUUUGGGGGUUUAGUAACAUGGUUGUGCAUCUAUAUGGGAAUGGACUGCACAUUCCAGUGCUUCACAAGAGAGAAACAUGUCAACAAGUUCCCAUCCACUGUACAGUGGUACCUCGGGUUACAUAUGCUUCAGGUUACAUACGCUUCAGGUUACAGACUCCGCUAACCCAGAAAUAAUACCUCGGGUUAAGAACUUUGCUUCAGGAUGAGAACAGAAAUCGUGCUCCAGCGGCGCGGCGGCAGCAGGAGGCCCCAUUAGCUAAAGUGGUGCUUCAGGUUAAGAACAGUUUCAGGUUAAGUACAGACCUCCGGAAUGAAUUAAGUACUUAACCUGAGGUACCACUGUACUGUUUUUCAUUCACACUUUAAAAAUAGGGUCCACCUUGUCCUGAAGGAAAAUUCUUUUUUUAAAGGGUGUGUGAUAAAUUUCUGAGCAAUCUAUUCAAAACGGGAAUAUCUCCUCCGUGUACUGCUACACCAGUUCAAAAUCACAGUGCUCCAAUUGUGUAACACAGUUCCACAGGUUGUCCUUAAGGUAGUGGUCACCAGAAAGGAUCAGUUGCUAUCUGAGAAAGUAAAGGUUAAGUGGUUUAUCAAUGUAAUUUAUCAAUCUCCCUUAAGCCAAUUAGUGGUCUUGCUUUACUCUGAGCAAUGCAAUGCUGCUAGCCUUAGAGAAUGCUUAAGGUUUGCCACUUAACAACCUCAUGGGCCUUAGGUGAUACAUGUACAGUUUAUCUUCUGUAUUCCUUGUGGGAUUUGCUUGCCGCAUUUCAAGACACCUGUAUUAUAUACAUUGAAGGCAAGGUAAAUGACCUGGUCUCCUUGGCAGCAGACUAUUUAGAAAUGUAAGAUUUAUUUUUUAUGCCUAGAAUACCAAGAUACUAACCUAGGAUUUAAUGCUCUUAGUGCAUUAACACAUCAUGUAAAAUUGGCAUUUUUUUGCACAUUAAAAUAGCAGUUGCCAGUUCAUGGAAAGCUGCAGUAAGGAAGUAACCCACAAGCUGUGUGAGACUCUCAUAAGCGGCUCUAAAUCCCUGAUGGUUGUGUAAUGCUGGCCAGAGUUUAGUGCCGCCUUCUGCCCUGUGCUUGAAAGUGUGAAUCUUGAGCGCACUCUUCUGCAUACCUGGUAGAACCUCCAGCAUUUAGCUUUUUACUGUUAGUAGAGGGCUUCCCAAAACAACUAGCCCAGAAUAACCAGAACAUAGGCAUUAAAGGCAUUUCUGUCUGUGAUGGAUUGGACAACUCCUUCAUUGCAAAUAGAAAUGUGAAGCUCACUGCCUGUGUUGAGAAUGGAUCUAGCCAUGAACAGCAGGGCACUUGUCUGCAGAAUGGACUCUAACCCAGUGGUUAAGUCUAACUUUAAUGUUUAAUGUUUUACUGUGCUUAAUGUGUUUAAUUUGUUGGAAGCCACCCAGAGUGAUUGGGGCAACCCAGUCAGAUAGGUGGCAUAUAGAUAAAUUAUUAUUAUUAUUAUUAUUAUUAUUAUUAUUGUUAUUGUUUGCUAUUAAGAGGGAUGGAGGUGCGAGUACAUGAAGAGAGGUGGUUUUAACCAGUUACCUUUUCCUCCUUCAGCUCCCAUCACUGCUCCCUCCACACCAACUUUCUGGAGCAGAUUUUCAGGAAAUUGAAGUCUGGCUGCAAUCCUGGGAACUUAGUUUACACCAGGAUCUUAGAACUUUGAAAGUUCUUCAUGUAGAACUGAGCUAGAAUGUUGAGGUGAAUAAAUCUGGACAUUCUCUGAUAUGGAUGCUUGCCUGUUCUACCAGAUAAUAUUUAUGCAGUAAACAAAUUGUUAGCUGGAAGUACUCUGUUCCCAUCAUAACUUCAAGAGAGUGUCAGUAUUAUGAAGAUUUAGUAGCUUUUUCUGCUCCAGAAUUAUGUACAGGAUAGUAAUAUCUAGGAACAUGUUCUAUAUUGAAUUAGCCACCUGAAGUUCCAGAGUUCUGUAGGAUGUUUUCCAUUUUGCUAUCAUAGUUUUCUUGUACUUUUUGUUAACAUGUCUACAGAUGGCCAAAAAUAGACUUCUGGGAUUUUGAGAGAUCCUGCAGUCAAACUGGAAUUAACAGUAUGUAACCCUCAGCAAUAGCUGUUACUAAUUUGUAUACUACAGUAUUAGUAAUAAUGCAAAGAAGCAGCAUUACUAAUGCAAUUGCCUCUUUAGAUUGUGUUCACAUAAACUACACAGUGAUGAAAACUCUUGAAUUUUUAACCCAUAUCAAUCUGGGGCUAUAAGAUUUCGUUGUUUCAAUUUCCCAAAACUUUUCACUUUUAGUUCAAUUGAGCAUUUGUGCGUUUGAAACCAGUUGCCGUCAACUGCUGUCAUUAUGUGAAAGUAGUUGCCAAGGACAUUUUCCCUAAUAAACUGUGCAUCAGUAGAAUUACAUAGUUCCUUUACUUAUGAUCUGCUUCAUUCAGACAGCCUAGCAGUUCUCCCUUCCUUGUGUGAGGAGGCUAGCUAAUACCAACCAUUAUGAUGAUGAGAACCCACAUAGAAUCAUAGAAUCAUAGAGUUGGAAUAGACCACAAGGGCCAUUGAGUCCAACCCCCUGCCAAGCAGGAAACACCAUCAGAGCACUCCUGACAUAUGGUUGUCAAGCCUCUGCUUAAAGACCGCCAAAGAAGGAGACUCCACCACACUCCUUGGCAGCAAAUUCCACUGUCGAACAGCUCUUACUGUCAGGAAGUUCUUCCUAAUGUUUAGGUGGAAUCUUCUUUCUUGUAGUUUGGAUCCAUUGCUCCGUGUCCGCUUCUCUGGAGCAGCAGAAAACAACCUUUCUCCCUCCUCUAUAUGACAUCCUUUUAUAUAUUUGAACAUGGCUAUCAUAUCACCCCUUAACCUCCUCUUCGCCAGGCUAAACAUGCCCAGCUCCCUUGGCUGUUCCUCAUAAGGCAUCGUUUCCAGGCCUUUGACCAUUUUGGUUGCCCUCCUCUGGACACGUUCCAGUUUGUCAGUGUCCUUCUUGAACUGUGGUGCCCAGAACUGGACACAGUACUCCAGGUGAGGUCUGACCAGAGCAGAAUACAGUGGCACUAUUACUUCCCUUGAUCUAGAUGCUAUACUCCUAUUGAUGCAGCCCAGAAUUGCAUUGGCUUUUUUAGCUGCCGCGUCACACUGUUGGCUCAUGUCAAGUUUGUGGUCAACCAAGACUCCUAGAUCCUCCAUAAUCAUAGUAAUAAUUGUGUGUGUGCAUACAUGUGCAUGUGCGAGCGUGUGAUGGCAAUUCAGUGGAGGGCUGAUGGGGGGGGGGCAUGCUGUUCUUGAUUUUGAAUCAAGUUUGUGCGCUGUAAUGUUGGUCUUCAGAGCUUCCCAAGCAGCAUCACGUUUUUGCUCCACGGUAUGUGAUGAUAAUCAUGUAAUAAGCUUGGAUUUAAAAAUACCUCUUCAGCAUAUUGGAGUGAGCUACGAGCCUAGCAAGUUCACUUACCAUGUGUGGCUGACUAGCUGAAAGUCUGAUCCAGUGGUACCUUGGUACUCGAGCGGCUUGGCUCCCAAACCAAUCGGCUCCCGAACGCCGCAAACCCGGAAGUAAGUGUUCCGGUUUGCGAACGUUUUUCGGAAGCCAAACGUCUGAUGCGGCUUCUGCUUGAGUGCAGGAAGCUCCUGCAGCCAUAUGGAAGCCACGUCUUGGUUUUUGAACGGUUUCGGGAGUCGAAUUGACUCCCGGAACGGGUUAAGUUUGAGAACCAAGGUACCACUGUAUAAGCCAUGGGUAGGCAAACUAAGCACCGGGGGCUGGAUCCAGCCUGUGGACGCUCCGGGAAUCAGUGUGUUUUUACAUGAGUAGCAUGUGUCCUUUUAUUUCAAAUGCAUCUCUGAGUUAUUUGUGGGGCCUGCCUGGUGUUUUUACAUGAGUAGAAUGUGUGCUCUUAUUCAAAAUGCAUCUCUGGGUUAUUUGUGGGGCAUAGGAAUUCGUUCUUCUUCUUUUUUUCAAAAUAUAGUCCGGCCUCCCCACAAGGUCUGAGGGACAGUGGACAGGCCCCCUGCUGAAAAAGUUUGCUGACUCCUAGUGUGAGCAUUCUUGUUCUUUCCUUCUGAAUCUCUGUGAAGUAGUUUUUCUCUGCUGUGGACUCCCAUUCCAGGCAGCUCACAGUAUCCUGUGCAUGUGCUUCAUGUGCAGAAUGCCAAUCACCCCGUUUCCUUUCCCAAGUGUGGGAGUAAAUAUUCACCAAUCGUGCAAGUGGCAUAAUAAAACAGUUGCCUCUUCAGCUGUCAGAAUGUUCUCCUUUGCUGAGAAUGGAAAUGUUAAGUAACUUUCCAUUUCAUUUUAUUUUCAAGUGCACACAUUGAAUCAGUGUUCUCAAUCCUAUAAAAUGUCAAGUACUUGAUGGACUUAGUUUUUACUAAUACUUGUAAUGCAUGAUUUGUCAAUAUUUCACAUUUCUCUUAUCUUCACUCACGUAAUCUAGAAGUUAUACUUUCUUUUCCUGCCGGUGUGAAACUGCCGUGAGAAUAUUUAUGGAGCCUUGGCAAAUGUUUUUAUGUAAGCCCCUUAACCUCAAGUGAAGCUAAUGGAGCUGUCAGAACAAAUCUGCAUCUAACCCAAAAAAUGGUAGUAACAAAAUAGAAAAUGUUGACAAAUGUUUAAAUCAAGUGUUCCCAAAGAUUACACACAUUCCAAACAUUUAUAACAGUUUAUAUAUAUAUAUAUAUAUAUAUAUAUAUAUAUAUAUAUAAACACUCAUAGUAAUAAAAACAACCAUUGUGAAUUAUCUCAAUGUACAUCUUAUCUUGACUGCCACUAACUUAGCUUAAUGUUCCCAUGUUGCAGAAGAGAAAAAGAAACAAGAUUGUUUAGAAAACACACAUUUUCUUUGUUUCCUGUCCCUGCUUUGGUGUUGAAUGUGUCUGGAGGUACCAGUGAGCAAAAUUUGCAGAUUUUUUUGGCAGGGAUCUAAAGAAUUUCUUGAACCACACAUCUCUCUUGCCAUUUCACAAAAUGCUUUAGACAAGUUACUGUAGUUAUAUGUUCUUGUAUUUACAUGAACACCAAUAAAAAUUAUUUGGACAAACUUACUUGGUCAUCAGUUUCUUGGUCAGCACAGAAAUGCAACACACAGGAAAUGGAUAACGUCCUUUCUGGAAGUGAGGGCCAAAACUGAAUACAUCGCCACAGACCCCUAGGUAAGCUUUGCUAAGGUUUCUUUUCCCCUUCCUCAGUGUAGAGCUUUCUUUCUCUUUACUGUCCCCUUCAUCAGGUAUUUAGCUAGAAGGGGUAGCCAGCCACAGGCAAAAUCAGGGGUCAGCAACAUUUUAAAGUAGAGGGCCGGAUUACUGUCCCUCAAACCUUGUUCUUAGACCUGACCCCCGUUUUGUACCCAUGAUCAACUCCACCUUGCCUAGGGCCCAGGAGAUUACACUGCCAGGUUUCUGUUUGUAUCUUGUCCAUUGUAGGGAGGAAAUGUGGAAUAACAAUGUAAAAACACAAAAACACAUAGUAAGAAGCAAAACAAUACCUGCUCCCACAGUUUAAAAGGCCAUAGGUUGUUUAAUUUCCACAAACAGGGAACCACUACAGAGAUGGCCCGUUCUCAUGUUACCACCUUCUGGGCCUCACUUGGAGGAAGCACAUGACGAAGGGCCUCAGCUGAUGAGUGCAGGGUCCAGGACAGUUCAUAUGGGAAGGGGCGGUCCUUGUGGUAUUGUGGUCUUGAGCAUAUCACAUGGACACCCUAUUCUCCUGUUUACCUGCUAGCUUUGAUGGAUGAGAUGGAAGGGUACGCUGGUGAGAAGCACUGGACCGCUACCUCUAAUGUAAUAUGCAAGCAGCUUCUGUUGCCGCAGAAGCCAUACUCUGUUUUGUGUCUAGAACGGGUAUCUGGGUAUAAGACGAGAGUAGCACGAGCCAGUUGCAUAGCAGUCAAAUGUGUUAAAACAGGAAACUGCUUUAUUGCUUAUUUCAACCAACAACCUAGGUAGCUAAAACCACCAGCUAUGCACAGAGACCCCUGGACAUUUUUUGAUGACGCCAGCUACAAAAUUUGUAAGACAAGAUAUACAUUUUCCUAUAAAUAUAUGUCCAGAACUCAAACAGUACAAGCCUUCUAUAUUGUAUUAUUUGUUGUCAAAUAUUUUCAUGAAAGCAUAUGGCACAGUGCCGCUUAGUGUUCGUAGUGCCACAAGACCCCGUCUUUUUCCGCCAUUAAGAGACUUAACGUGGAAUUUGAAAUGCUGACUUAAUCUCAGCUAAGUUCCCAUGAGAAAAAUGGGAUGGGCGUGAUUCCGCUCUUUAGAGAGCUGUUUCUGUGACUGGAACAAGGUCUCUUGAUUAAUGCCGUGCUCAUUAACUUCAUUUUCCAUAGCCCAUUGACAGCGCUGUCAUUUAUCGCGAUGGGAAGGAGAGCAGCACUAAUUUCUGGCUGAGUGUUUCGCGCCACUUUCAACCUGCCCAGGGUUAGGCCCCAGAGUGCUGGAGCUUCUCGCAAAUGGCACGCUCUGCCUAGUGAUGUCAUCCAAUUACAUGUGAUCCCUUGCCAGCGUUGCUUAUGUGGUUCAUUGGAACAAAUUCUCUGCGGGAAGCAAGAUGUGUGUGUGCAUGUUCUGCGUGGUUUGCUGAGAGAAGCAACAGUUUGUGACAGGCUGAUGAUGCAUAUGGGAACGGUUGGGGAGGGAAGGCUGGCUUUUGUGAGCACGAAGGAACUUGCAUCUAGCAACUUGUAUCUCCCUUUAGAGAGGUCUGAACUUGGGAUAUUGGCAAGGCAAUUCUUGUUGGGAUGUGAACACUUUUUUAUUUUUACCUAGACUGCCAGUGGCAGUAACAGUGUACCCCCUCAGUGGUUUUUAAAGCAUGCACCUAGAAAAGCAGUGUGUGAAGCAUUGAUUCCUGGGUUGGACUUGAUGACCCUUAGGGUACCUUCCGGCUCUGUGAUUCUUUGAAGCAGGCAUGUUUUGGAAAUGCAUAUCCAUCACGUAGACACCCUUCUCAGAACCACGAUUGGUGCCAGCUUCCUGCUGAGGGAAUUUUUAAUGGAAAACUCUGAUCUGCUGCCAAAAAAUGUGUUGGAUUGCCUUGAGCUCAUCUCUUGUGAGGCUUAAUCCUUGGUAUUCAUAGGUAAUUGCUUAGGUGGGUAACGCUUGAGGCAGACAAGUGCAAUAUAAUGCAGAUGCAAGAGUAAAUGUGGUGGAAGAAGGCAGCUUGAAGGCUGCCCCUAGGUCAUCUCCUGGGAAACAGGCGGCUUAAAGGACAGCUGCUCCCAAAUUGAUGUGUCCCAGACAAAUAUGUACUGCAACUCCCAUCAGCCCCAGCCAGUAUGGCUAAUGGUCAGGGAUGAUGGGAAUUGUAGUCCAAAACAUCUGGAGGAUAUCAGGUUGGGGAAGGCUGGUGUAGGUGCUGGCAAUAGGAGCUGGGGAUAGAAAUAACUGUGUAGUGAGUUUGAGGUUAGAGAGGGAAUGAGUAAAUGAGAAGGGAGGGUGCUGGUAGAAGGUGGAAAUUUGAAAGAGAUUGGAAAUGUGUUUAAGCUGGUUGGAGGGAGGCAUUAACUGUGGUGGUUGUAUUAUAAAGUACGCCCUUGCGGUCGAGCCAAGGGUGUAGGUGGAGCUGUGUUUAAUUCAGGUGGUGUACCUUUGGGCCAGGGAAACCCUAUCAUUGUGUGGAUGCUAUUAUCCACCUGUAGCCCUCAGGCUAGGGUGUGGCGUGAUUCCUUUAAAAUAUCCUUGUUUUUCCUCUUUUAAUAUUGAAGGACUUUAAUCCUGUCACUCAUUUCUUUUCAAAAUAAGCCAGUGAACAAGUUUACUGUUCCCAUUUUACAGGUGGGUGUUAACUGAUAGAAUUGCUUGCCUGAAGGUAAUCUAGUGAGCUCAUGCUACCUGAACCCAGGUGUUUCAGAAUAAAGCUCUUCAUCUGUUUUUGGGAUUUAUAUUUCGUCUUUCAUUUCAUAAAGAUUGCAAGGCACUUCACUACAAAAUCAAACAGUUUAUUCAGUCUGUAUAACAGUGGCUGAGUUUGGAUGUAAUCCUGGCCUUGAAUCAUAGGAUGCACAAACCGUGAGCCCUCCCAAUCCAUUCUGCUGUUCUUGGUGGAACAAGCCACGAGGCAGAUGACUUUGUGUUGCAUCUAAACCAGUGAUUAUGGUUGCUUUAGAUGCAACUCUAUAGUUUGUUUCCCUCUCCAUAUAGGGAGAAGUGAAUGGUAGACUAGCAUGCAAACUGGUUUGCUUAAUCAUAGUUUAUGACCAGCAUUGUAACCCAACCCAGCCAGUGUGUUAAACGUGCAAUAAAAAUAAAGUAUUAAAACACUGAACCAUUAUAAAAAACAGCCAGCAGCUAAAACUAUUGGAGUGCUGAAGAUGUUAAUUGAAAAUCCGGGGAAAUAUGCCUAAAAAAUAAUGUUAGACUUUUCUAUGGGAGAGUUAUAUAAUGUAGGGUGCUAUGACAAAAAAGGCCACUUCUGUGCCCAUCGGCUGCCUAAAAGCACCCAGAGAAGGACCAGAAGAUCUUGAUGGGCAGCUAUAUAUGGAAAAAGGCAGUAUUUUACAUUCUUGGGCACCAAGCUAUUUACAGCUUCAAAAAAUAGUGCUGAGACACAAGAUUUUCUCUAAUGAAAACUUGGGCAGAAAUGGCUCACUUUUGCCCUCUUCCCACCAUGUGUUUUGCUGCUGCACUCUUCCCACCCAGAGACAGUUAUUUUUCUAUUUCUCAGAAUCCUUCCUGAGCAGCGAGUGCUUCAUUAUAACAAAACAUCAGUUGGAUGGGGGAAAUAAAAAUUGCAACCGCCACCAUGAACAUCCUACCAUGGCUAUCAGAUGUAUGUUUUGUAGCCUCCCGCUAAUUUCACACCCCUGGAAGAAUUGUCAAGAUGCUUCCCCUACUUUUGGCACCUGCAGAUGGAGCCUAUUUUUGAACCGGGGCCCAUUUGAAAAGGUUAAUACCAAAAUGGAAGCCAGGACAGUUCUUUCAAUGAUAUUAAUAGGUACAUACCACUCAAAUCUUGCCAGUGCAUUCACUUACUGACCUGGUUUGCACAUAACACUGACUCUUGAUUUAUUAAACUAUGUUUCAUUAAAUCCUGGCUUGUUUGAUUUUCUGAUACCUGCCCAGUGGGCUAGGUUUUUUUGAUUUAUUUGUAUGUUUUUAAGGGGGGGGGAAACAACAGGUUAGGCGCAUCCAUUAAUUUAUGUGAGUCUGCUCUGAAUAUGAUUAGUAUCGAAGACAACCCAUAAAGUUCUGUGGCUUUCAGGGCUGGUUGGCUUGCUUUGCCUGCCUGCUCAGCCAGUAGGAUCUCCGACUUGGAAGCAAUGCUUUCGAUGAAAAGAAGCCAUGCAAUAGUUCUGAAUGAGAAGUGUUCCUGAUGCCUGCAUUACUGAGUUCUGCAAUCAGGACAGCUAGCUGAGUUUCAGAGCCUCACUGAUCAAUGAAUCUUGUUGGUUGGCCUUUGGUAAUUUCCUUUCUCUCCUUGCCUAAUGUAACUCACUGAGUAGAGAGAGAUGUUUGGAGUGAGGGGCAGGAAAGGAAAUCUGAAAUGGUUUUCCUCACUCAGCCCCCCAUUUUUAAGUCACUUCACCAAAUUUCAAAUCCAGGCAAGUUCCAGAAGCAAUAUUGUUAUGUCAGGAAGCAAUCUCACAUGUUUUAGGGUGCUGCGAUCUUGCAUGAGAGCACGGCCCCCAAGAACAGGAUGUACCAGGCAGCUGGGUGGGUUAUGUGGACCCCAUGAGGUCCAUGGAGCACCAGUUGGGAAACACUGUUUAAUGGUGAUAUUGCUUAUUGUGGCUUUUUUUUGCAUUUAAAUUGUAAACUCCCUUUGAUCAAAUAUACAUUAAAAGAGGAUAAUCAUCAAAUAAGCUUGCUAUGAAUCCCUCCCCCAGUAUGGUAUGUUAAUGCUCCGAGUCUUUUGAAGAAGAAGCUUUUGACUUACAGGACUGAGAACUGCAGUUAGGAGCUACCAUUUUAUUCUGGAAAACAUCAGGUAGGCUGCAUUCAGGUGAGCUAGUUGCAUUCAUAUUUCUGAUAAUGAACCUUAUUGGCUUUUUGACCUUGAAUGCAGUAAAGCUCCUUCGCAUGAUAGGGAACUCUUCUGAGGAGAAAAGGGAUUCAGCCUCUUCAGAUCUAAAGCAGGAUAUGGCCCCUCUGGGAAAACUAGGAUCUCCACAAGCUCUGACCCCUGGAAGCAGCAGCAGCAGCCUGGGCAGAUGUCAGUGGGUGUUCUUGGGGUGGAAUAAUGAGAAAUCAAGCUUUCACUAACUUCAGUGUACCAUUUUGGUGUAAAUUCUUCCCUUCAGGCAUACCAGCCCCAGCAGAUCCUGCUCUCGUAUCCCUGUUCCAUUCCCACAUGAGGACAGUGGUUGCUCUUGACUUUGGGGCAUUUCCCAUUAGGCUAAUAUGUGCAUCUUGUAAUCUGGACUUUCUGACCACUGUUGGCAGCUCUAUUUAUCACAGAAGAGACAGCUUACUCGAAAUAAACCCGGUUAAGCUCACAGUGCUAAGAAUAGUAAAAAGACCCCAAUUGCACAGCCAAGAGGGCCCUCUUCUCAUCUUAACACAUAAGCAUGGUGAUAAACGCUCCUUUAUUGGUGCUAAUCUGACUAUUUGCAUGAAAGCAACGUGUGAGCAAUCAUACCAGUUUACAUUCCCUCCAUUUACAUUCCCUCAGUGCCUGCUCAGUACCUCAUGCAAAUCCCCACUGCUAUAUUCAUCUCCUUGAGGUUAUUACCCAGUGUGUUCUUGAAUGACCCCCCCUCCACCCCUGCCCCUCUGUGAGUCAGACUUCAACAAAUUUUGCUUGCGGAGCUGUUUUUGCAUGUCUGAGCUUGGUAUUCUUGUACCAAAAAGAGCUUUGUGACAUGUUACAACUGUUGUAUUUUUGCUUCCUUCCUCCUGCCUGCUCACUCUUUAUUUAUCCCCCCACCCUCAGCCUCCCUCCUCCUUGUCAAGACUGACAAUUUUGAUUAUGGCCUCUCGACAUCACCUUGUAAUAUUUUCAGAGAUUUUGUUUACCAUGAACUCUGAGCACUUUGCAUGCACAAGGCUAGAGCGUUCUUUAGAUGGGCCAUUUCUAAAGGGUACAGUUGAUACAGUGGGGAAGGAUAUGUGGUUUGUUCAGGGCUGUUUAAUGACUCUAGAAAAAUAGCGUUGGGUACUUAAUCAGAGAGGACCCACAUGGACCCACAGAGUCCCUCCACUCUCAACAUCUCUCUUAAACUGUCCUGGAAUCUUUUCAAUGAAGGUUGGCUUAGAUAUUCUUAUACAUAAAUACCGUAUUUUUCCGUGUAUAAGACCAGGUUUUUUUCUAAAAAAUAAUGUCAAAAAUUAGGGGGUGUCUUAUGCACGGAUACAUCUCUCCCAUUUUCUUAAAUCUUGGUCCCCCCAAAUAGGGGGCGUCUUAUACAUGGGGGUUUCUUAUAGACGGAAAAAUAAAGUAAAUCACUCACCAGCAACACAAGUCUCAAUGCAGAGGCCUGGUGCUGAUGAAUAGAUUCAAUAUACAGUGGUACCUUGGGUUAAGUACUUAAUUAGUUCUGGAGGUCCGUUCUUAACCUGAAACUGUUCUUAACCUGAAGCACCACUUUAGCUAAUGGGGCCUCCUGCUGCUGCCGCGCCGCCGGAGCACAAUUUCUAUUCUCAUCCUGAAGCAAAGUUCUUAACCUGAAGCAAUAUUUCUGGGUUAGCGGAGUCUGUAACCUGAAGCGUAUGUAACCUGAAGCGUAUGUAACCUGAGGUACCACUGUAUAUAUUUCCUUUAUAUAGAAUACAGUGUUUAAAACGUUGCUGCUGGAAGGUUUGCACGCACAAUGUUAGAGCAUGUGCUUUGCAUGUACAAGUUCUCACAUUCAAGCCCUGGCAUUUUUACUGACAGAAGGCAUGGCGAGCUUGUGAUCCUUCAAAUGGUGUUGGUUUCAUAAUUCCCACCAUCCCAGACAAAUUGGCCAUGUUGGCUGGUGCUAACGGGAGUUGGAAUUGAACAGCAAUCUGGAGGGACACAGGCUUCCAAACUCAAAGGCUCAUAGCAGCAGGGCUGGGAUGGAAUUGAGAUCACAAUAAGAGGAGACUAAACUAGGCUGGGUAGGGACCAAUUGUCUAAUGUAGCAUGUUCAUAAGAAGCUGUAAGGGUACUUCCCCCGGGUUAUCUGCUUUCCCAGUUCAGUCUGUUGGCAAUAAAUUAGAAGUGUGCAGAACGUUCCUCUUUAAUUCUAGAACACCUUUUACUCAAAUAGAACACCCAUGCAAGCCAUGCCAUCUAUCUUCAGUCUGGAUCGUGUGGAAAGACCAGAUGCAAAAUCCCCCCCAAUAUGUCACUAUCAUGUGAUUCCCUUUAAAAGUUGCUUUGCAGAUGUCCCUUAAGGUUCCCUUUCUGUAUUCUAAAAUAAAGGCUGUUUUAAGCAAUAAUAAUAAUAAUAAUAAUAAUAAUAAUAAUUUAUUAUUUGUACCCCGCCCAUCUGGCUGGGCUUCCCCAGCCACUCUGGGCGGCUUCCAAAAAAAAUAUUAAAAUACUCUAAUACAUCAAACAUUAAAAGCUUCCCUGAACAGGGCUGCCUUCAGAUAUUGGGGAUGUUGGGGAAGGGAUCUCUGUGGAUAGAACACCUGCUUCUCAGGUCUCUGGUCUCAGGUCCAGUCUCUGAUGUCAUCUCCAGGUAGGGCUGGGAGAGACUCUGGUGCGAAAGAGAUCUCUGGAGAUCUUCCUGUCAGUGUAGACAAUACUGAACUCAGUAGACUAAUGGACUGGUUCUGUAUAAGGUAGCUUCCUAUAUUCCUAAACUGCCAUAAUUUGAAUAAUGCUGAUAUUUCUGAUGAUCCUCAACCCAGAAGGGAAGGGGGCGCUAAUUGGAAUGAAACCAGAAGUAAUGUGUCCCUGUCAGCUGUCCAGUGAAAAACAAGCACAAAACCAUCACAUAGUACUAAAGAUAAGAUAAUACUUUACUGAUGGUAGGAAUUGUUGUUGUUGUUGUUUAGUCGUUUAGUCAUGUCUGGCUCUUCGUGACCCCCUGGACCAGAGCACGCCAGGCACUUCUGUCUUCCACUGCUUCCCGCAGUUUGGUCAGACUCAUGUUUGUAGCUUCGAAGACACUAUCCAACCAUCUCGUCCUCUGCCGUCCCCUUCUCCUUGUGCCCUCCAUCUUUCCCAACAUCAGGGUCUUUUCCAGGGAGUCUUCUCUUCUCAUGAGGUGGCCAAAGUCUUGGAGCCUCAGCUUCAGGAUCUGUCCUUCCAGUGACCACUCAGGGCUGAUUUCCUUAAGAAUGGAUGCGUUUGAUCUUUUUGCAGUCCAUGGGACUCUCCAGAGUCUCCUCCAGCACCAGAAUUCAAAAGCAUCCAUUCUUCGGCGAUCAGCCUUCUUUAUGGUCCAGCUCUCACUUCCAUACAUCACUACUGGGAAAACCAUAGCUUGAACUAUACAGACCUUUGUUGGCAAGGUGAUGUCUCUGCUUUUCAAGAUGCUGUCUAGGAUGGUAGGAAGGUCGUUGCCAAUUAUGGCUUUCCUCUACUGUUUCUUUGCAUUUGAUUCCCCCCCCCCUUUGGUGGGGGGAGUGGAGAUAGUGGGCUGGUUGCUCUGAAUGUACUCCAUUCCUGCCACACUUGGCUAGUUUUUCAAACUUGACCACUUGCCUCAUAAAAUUAGAAACUCAUUAUCAAAGGUAGGUUGGAAGAGUGUCCUGAUGAACUUUGCCCUCUUAAGCUGCCCAGUUUUGUAAUGUGGGGCAACUCCAGCGCGUUGACCUGGCCUUCUCCAGUUUCUCACUGGCAAGGUCUUUCGGAACAAGAUGUGGUUACAGACAGCCCUAAUCCUGCAAGCUGCUUUUCCUUUCAGCAUAAUCUAGGCAAACGCUUUCCCUUUAGGGAUGCGUGGAACAUCCCCGGUUUAGUUAUGCAGAAAUAGUCCCCUCGCUGAAAAGCGGCGUCACGUGUUCGGGAGCGACACUUAUCUGCAAGAAUCCUCCUUGCAAGCGUAGGAUUUUCUACAUGGUAAGUUUGCCGUUUUGGAUCCCAUCUGGUGUGCAAGGCGCCAGACUGCUGCUCACCAUCAUCCUUCAUUCAAAUAGCCGGCUUCCUUCAUUUGCUUAGCUAAAUUGCUAGUCAUGCAGUGGAGAGAGGCACAAUGAGCUGUGCAGGAUGCUGAAGUCCCUCUUGAUUGCUGAACUCCUAGCCGUCGGGGGGAAAAACGGAGUAGAAAUGGCAAAAGGUUGUCAGUUUGAUCAAACAUAUGGCACGGGGGUGGCUUGGGCUUUUAUAUGAGAAAAAGGCAUGAGUAAGAGCCUUAAUGAGUCACGCCUGAAGAAGGCUUCGUGUAUGCCAGUUACACGCUCUAAGUACUUGACUGCCCCUCCUGAUCAUCUUUCAAUCUGGCGUGACAAUUCCAAGAGUAUUGUUUGAUAUUCCCUGCUGCUUCCCUGCUGAAGGAACGCUCUUGUGCAAUAAUGUUUCUUGCUUACCUGGUUGAAGGAUAGAGAGGGGGGGCGUGAGUGUAGGUAGAAAUUAGCACACCGUAGAAAGGUAAAACUCGCACUUGUUGCACUGCUCACUUUUGCCUUUGGCCCCGGAGGUGAAGGCAGUCCUUGGAUGUUGGAUGAAGAGGGUUUUCCACCCUCCCCUGUUCCACUGUCUCACUUGUCCUAACAGUGUUUUGAAAUGGGUCACUUUUUAUUAUUAAAAAAGGUAAAGGACCCCUGGACGGUUAAGUCCAGUCAAAGGCGACUAUGGGGUUGCGGCCCUCAUCUCGCUUUCAGGCCGAGGGAGCCAGCGUUUGUCCACAGGCAGUUUUCCGGGUCAUGUGGCCAGCAGGACUAAACCGCUACUGGCGCACGGAGGACCGUGACAAUUGCCAGAGCUCACAGAAACUCUUGUACCUUCCCACCGCAGUGGUACCUAUUUAUCUACUUGCACUGGCAUGCUUUUGAAUUGCUAGCUUGGCAGGAGCUGGGACAGAGCAACGGGAGCUCACCCCGUCGCGGGGAUUCGAACCACCAACCUUCCGAAAAGCAAGCCCAAGAGGCUCAGUGGUUUAGACCGCAGCGCCACCUGCAUCUGUGAUCACUUUUUAUAGAUGGGAACUGAACCUCUGAGGGUUGGAUGGGAAGUUCUUCAUACCUGAGUAGCAAAACACACAGAGAGAAAAUGGAAGUGAGAAUUCAUGUGGGUGUUGUUGUUGUUUUGUAAGAUAGGUCUACUUUAAACAGGAGCCUGCAGGAAUGUGGCAUCCCAAUUACUGAUACUUCCUAUUCCAGCCUUGCCACCUCAAUUUGUGCUCCUUUGUGGGAAUAAUUUCAGUUCACUCGUGAGAAAGAUUAAAAACGUGCAGAAACUUGCACGAGAGGCCAGUGACACCUGUGAGAUUUUUAACUGGUGUAUUCUGAAUCUUGGACAGCACUGGCCUCACCUGCCAUGUGCCUCCCAUGCUUUGAACUUCUCUUAAUAUUUGUUCUCCGCUCUCAUUAAGGCAUACCUGCUUGCGAUAAAUCUCUUCCUGACCACAGCUAUGCUUAUAAAAGCCUUGACUCAGACUGAUUAAGCACACUAAAACUAAUAAAGCUUGUAGCGAUCCAUCUCAGCAAUUGCUGGCUGUUCUAAGUUCUCACCAAGACGUGUUGAUUUAUGUUCCAUCGCUUUGCCCUCUUCUACUUCCAUUCUUAAUUUUUUUCACAGUCAUCUGGAUUUGAGCCUUCAAGGUGGUUUUUGGAUUCACAUCUCCCUCUAGUGUCAACGCUGAGCAUUACAGUGCCUAAAGACCCAAUAAAUCAAAUCCUGUUUUGUAACUCCCCUCUUGACCAGUAUGGGCUAUUUGAAACCUAAUUAGCAGUGUCUGCAUUACAUAAUUAUCACUGUCAGUCGUUCUUUGCACUUCUUUCCCACUCUGACCUCACUCUGCCCCAGAAAGGCAUCCCUGUACACCUGACAGCUGAGAAUCUCACUGUGCAUCUGUUGAAGUGGGACUGUAGUCAUCAAGGGCUUACAUCAAGAUUACACUCAAAUGAACUUUGACCUUCAGCAUGUGAUACAGACUCUUGGAGCUGCUCUGAUUCCCCUGCCAGCCCACACCAGAGGGCAUUGGCUGCAGUUGUCACGAUAUUUUUUUAUCCAUUUUCCAUUUCUUAAAGAAAAUCUGCCCCUCCUUCCUACAACUUCUGUCUUAACACCCGCCCAGCUUAAGACAGGGCCUGAUCCUCCUGUUUCUUACCAGGUGACCUUUUUCUGGAUCGCCGAGACCUUUGCAAGCCUGCUGUGUUUUUAAGGUUCUUCAGUGAAUGUUUUGUUUUAUGGCGAAACAUUGCCACCCAAUGACUUUCAGGAUCUACUUUUUCAGGAGUCUUAAAAUAUGGGCCAUAGGAAGCAGAGAAUAUUCUGAUAGCUUUAAAGAAGUGGUGGCUGGAUAGCUAUUUUCAUCUAAGGGUCAUGUGGCUCGUGUCAGACAGGCAGAAUUAAUGGUGACAUUUUCCUACCCGAAUUGAGCACAGAUAAUAUUUCUGGCCUUCGUCACUUGUUUUAGUUGACAAAUAAGAUAGUACGUUUUAGACAGGACUUGCUAUCAUGCAGAUGAGAAUAAAAUGAGUUGAGGAAGCAAAUUUGCUGCUUUAUGUAUGUGAAGCAUUUUUGUCUUUUCUUUCCUUCACCAGAGCUCAAAGUGGUUUUUAAAUGGUGUGGGACCUAAUCUUUGACUACAAUUUUGACAAGCAAUUAUAAAAAUAUUGGUUUGUCUAAACUGCUAUUGGGUGUGUGUGUCCUGGGGGCUUAACACUACAGCUCCAAAGCACCCCUCCACAGUCUGUGUGAUGUCAGGAUCAUGCAUACACCCUUCCUCUGUAAUCAAAUCUUCCAUUUUUUAAGUGCUGGAGACAAGUGUAAUGCAUGGCCUUGAGAGCGGAGUACUUAGAUUUUUAAAAGUGAAACUUGCGCCAUUAGGUUUGGAAAUGGUUGCUAAUAAAAGUAAUAAGCCUGUCAGAACUGAAAUGGAAAUUAAUCUGCAACUGAAAUAAUAUGUGAGUUAAAGCUGCUUGUUGCAAACUCAAGUUUAAGAGCAAGUACCACUUAAGGACAUUUAUUCCUGUCCACUUAAUACUGACAAUGUGUACAUUUCAUUGCACUCUGCUUUUGGGUGCUCUGAAAGCCUUACAGAACGACUUCUCUUUUGGUGAGGAGCACUUACAUGACUGGGACUAAGACUUGUGCUGUUAAUCUUACACAGUGUUGACUUGCGAAGACUGGAGAGAGGUGUUCUGAGGUGUUUGCGAUUCUUGGGGAACGGCAGAAGGCUAACAGAUGCAGAUCCCACAGUCUUUUCCUGGGCACACUCACUUUGUGACCUCUUUGGAUAAGUGUGUGUGCGCGUGCAUGAUUUUGCAUGCCCUGCCACUGUCCAACAGAGGGAGUUGCAGGCAAGCGGAUGGCUGUGCAAAUAAUUGCUGAGAACAAUAGCCUUGCAGUUCUCCCAAAAGUCAAAGCUUUCAGAAGUUAAUUUUAAAUGCUGCCUCGCUGGUCUUUUGCCAGGUGCACUUGCUUGGCAGCUGGAAAUCCUACUGGGCCCUUUUGCUUCAGUUCCAUGAACUUUUAAUGCUAUCAAGUACCAAAGCUACAUGUGAGAAGACGUUUAUUUUGCAGUGCGUGUAAAAGAGUGCCUCCUUGACCUUGAGCUUUAUUGAUCCCCGCUAUCGGCUGUCUGGGUGACGUCAUCUGUUGGAUAUACAUAGGCAGGUGGUAGAUGGUCGCAUUCACACAACACUGAGGCUGCCUGUCACACAGCCUGACCUAAGAGUCAGCGCUGAGAGUGGCGUCUUGGAAGCGUCUGCUGGAAAGCCUAAACAUGAGAGACAGGAUUUAGAGUCUUUGCCUGACCAGGACUUGCGGCAAAAUACAAUUUCUUGAGGAACCAGAUGUUCUGUUGACUGCUUGGGAAGAGACAGCACUGUCUUGGGAAGGAGUUGCAGCACCUGCAGAUUAUUGCAUAACCCUUCGCACAAACGGGAGCCUCGUAGAACCAAACCAAAGUCCCCUUCCUGUGGCAGCCGCAAAUCCAAGCCUCACAAAGUGUCUGUGAUGGAGAAGUGGGACAACCACGCAGGUGCCUCAGCAUUCCAUAUGCCAGACUGGAUGGUGAGUUAACUGCUGUUCAGCUCUCUGUACCAGCAGAACUGUCUUGAUUGGAGCCAUACCAUGCUGGACGGGUUUGUCUUUGGUCUAGAGUUCUGCCAGUUCCGAGGUGUGCUCUUGUUCUUGACAGGGUCUAACAGCCCGAACUACCGUAUUUUUCGCUCUAUAAGACGCACCAGACCACAAGACACACCUAGUUUUUGGAGGAGGAAAACAAGAAAAAAAAUAUUCUGAAUCUCAGAAGGCAGAACAGCAAGAGGGAUCGCUGCGCAGUGAAAACAGCAAUCCCUCUUGCUGUUCUGGCUUUUGGGAUAGCUGCACAGCCUGCAUUCGCUCCAUAAGACGCACAUACAUUUCCCCUUACUUUUUAGGAGGGAAAACGUGAGUCUUAUAGAGCAAAAAAUACGGUAUGUUAUAAAUGAGCAAGUGUCACCACUAUCUGUAGAAUGGAGCAUUUCUACCCCAAGAGUUCCUUCUCAUUUUUACUUGGAUAAAAAGUGGAAUUUCUGAUUUCUUUAUUUAGUCUGUUUAACAAAAUUUUUACUUGAUUGUAGUAAAACCUCUAAGCAGUUUACAGCAAAUAUAAAAAUAAAAGCAGUUUGAAAACAACUGUAACAGAUAAUCAAAAUUAACAGCAGAGUAGUUUAAAGCACAUCAGCACCUUGUGUGUGAUAAGGACACCAUAAUGAUUCACGUACUAGAAGUAGAAAAAUGAGGCAGUCACCUCGGGCAACAAAUCUUUGGGUACCAUUAAAGGUGAUGGAAUCGGGAAAUGGGUUGAUCUGGCCCAAACAGCGCAAUCCACCACAAAUAAGCAACUUCACAUGUGCAUUAGGAUCAAAGUGCUAUUUGGGUUUACCAUUUGAAGAAUUGCAGGUUUUUAGGUUGGCAUUGGGAUUUGCAAAUGUUUCUACCAAUUUACCUGCUUGUGUCUACCUUUUGAAGCACAGGACAGCUUUAUGUGGUUGGUGUGGGUAUCAUAGUUGCUUUGCACGAUACACAAUGCCUUACUCUUGUCAGUGGGCAAGUGGCUUCCUUCAAUGCUGUCAUAAAGAGCCAUUUCUAUGAAAGCCAAAGAGUGCUCAUGCCUAAUAAUUUUUUCCUGGGGUCCUCGAAUCUGAUCUGAUUUCUGUAUAAUAACUUUGCUUCCAUGUUAAGCCUUUCUUGCAAUUAUUCCACAUGCACUCACUUCUUUCUCCAAAGAUAGCUCCAAAUGGCUAUCUUGUACUCCUUUUGAGUGUGGGAUAAGGGUAAGAAACAUAGAGCUUUAUUCAAUAAGGAUUCCAUACAUAUCCUUCCGUAACCUAGUAUGGAACUGGCUGGGACUGAUGGGAAUUGUAGGCCAAAACAUCUGGAACAUACCAGCUUGAGGAAGGGUGAUCUACACAGCUAAGCUCUGCCCUGGGGUGCUCAGAAUUACUACCAUUGAUUCCUUCUUUAAAUACUGCUUAAUAUUCAGCUGCUAUAGCAGAAGUACAAACCCAUCCAUCAUAAGAGCAGAUCCUGUAGUACGCCUAGCCGUGGUGAAGAGGGAAUGUGACCUAAAAUCUAAGACACAAUGCAUUUAUUGGGCUCUGGAAGUUUACCUUUGAGUUAUUGCCUGUAUGCGAUAUGGCUGUCUUCACUGAUGCAUAUUUGAAAGUACAUUAGGAAAUCAAGAAAAAUUGAUUAGUGGUAUCCAGCUAUGUUGUUAUGCUCAGAGUAGAUGCAUUGAAAUUGAAAUCAAAUCAAUCAAUACCAAUUUAACUCAAUUUAUCAAAGGCUAAAAGCUUGUUUAGCUUUGUACGGAGUGCCUUUAUUGAGUAUCUCUUAAUCCAUCUCAUUUUACCUUUUGUAUACCUCUAGGAAAAUACAUGAGGUGUGUUAAUAGUGUAGACAUAAGGCUGCCUUUGCAGUUAACAGGUUUCUACAGUAGUCAGGUUUGUAGGAUUUCUGAGUUUCACUGUGGCAUCGGAUAUUUUGGCUGGGGGGAAAAAUACCCCACUCAGCAUUGUUGGAGUCACUCGCCGCUCUGUCUGAAUUUAGUGUUAGAGACGUAGGGCAAAGGUUGCAGUUUUGCUGAAGUCUUGGUUCAUGCUAGAAAUAGAGCUGUGAACUCUGCUUUUAAUCUGGUAUGAGCCAGUGACAAUGUGUAUCAUGAUUUAAAGGUUAAAUUUUAAUCCCAAUCAAAGUCAACUGCAAGACCAUUUAUAGGAAAGAAAAAUAAGAGUACUAUUAGAUUUACAGUAUUAUGUGCAGAAGGGAAAGUAUGGUUAGCUAGCUAUAAAAAAAAAGCUUUUAAAAAGUUAUAUCCUUCCCUUCAGUAGCAUUAUCUUUAUGAAUAACUCUUAGAACAAAUGAAGCAGCAAUAUGGCAUAUCAAAAUAAUGGAUCAAACAUAUUCAAACAGCAGAGGCCAUAAAACAAGAGCAUCACAAUGGUAGAAUAAAAUAAAAUAAAAUCAGAUUACAUUCUCAGACUUUUAAAAAUGUAAGGUUAUUUGCCUAGCACUGAAAAGACUACCCGGGGAGAGCUUUUCAAAGAUGGGGGCACCCCACCUGAGAAAGGUCCUCCCCUGUGCCAUCCAGCUAAUAUCAGAGGUUGGGCCAUCCAGAGAAUGGCUAUCAACUGUCUCAGUCUGUAGGCAGGCUUGUGUUGGAGAAGAUGGGCCUUGAUGUAUUGAGGGUAUAGUCAAAGAACCAGGACUCUGAAUUGCACUCAGAUGGGUCAACAGCCGUUGUAGGUUGAAAACUACUGAAGCCUCAAAUCUGGUACGUCACACACUUAACAUCCUCUAAAUUUCCAGAAAUUCUGUGAUACCAGCAAUUCAAAUACAGUCCGCUGUGGCUAUGGUUAUUUUUGUUUUAAACUUGGUUCCUUUUGCAUUGUUCUGCCAUAGCACAGCUGAAGAGCUGUUCUAACCAAAACAGAUUUGGUUAAUUGGGCAAGUACUAAUAAGUAAUGGUCAAGCAUUUUUGCUCUUUACUUCAUAUUUAUGUUAAUUACAAAAACUGAUUAAUGUCGUUGCUUUGCAAUGGUUAGCAUUUUAAAGAUGGUAAUGAAAUAUUGCAGCAUUAAUGAUGUUAGACAAGUUUCUAUUAAUGUGAACAAUUUCGUUCUCCUUGGCUUAUGUUUCUGGAACACUAAGGUUGGUCUACAGUUUCUUAAAAAAUGAAACUAAAACAGGAAUAAAGUGAAGUAACAGCAGUUGUUCAAAAAUAAGCCACAUUUUUAAAUGCAAGUGUGCUAAGGUAGGCAUCAGCCUAAUUCUUCAGGCAUCAUUACCAUAAUGAUUUCAUGGAGUAUUUGCAAUCAAAUUAGGUCAACAGUUAAUUGCUGCUCCAAGCCUAAGAGAUGUGCAUGCUUUUGAACGAUAGUCAGACAUUAAGGAAUUAAGUAAUGGAGUUGUUACUAUGGAUCAGUGCAAAUUUGGACCAAUUUCAGUUACCUGACAUUUUGGUUUGUGUGUUUCGUAUAUUUAUAUCCCAUCUUCCUUUGAUCAUGGGAUUCAGCCAUCCAGGUACUGAGCGGACUCUGACCUGUUCUGCAAUGUGGCUGUCUCAUGUGUCCUUAGACCAUACUCUGCAUCUUGUUUCUCUCGCAUCCACCCCCACCACUUUCUUAGUUCUGUCCAUCCGAUCUCCUCCAAGUGGCAUUCUUGCCAGCUGCCUGGUAAUCAAUGUGGCCGAUCAGUGAGAGGUCAGUAUAAGCAAUGGUCUGUGCAGUGGAAUAGAUGCACAAAUCUGCCUUGUGUGAGAGGAAACGAGGCUGAACAAGAACAGUGAAGAGUUAAGUGUUAAUCCUCCUGAGGUUUUAACUCAUGUGACAUUCUAGCUGCAGGCUGGAAUCUUAACCACUCUGAGGAUUUAGCAAAGGCCUUGGCACCGCACCUCUAGUUAAGGUAUGAGAGUUUGGCACAAGCAGCCACCUCUUUGAAAGUAGAAGUGAUCUUUAGACCUUUUGGCUGAAACUUUAAGCAUUGCAGGUUUGCAGUGUGAUAAAAAGGACCCCUGACCAUUAGGUCCAGUCGUGGCCGACUCUGGGGUUGCGGCGCUCAUCUUGCUUUAUUGGCCGAGGGAGCUGGCGUACAGCUUCCAGGUCAUGUGCACCUUCCCGCCGCAGUGGUACCUAUUUAUCUACUUGCACUUUGACAUGCUUUCGAACUGCUAGGUUGGCAGGAGCAGGGACCGAGCAACGGGAACUCACCGCGUCGUGGGGAUUCAAACCGCCGACCUUCUGAUCGGCAAGUCCUAGGCUCUGUGGUUUAACCCACAGCGCCACCCGCGUCCCAUGAUGUUUCCUCUAAAUUUCCCUAACCCCCAUUUUCUGAAAGCCAGCUGUUCUCUGCAAGAGAGAAGGUCUAUGUGUCAGCAGCAGAGCCAAGUCUGUCUUCAAACUGCGUCUGUGUGCCUUGGCCUCCCUCUCAGGUGUUAACCCAUAAGCAUCCAGAGGCACACUUCUGGUUUCUUUUGAAAAAGUAGGACAGCUGAUAAGCAUCUUGCCUGUAAGCAAGGCAUUCCUUUUUAAGUUGCUGCCCGUCAUCUGGCUUUUCUUUUCUGACUAACGAAGAGAUCUUAGACAGUUGGCAGGUUUCCCCCCAGCCCGCCCCUUAAUGCAGAGCGCAGUUCUGAGAGCCAGAAGUUCUGGGCGCCUGGGCGCCAGUCUCCUACCGAAGCCCACUAGCUCUUGCCCUCCAGCACUGCAAACAAUACCUCGGUGGGGACAGAACGAGGGCACCCAAGAUAGAGGAGAUAUUAUAGAAGAGGAAACGGUUCUGUCUGUGCAGUCUGUAUAGCUAAGGUUUCUGAGAGCUUACACCCUCGUACGACUUAAUUUUCCAGGACAUUUGUUGUCUGGAAUGAAAAGUUGCUGAUUAGCAUUACCUGGCCUUGGCUGUGCUCAAAUCGCUUGAGGUUUUCUUCUUGAUUGUGAACUUACUUUGGCGGUGAGAGAGUUCCAGGAAGUGGGGGGGUUCUCCUUUGAAACGGUACACAUUGCAGAAUCACUAAAAGCACCAUUGAGGUCUGUUAAUGAACAAAUAAAUGGCUGGACUUUGGAACAAGGUGCAUAAUAGAUGGCAAUGGAGGACUCUGGGGGAACAUCCUGUCGCUGCUGAGAGGUGUGUGUAUUCACUCUGCAAGACAUAGUUAUGUAAUUAAUAUCUGAUGCUAACUGUGCUACAACAUGCGGGUUUGCUUUUUUUAAAGAAAAGUUUGCCUUGUUAGAUGCCUUUUGUUCAGCCUGUAUCCUUCUGAAGUGGCAGGCUGCCUGUGAACAUUCGUGCCAGAGUAAACUGGUUCAGGUGCAGUCUUUCCUUGCUCAAGGCUUGCAGCAUCCAGCAAAGAUCCGCAUGCGUGACUGAGUUGUCACACAUGGUGCUGUUGUAUUUCCUUAAGCAGAAUUGCUUUCACUAGCGUUCCCCCCCCCCCCCCCGUGGAAUGCCCUCCCAUCACAUGUCAAGGAGAUAAAGAACCACCCAACUUUUAGAAGAUAUCUGAAGGCAGCCCUGUUUCGGGAAGUUUUUCAUGUUUGACGUUUUGCUAUGUUUUUAUAUGUGCUGUGAGCCACCCAGAGUGGCUGGGGAAACCCAGCCAGAUGGGCGGGGUAUAAAUAAUAAAAUUAUAAUUAUUAGAGGUGUUGCUACUAAUUGGCCAUUAGUGUGAGGUGCUAUAGUACGUUUGAGGUCCAUUGGAAAGGUGUGUAUAUUUUGGUCUUUAAACAGACCCCUGGUCAGAAUCUCUAAGGAACCUCUCCUCCAGAAGGCCAUUGAUAUGAGGAGAAUCAUAGAUCAUCAGGUUUCUCCAGGUAAAAAGAGGAACUUUGCUUAACAUUGAUUUUAUAAUUUGUUACAGUUGUGAGCCACUUUCAUUAUUUCAUGGUUACAGGCAACCAAUUACUUUAUCUAGUUGGCAUUAUGCAGUAGACCUUUUAUAUCACAUCAUAUAUAUUACAUAAUCAUGAUAAAAAUCAUAGUGGAUAAAAUCAAUUAAAAUUACUCUCGUGUAGCGUUGAAUAAAAGUAUAUGUCUUUGGUUCCAAAAUGCUUUAAAACACUUGACUAAUAUUUGACUAUGUUUGAUCAGUUAGUUGACCAGCCCUUUUUUGAAAGGUCAAAUGCCCAACCCUGAAUGAGGAUCAAAUUAGAAAGAAUCAAAACCUGAUUUUUUUUAAGAAAGAAAUUGUGGCAUUGGGAGGCUGUGAUGUGAGGCAGAGCUUUGUUACCUGUAGAAAAUGUUCUGUUCCAUAAGUACAAACAAUUAGAUGCCAAAUUUAUUUUAAUAAUGUAAGGAAAGCACAUACUCUCCUCUUCAAAUUUUUACCUGUAUUCCAAUACAAAAUUCUACAUAAUAUAACAUUUAAACCACACUAAAUGUUCUUAAUUUUUUCUCCUCAAAUAUUUCAGGUCAAAUACUAAUGGUGUGCUGGGCGGGGGGCAUUAGCAUGAUGGACUUUUUUUUGCUUUGUUUACUAAUCACAAAUAAAAUUAAGAUGCUAAGAUCACCCUCUAGGGCCUCAUAUAGCCAAAAACUACGCACAAGAGCAGGAAAUAUCAUCUGGUUUGGGAGAAACCUCAAGUAAUAGAAUAGGCACCCCCAACCUUCGGCCCUCCAGAUGUUUUGGACUACAAUUCCCAUCAUCCCUGACCACUGGUCCUGUUAGCUAGGGAUCAUGGGAGUUGUAGGCCGAAACAUCUGGAGGGCCACAGGUUGGGGAUGCCUGUAAUAGAAAAUCUUCAAAAAGUAUUCAGGAGGAAACACUGGUGAGGGAAGGCCAUCCCAUCUGAAUGGGGAACACACUGAUAUUUUCAUGCAGGCCCCACUUCUUAAAUGAUGAAUUACAGCUAUGGUACAAACCCUCAGUGGGUGCUUUGAUAUUAGUGUAUUGGAGUGCUUGAGUCAUGACCAGCGUGGACUUUGCCUUGGACACAGAUCCUCAAUCUCUUGGUUGUUCGACAAGCUGUAAUCUUGCAAAAAUGAACCAUAUUCAAGGUUUCUAGUUACAAGCAAGCCUGAAUAACCGGAUUACAAUUGGAGGUCGGCCCCUGCAACUUUCCAUUUGCUGUUUGCUUGACUAAUUCCAAAAGCUGCUUCCUUAGUCUCUCUUUCUUUUGGUAUACCAACCUCCCUUCAUAAUACAACUUGAACCUCAGUGGAGUCGCUUUGUUAUGAGUAACUGAGACAAGAGGCCUAAAAUAACUGCCAAAUCCUGCACAACGUAGAAUUCUGACAUGGAAAUUGAACCUUCCUCAAUUGUAUGGCUUGAGACAGCUGCUUAAACUAUUGGGGACCAGCUUCUCUGCCUCACCAAGGAUGUUGAAGAGAAUGGCCAAAAGGAGGAUAGCUUUCCAUUUUGUGUGAGCCAUUCUUUUCUCCUCUUUGUGAGAUGCCUUGUUGUUUCUUUGAGGGAUCUGGAAAUUUAUUUUAUUUAACAAAAUUUAUAUAUGGCUUGAUCCUCUUGGCGUUUUACAAGAAAUAUUAAAAUGAUCUGGCAGGGAACUGCCAUCGGCUCAGGGGGGAGAGGGGAAAAGCCGGAUGGAUUACAGAGAGCCCCCAAAGAUCGUGGGAAGCAGCACCUCCUCAGCGGAGGAGUGUAACCACGCCUCCAGUGGAGAGGAGCUCCAGGGCUCGGAGGAGGCGAGGCGGUGCCAGGACACCUUGCCUGGGCAAAGCGGGGAGGAGAGAGGUCCUCCGUUACCCACGCCCUCCUUGCGCAGUAAGCUUUUGCGCCGAGAGGGGAGGCGCAGACUGGGCAUCAAGAAGCUACUCUGCUGGGGAAGGUUUAAGGACCGUCCACUCACAGAUUCUGCCAGUGAAUGAGCCAGCCACGGGAGAGUGGCGCUCUGGACAGAUAAAGUUUAUUUUGGCAUCAAAAGCAAGGCUUCACAGCCGAGCAGGGAGGCAUUUGCCCUUGGAACCCUAACAUGAUCAAUAAAAACAGUUGCAAACAAUUAAAAAACGUUUAAAGAUAAUUAAAAUUAACAGUUAAAAAGAUUGAAACAUGUCAGUAUCUUUACAUGUCUGGAUAAGCUUGCCCAAGGUUUUAAAAGGUUUUAAGCAGGUGCCGAGAUGUAUGCAGCAAAGGUGGCUGCCUGAUGUCAUUAGGCAGAGAGUUCCAAAGUUCCAAAGCUACACUAAAAGAUCAAUUUCCUACUGAUAUGGUAUGAGUAUUAUGCGGCAGCUGUAACAGUGCUAGUUCCACAGAUGGAAGUGGUCAAAUGGGCAUGAUCUUGCAGGUAAAUUGGCCCCAAGUUAACAGUUGCUCCCACCUGAAAUAAUCCUUAUAUUCUUCCUGCAAUUUCAUUUGUCAGUUUUACUAUCUCCUAACCGGCUCCAUAUUUUCCUAAUCAACUCUGUUGUUUUCCUGGUGUUUAGCAUAUAGUAUCCAUGGUAUCUUUAUUUCUUUAUUUAUUAACCAAUUCCUAGACUGUUUCAUAGCAUAACAUGUUUAAGAGAAAAUCCUGAGAUAUAUACGUUAUCUACUGUAUUUUUUGCUCUAUAAGACUCACUUUUUCCCUCCUAAAAAGUAAGGGGAAAUGUGUGUGCGUCUUAUGGAGCGAAUGCAGGCUGUGCAGCUAUCCCAGAAGCCAGAACAGCAAGAGGGAUCGCUGCUUUCGCUUCAGAAUAUUUUUUUUCUUGUUUUCCUCCUCCAAAAACUAGGUGCGUCUUAUGGUCUGGUGCGUCUUAUAGAGCGAAAAAUACGGUAUAUUUGAUUUGAUAUACCUCACAUAAGUAAGUAUGUUAAUGAGUUCAUUGUUACUUGAAGCUGAAAAGAUUCAUUGCUCACUUCAGUCACAAUACUCCAAAUGCUUUCUGUUUUGAGACAUUUCUUUCAAAUGUGGUGCCAGUGCCCCCCAUUUUCUUUGCAGAACCAGCAGUGGUCAUCUUUCAUUUUACUCACAGAAUAAAUCUAGGGUUUUCUCCCUGUAUCAGCCUUUAAAAGGGAAUAAGUAUGAGGGUUAAAAGUGUGUGCGUAUUCAAGCCUGAAAUUGCCCUGCAUGAUUUUGAAUUUUACAUUCUGAAGAGGGCUGUACCACAUUAUUCUUCAGUGAAACCCAGAUUUAAGCAGAGUCUUUUGAAAUAAUGGACCUGUUGAGUUCUGCUAUCCACCCCAGUUGCUACAUUCCAUUCUGUUAGAGCAGCAAGCCCCAUCCUUCUGACCUUUUAGAGUUUUGUACAGUUUUCAAAAUCUUCAGGCGGAUUCUUUCCCAUUUUUAAAUGAUUGAAUUCCAUCUGGAUGUCCGUGAGCGACCUGCCUUCUGUCUCUGGAAGGAACCGGAAGAGGAGAACCCAUGAGAUUGUCAUGAUGCCCAUGAAAACAAGAAAGCAGAAGUUGCCCAGAUGACUCACUAAAUAAGGAAACAGCAUCCCGAUCAAGUACAAUUCCACCCAAUGCAGUGUUGUGCCAAUGACCAAGGCAGCUGGUCUGGAUGACUGUGUGAAGAGUUCUGCUAUGACGGGGAACGCUGUUCCUGAAGGCCCCACACCAAAGAGAACGAUGUAGAGGAAGAUGAGAGCAACAUUGCAAUAUGGUAUCCAGAAGGUUCUGUCUUGCAGGGAGAGAGUAGUUGUGAGGAGUGCCAAGGCCACUAUCAUGAGACCGUAUCCCCACAGCAUCAGUGUCCGUCUGCCCGCACGCUCAAUGAUGAAGCAGCACACAAAGGUUGAGCAGAGCUCACAGGCCCCAAUCCCUAGAGUGACGUAGGGGCUGAGUUCGUCACUAAACCCGGCUGUACGGAACACAUCAAAAGAGUAGAAGUAGAUGGCACUGACUCCACUGAGUGGUAGCGUACCUGCCACUAUGAUCAACAGGUAUAUCUGGCAUCGCAUGGAGCGAUCUCUGAAGAGCUCCAGCACGCUCAUAAUUUUUGCUUCUUUUGUGGCUGCCUGCUCCUUCAACAGAUCAUUCACCUCUGCUCUGUGGUCCCCUUCACCCCAGAGCUGCUUCAGAGAUUUCAAGCAGCCUUCCAUAUCUCCCUUCUGGAUUAAAAGAUACGACGGAGAUUCAGGGAAGAACGGGACUGUGAUGAGCAACAGCAGCGCUAGGACUCCGCUGCUGGCCAACAGGAGAGGCCACAGGGACUCUGUUCCCAAAAGUUCAUGGAGUCCCAUCAAUUGCCCAAUAAAUUUCCCCAGGUUUGCUAGAACUGAAAUAGUGACAUUGGUCAAGCCGCGGAGGUGCUUAGGAGAAAUUUCUGCUAGGUACUGACCUUGGAUACAGGCGCCCAAACCUGCAUUAAAACCAUACAGGAGUCGUCCAAGGAGAAUAAUUUCGAAGGACUUUGCUAUUCUGCUGGUUCCCAUGAUCACUGCAGCUACUAACAUGAAGAGGCUGUUAAAUAUCAUGCAGUUCUUUUUUCCACAUUUUGCAGACAGAUACCCUGAGAGGCAGGCUCCUGUCAGUCCUCCAAUGGUGAAGAUAGACACAAUGAAUGACCAUAGGGGCAUGAGGGUCUGGUCAUCAAUGGGAGCGUUGUAUCUCUCCAGCCAGGUAUCGUUGAUGAACUUCUUGACGAAUGGUGAAGUAAAAUUGAUCAUAGAGACUUGGAAUCCGAAAUGGAAGGUUCCGCCCAAGCCCAGAACAAUGGCCAUCAGAAGCAUUUUUCGAUACAAAACCAGGUUUGAGCAAAGGCUGGCCAUCUUUCUGUCUUAUGGAUGUUAAUAGUAUUCUGUUGGAACUUUCCCUUCGCGAUAGCUGCCCAGUUUCCUUUCACUGAGCCCUGUUGCUCAGGGACAGAGAAUCAUUUGCUGCAGGCAGCCAAAAUUAAACGUGACUUUGUACUGUUUGAUUUACAUGAACUUUUGCUGACUUUAGUGGGUAAAGUUCACCCUAGCAAAAUAUGCCACCCAAAAUCUCCUGCUUAGCUCAGCCCAUCCCUGUAUAUUCUGAUAUGGGUCCCUUAUACAUCCCACUCCAGGCCAUGAGAGCACUAGAUGCUUUUUCUGCACUCCCAUAGUAUGGCACUUUGUUACAACCACCUAUUUAAAAAAAGGGGAGGAGAGAAUGGCCACUUUUAAUAACGUAAUUAUGUCUGUAUUUCCUAUGUCCAUGCCCCCCCCCUGACCUUACUGCUUAUAUUUUCCUAUCUCGCCCUUGCAAGUAUAUAUACUUGUAACCUAGGAUGGCAUCCAUCAGUUGAGGUAGAGUGAAGUCCACAAAUGCCAUUACUAAAAUGAUUUUUUUGUUUGUAUUUAAAAUGCUACAAAACUGUUUCGUGUUUACAGUUUGUUUGAAUCUAAUUUAGCACACCAAUUUGGCACCCCCUAGAGUUAAGACAUGGGUGGCGCUGUGGUCUAAACCACUGAGCCUAGGGCUUGCCGAUCAGAAGGUCGGUGGUUUGAAUCCCUGCGACGGGGUGAGCUCCCGUUGCUCGGUUCCAGCUCCUGCCAACCUAGCAGUCUGAAAGCACGUCAAAGUGCAAGUAGAUAAAUAGGUACCGCUCUGGCAGGAAGGUAAACGGUGUUUCUGUGCGCUGCUCUGGUUUUGCCAGAAGUGGCUUAGUCAUGCUGGCCGCAUGACCUGGAAAAACUGUAUGCGGACAAACGUCAGCUUCCUCGCCUGUGAGAUGAACGACCCCAGAGUCGUUUGCGACUGGACUUAACUGUCAGGGGUCCUUUACCUUUUAGAGUUAAUUGACUUUAGAGUGAUUGACUUGAGGUGAAGGCAACUGGGAAACCGAACAUGUUUCCUGCAAGGUUUGCUCCCCCAGGAGACAGGUGGCUCUUUGUCUUACCAGAAUGCACCUGAGAUAAUACCAUGAAGUGUAUCCAGUAUACACAUGGAUUCAUUGUUGCUUUUCUGAACAAUUGAAAUAGUUAGCUUUUCUUCUUCUUCUGUGUCUUCAUUGGGGCCCCAUGUGUCAGAAUAAGUUGUGGGGGUUUUUUGGUGCCUCCUGCAGACCACCAGUCACCUAUCUCUGUUAAGUUGUACUUUGUGUGCAAAAUUCUUAGUUCAUGGUCUUGCUGUAUUUAACCUUGGACCUAUCUAGUCCAGUGGGUAACAGAUCUAUUUUUAGAGAUGGAGAAUGGAGGCUGAGGGAGAGAACUGACUGAAAGAUGAUUUGAACCUGACUCCUCCAUAUCUCACUCCUUUCCUAAGCAGCUGUGUGCCAGAGAUUCUUCCCUGUGCAUGGUAGCUGGGAGGAGAAGAUCAGGCUUCCCACAUGCAGGUUUUUUUUUAAAAAAAAAUAUGGUUGGGUCUUAUUUGCAGAUCACAACUUUAGGGACUUUCUCUGGUGAAUUUCUCAGGUCUCCUUGGCUGCAAAAUUGACAGUGUCACUAGUUAGCAGCCUCAAGAAGAAAACUCUGCACCACUUUUUCUUUUUUUGGAAUAAGAGUUUUGUGUAUUUUUUGCACUCUUUGCCUUGCACAGGUUAUGAGAUUGAGCGUGUUCAUGGUGGUAUGGCUGUAGGCUGUGGCACAUGCAGAGUUCUGCACCUGCGCUAGAAGUGUUCUGAGUACACCAUCGUUCAGACUUCCCCAACCUGGUGUCAUUCACAUGUUUUGUUGUGCAGGCUGGGGCUGUAGUGAGGAAGGACAGUAGCGUAAUGAUAGAGCACCUGUUUUGCAAGCAGAACGUCCCAGGUUCAGUCCCCAGCAUCUCACAACAUGACUGGGAAAGACUCCAUGAGAGCUGCUGCCAGUCUGUGUGGACCAUACUGAGCUAGAUGGACCAAGGGACAGACUGAUAAUAAGGUAGCUUUCGACAUUCCUAUGACACCACCGGGUUCAGUCCCUGGACUGAAGCCCACAUCCAGGCACUAUCACAGGUGAUGCGGUCUUUUCUUGGAAAGUCCUUUUUUUUUUUGUAAUAGUUGUUUUUUAUUAUUAUUAAAGAUUUUCUUGUUUUACAGAAGUAUGUGUAAUGUAUCUCAUAUUUUUUCCAUGUAACAUUUUUACAGAUUAGUUUCAUUUGUUGAGACAUUAGUGGGGAGGAGAUGGGUGGGGUGGGGUCGAGUGGCGAUGUUUCUAUUUUGCUUAAUGUAUGUAGGGUUUGGUGUCAGCGUUGCUUGUGCCGGUUCUCUGCUGUUCAUUUGUGUUCCUUUGGUGGUGAGAGAGGUUGGGGUUGGCCUAGGGUGAGGUUGUUGGUUUGUGGUUGGCUGUGGUGGUCUUUGUUUUCGUGUGUGAGUGGGGUGGGUGGGUGUUUUGGAUCAGGUUAGCCAUAUUGACUUGUAUGCUGUUGGUGGGUUAUUGUCAUUGUCUUGUUGGGCUGUGUAUGUGAUAAAGGGGAGCCAUACCGGGGUGAAGGUGUCUUCUUCUGUUUGUCCCCGUGUCAGUUUCAGUUUAUUGGUUAAUUUUUCUAGUAGGGCUGUUUCCCAUACUAUUUGGUACCAUUGGUCCAUGCUUACUCCUGACAGGUCUCUCCAGUGUCUGGUUAUGGUGUUUCUGGCUGCUGAAAGUAGGUGGGUUAUGAGUUCUUUGUGGUGUAAAUGAGCAUUGUUGUCUUGGAAGAUGUUUAGUAGGGCCAAUUCUGGGGUGGUGUCUAAUACUUGCUUAGUUAUUUUACAUAUUUCUCGUAUGGCUGUUGGAUUUUGGGGCCCUCUUGGUCUUCCUCUUUCCCUUCACUUUUCAAGGAGGUGUCAGAACUGGGAAGAAAAACAGCCGUGUGCUUAUUUUAGUCUCAUGUGGCUUCCUUGCAUUACGCUAGUGCGUCUCUGAAGGACACAAUUUUCUUGCAACUGCAAUAAGGGCAAGCAACCUUUUCGACCGUUGCAAAAAAAAACCCCAACAACCCUCAACCAACACUUUGGCCAAUAAAUGCCUUCAUUGUUUUAGUUGCUCAUUAGUUAACUUGGUUCUAAUGUGUCUCUGUUUAAACUUAAUCUGAGGCUGAGGGAAGGGAGAUUGUGGAAACAGGGGUGGGUGGAGAGAGCCUCAAAUUUAAAGGUACCUAAUUAGCAAGUUAAUUAUAGCAGGCAAGGAAAUAUUCUGGUUACAUAAAUGAGCCAUUGUUACGCGCGCACAAGCCAGGCCAUGUUAGAAACCACAGCUUAAUGGUUCUGAGGUGAGGGGAACGCGAUAAAACAACAAUUAAAGGAGAAGGGAAAAUGGGGUGAGGGAGAGAGAGAGAGAAUACCAGCAAAGCUUUGUUCUGCCAGGCGCAAGCAGCAGAAAUUCAUUAAAGCUGCGGGCUCUUUCCCUGCCAAAUGGAGCCCUGGAAGAGAGAGUUGAGGCCACCAGGCAAGAGGAAGGAGCCCUCUUUACCUCUCGCAACCUCCCUCCCGCCUCUACCCUAUCUUCCCUCCCCGAGCAAGAGAGUUGAAACCAGAGCGGACAGGGUCACUGGUGCAGGGAAAGGAGGUAUAAAGGGGAUGGCCAGCCGCCUCUCUCGGGAGGACUGCGCAGGGCUGGCGAGAGAGCUCCAGGUAGCAACGCUAUGCCAAAGCACAAGAAGUACAAUGUCAACGGCGACUCGGGGAUGAAAGCCCAGGUGAGGGGAAGCCUUUCCGUUUCUUCCUGGAGCGGAGGCUGCGGUUCCUCCUGCCUUCCCCAUUUCUUUGGGAGGCAGCUAGAGCUCCAGCCCUGGUCUUCAGCUCUCUUUUCCUUAAGGUCAGGGGCAGAAUCAUAAAGCUGAGAAUAGUGGUGGUGGUUAGAACUACCCUCCUGCAUCCCCACAGCAUGUCGCGAGGGGAAAGAUGGACCAGACCUCUUGGUUGGAACAGUAUCCUCUCAGAACAAGGUGCAUUCCUAAGCACCGCACGUUGGCGGAGAGCUGAUAGCAUAGUGUAGGGCCUGCUGGUCGCAGAGGAGGAAGAGGAGGGUCUUCCCUGGAAUAUGGAAAUCAUUGUCACCCCCUGGUAAAUUAGGCAUCUAGUUUCAAAUGUUCACGGCUGUCCGAUUUGCAGAGUUGUAUAAGCAGAGCUUACCUGAUCGCAGCGGGUCAGGCUCACGAGUUGCACUCUGUGUGCCUGUUUAAGAAUUUGCCCUGCAGAAAAUUAACUUGCCUGAGAAAUAGGUUUGUGUCUUUCAAGGGAUGAAACUGGCCCUCUUUGGCCAACGGGUGUCUCUACUCCAACUGGUGUUGGAUGGCUGGAGGAGAUCUGGUCACUGAAACUGAGGCCACUCAUUUAUAUUGCCAUGAGGGAGUGCUGUUUCUUUUUGAGGUCAGGUUCUCUUUGCGGGGGGGGGGGGAUAAUGUUUCCAUGAGCCGAAUGACGCUGCUAAAGUGCAACUGAAACUUGCAUCGUAAUUAAAAAUUGCUGCAUUUUUUAAAAAUACCGUCACAAAUAAAGUCCACCAGAUUAAAAAGGAAAGCUUCGUAUUUUAAAGGUCUAGUUCUGUCUUAGACCAAUUAAACAGAACUUGUUUUAUCCAACUUAGAAUUGUAUACACCAGGCAUGGCCAGACUUGGCCCUCCAGCUGUUUUAGGACUACAAUUCCCAUCAUCCCUGGCCACCGGUCCUGUUAGCUACGGAUGAUGGGAGUUGUAGUCCCAAAACAGCUGGAGGGCCAAGUUUGGCCAUGCCUGGUAUACACUGACUGACUGCAGAGGUCAACAGCUGGAGGGAGUGUUGCUUCCAAACACCAUUUGCUGGAAACUGGUUUCCUGCAGGCAUCUGGUUGUUCACUGUAAGACCAGGAUUCUGGACUGGAUUGGACCCCUUUGGCCGGAUCUAGCAGGCUUUUCUUGUUCCCACAGGUUUAGUGGUUCUCGAAGGGUGUGGCAGGAGAGGAUGGCAAAGGUGGAGGAAAGAUUCAAGGACAACCAAAGAAACAUUUAAACAUUUCAGUGUAGUUUAGUAUAGUAUCAAAAUAAUUUUUUUUUAUUUGCAGAGCAUGAGAGCAAGAGACACACCAAGUGAUACUGAGUUUGUAUACACACAUAAGGUACAUAUGUAAGAGGUGUGUUUAUAGUUAUAUCUUGGGAAUGAUUUGUGUUCUUACGUAGUUGCAUUGUUUUAUACUUUCUGGGUUGCCGACGAUCAUAUUGUGAAGUAGUUGUUUUCUAUGUUAUAAAUCAGGCAUAUGCAAACUCGGCCCUCCAGAUGUUUUGGGACUACAACUCCCGUCACCCCUAGCUAACAGGACCAGUAGUCAGGGAUGAUGGGAUCUUUAAAUUAUGAUGCAUCUUGUUUUGCCCACAUAUCCUGCUUCUCUUUUUAAAAGGAGGGAAAUAAUACAGGCAUCCUAAAAUGAUGAAGUAAAUUAUAUGGCAGCCUUAAAAUAAAAAUGCAAUCAGAUUAAAAAUCCAGUAGCAGGAGUAUCAUCAAAUGAUGAUUAUUUCAAAGGCUGUUGUGGUUGCCUGACUGGUCCCCUCCCCCACAUCCCCCCUCUCCUCAUCUGGCCUUGCUAACACUCUUUUUUGAGCGGGUGAAUGCAGAGUGGAGGGGUGUGCGCACUGGGAGGUGGUUUUAUUUGGUGCUGCUUACAGCCACCUGGCAGAUUGCGCACUUAUAGUGGUAAAUGACUGGGUUGUAGCCACUGCUAGUCCUACUCAAGUGUAGAUCCAUUACUGGACCUAAGUUAGUCCUGGGCAUUAAUCUUGAUGGCAAAGCCAUAUGGAGCCUCAGCCAUAAGAUGUUCUUCAGAUGACCACUGAAUCAUUAGGGCCACGUAUUUUUCCUUCCCCACAGAGAUUCUGCAUUCAGAAUACUGAAUGCCACUGGAAGUGCAGACGUAGCUACAACUGUUCCCGCAUCUGGACAGCUUGACCGUAGUUUCCACACAUUGGUAACCCCAAGGCUGGAUUACUGCAAUGUGCUCUAUGUGACGCUACCCUUGAGGGCAGUUCAGAGGCUACGGCCAGUGCAGUAGAUCUGGGCUGCUUUUGGGAGCAAGCGAGUUCCAACAUGCAACAUGUUUGUGGGAUUUCCACUGGCUGCCAAUCAGCUGUCGGUCCAAGUCCAAAGUUUUGAUACUAAUGCAUAAGGUCUUGCACAGUUUGGGAUCAGGCUGCUAGAAAGACUGCCUCAUCCCUUAUAUACCCAGUACGUCACUGCAUUCUGCAGAAGAGGGUCCAGAGAUCUCGGAAGCAGCAUCCCUGUUGAGAUAUGGCAUGGCAGGUGCCCAAGUCUCUGCUUGUUCUUCUAAUUGCCAGUCAAAGGGCAUGGGGAAAGUGGCAUCUGGGGGGACAGAAUUUUGUUUACCCUCCGGAUGUAAGUGAGGCACCAGUGCAAAGGUGGUGUUAAAAUGGGCAGCCAGCUGUGUUGAAAAGCCAGAAAGGGCACAGGAAUGUGUUGGACCCUUUUGUGCACAUGCUGCCAAGGAAUCAUUUUCAGUGGCUUUCAACAACUGUUGAAGACUUGCUUUCUGUUGAUGGUGGAUUAAUGCUGUGAUUUCUCAUGAAUGGGGCUUUUGCACAAGGAACACGUACUGUAAAUGUCGAAAGAGGGAUUUAAGGGAAAUGAGAUGCUACAGAGUGCGAAUAUAACUGCUACUUUUCACCCAUCUGAAAUGUCUUGUUUUGUGAAUAAAAAUACUUCUUUAUAUUGAACUACCAUUCAUUAGCGACCCUAAUCAAAGGAAUUAGUGGCUCUAAAAGAAAGGUGAUGUUGGCAUUUAUUUAUUUUUCAGCAGUAGUUAGGAUAGUUAAGGAUUGUUAGAGGCCUGACCCCUUGUGGUCAUGGGAAUAAGUCUGAUUUUAAACUGUUCCUUCUAGAACUCUUGCUGGGUUGAUUCCAUUGACUCAGGCUUCCUCAACCUCAGCCCUCCAGAUGUUUUGAGACUACAAUUCCCAUCAUCCCUGACCACUGGUCCUGCUAGCUAGGGAUCAUGGGAGUUGUAGGUCAGAAACAUCUGGUUGAGGAAGCCUGCAUUGACUGAUACGUGAAUUUCAAGAGACAUACUUUUAUUUUCAGAAAAAGUAGACAAUGUGAACUUUGCACGGUUACUGCAAGAAAAACCUUUAGCUGCCGGAAUAGAUCCAUUAUUGUGACUUCAACAGGGAGGAGGAUUUCCUUUGGUCAAAAGGGCGGAGGAGUGAGCAGAGUGGUCUAAAUGCUUGCUUUUGUGUGUCUUUUGCCACUCUUUUACUCAUUUGAUAGAAAUCUGCUUGAUUUCUAAAAACUGAAUUUACUUAGCCUAUCCUGCUCUAUUCCCCCCUUCAGUCUCAAACAGCCUACUUGAUUGUAACAGGUGGCAUUCAAUUUCCUGUCGAGGAAUCCCGUUUCACGUGGGUGUCAAAUGUGCGCCCUCCGUUGCCUGUGUUGAAUGAGGGCCUUACUUUCCUACAUUUGCAUGAGAUUUGCCCUGCCUUCUGUGAUUACACUAGUUUUUUCAGUCCUUGUGUGUCAUUGGCACAACCAUUUUGUGGAUUAUAUACAGAAGGGUUUAAAAAGACACUUAAUGGGUCCUUAGUUCAGUUGUUGGUUCUUGGGCGUGCCGACAACUUUCUUCGGACACCGAUGGUAAUGUAGCGCAUGCCUCCUUGCGCCUGCUCAGAGCCUGAGUAAUGUAUGACUGUCCCUGUUCUCUCCUGUUGUUCGAACCCCCAGAGGUCCCCGGAACAGAUACCAAUUCAUAACAAAUUAAAAACGUAACGAAACAACAUUAAAAGGGCAGGAAUGUGUUUUAAAACCAGAGCCAAGCAAGAUUUAAAACAGUGGUAAAAACAUAAUUAAAAAAGCUUGUGCCACCAAAACAAUCCUGGAAAAGGCAUUCCAAAUUUGGGCUGCCACCACCUCGGUUCUGAAGGCAGGAGAUCCAAAGAAGGUCUUGUCUGGCACCAUCUUUAUAGGCAGUGAAAGAAAGGACUUUUUAUCUGGGGCGUAUAUUUUGCUAUAUUGCAUGCUUUCUGCCAUUUUCAGUUCUCCCUCCUUUUAAACAACUUUAUUUCUAAAUUGGACCCAUGGUUCAUGUUUUUAAAACUGACGUCCACCCUUGUCACCACUGGCUCAUAUCAUGUUUUGUUCCGUGAUAAUAUUGGAGGUUCCCCCCCAAAUAAUUUUCAGGUGUUGGUGUGGCAGCAGUCUACUGGAAAGUGUGUGUGUUUGAGCUUCUGACUCUUCGGAAAUCAUAUGUGGUUUGGAAGCUUAGGUUUAACCGAAACAGCCUUGGUUUCUGAAAAUACUUGAUUUUGGUGUCUUUGCUGUCUUCAUAGUGAGUAUCUAUAGCACAAAACUAUUUUGAGUCCCCACUGUGUAGCUUCUUAACCACCUGGCACGGAGACAGGGGUUUAUCGUAUUUUUUUGCUCUAUAAGACUCACUUUUUCCCUCCUAAAAAGUAAGGGGAAAUGUGUGUGCGUCUUAUAGAGCGAAUGCAGGCUGCGCAGCUAUCCCAGAAGCCAGAACAGCAAGAGGGAUUGCUGUUCUCACUGCGCAGCGAUCCCUCUUGCUGUUCUGGCUUCUGAGAUUCAGAAUAUUUUUUUUCUUGUUUUCCUCCUCCAAAAACUAGGUGUGUCUUGUGGUCUGGUGCGUCUUAUAGAGCGAAAAAUACGGUAAUUUAGAGUGCCAGGAACUCUUUGAACAGAACAGUAGUUUCUGUCCACUGUGAGUGGACUCUGCACCUCCAAGGCCCCUCAUCUCCAGCCACUUGUCUCCUGGCAGUUGUGAUUGGAAGGGAAGUAACAGGUUAAAACGCUGUGUGUUGCCUGGGGCUGAAGCACCCACACCAACAAGUCCACUAAAGAAGGUUAAUGCUGAAGAAAUUGCAACCCAGUCUAACUACUGAUACAGGCAACUAUUCCUUAACUUCAGCAGAACAAUUGCAUUUGUUGGCCUUUUAAAUUUACCUUACCUUCUCUCUUGACAGAUCCAGUUUGCGGACCAAAAGCAAGAAUUCAACAAGCGCCCCACAAAGAUUGGCCGCCGUUCCUUGUCCCGAUCCAUCUCUCAGUCGUCAACGGAUAGCUACAGCUCUGGUACGUACUGUUUCUCCUAAGCUCUUCUUGGAGGCAGUUUCAGAUUUUGAGUGGGCAUCUGCAUGUCUCUGUUCCCUCCGCUUCAGCACAACAGCUCCUGUGUAGCCAAAGCCAAAUGUUCUAACAUCCUCAAAAACAGAAGAUGAAGACAGGGAUUAAUACAAGACUUGCGUCCUGACUUUGUUCUGGUCAGUGUAGGCUUUCGGAAUGAAUCACCGUCAGCCUUCUCUUCCAUUUUUACUUGGUUUUCAUUUGUUAUGAAUUGUUUAGCUGUUCCAGGAAAGACACCACAUUCACAACUCGUGCUUAAGAACGAGUAAUAUUCAGAAAAGUAUAAACAACUCAUUUAUUAACUAUUUCAAAACAAAUCAGCAAGUUUACAGUGAAGUUUCUCCAGCAGACUAAUCAAAGCAACUCAAACCAAUAAAUUCCAGAUUAGCCAGCCCACUAACAUGUUCACAUUUCGCAGUUCCACCUGCUCCUUCAGAGACACUGUGACCCGUAUGGGGCAGGUCACACACCAGUUUCCUGGAUACAGGAACCACCCUCCUACUGAGACUGCCACCUUGCUAGGAUUCAGGCAGCAUUUAUUUAUUUAACAAAAUGUGCAUACCACCUGAUUGUAAUAAAACCUCUAAAUGGUUUACAUAAAAUAUUCAAACUAUCAGGAAAAACAGUUAAAAACAACCAACCAUUUAAGGAUAAAUGAAAUUAACAGUAGAAAAGAAAAGCAUGUCAACAGCUUUGUGUGUUUUUGGACCAGUGGUCAGGGAUGAUGGGAGUUGUAGUCCAACAACAGCUGGGGACCCAAAUUUGAGAAACGCUGCUGUAUAAGCUUGUCUAAACAAAAAUGUUUUAAGUGGAUGCCAGAAAACGUACAGUGAACGCAUCUGCCGACCAAAUGUCAACAGCAGGGUGUUCUAACGUGUAGGUGCUAGCAUACUAAAAGUUCAAUUUUUUACAACUGCAAAAUGAAAAUUACAAGCAAGUUUCACACAUCCAUCAAGUGGGUACAUGUGGGGUAAGGUGACCCUGCAGAUCAACUGAUCCAAAGCAGUUAAGGGCUUUGCCUUCCAGUAGCAAUGCCUUGAACUUGACCCAGUAACAAAUUGGCAACCCUCUUAGUUCUCUGAGCAGAGGUGUGCUGUGCUGACACUAACUGCAGUUUCUGGGGUCAAGGGACCCCACAUAGAGCGCAUUGUAGUAAUCAAGACUUGAAGUCAUCAUUUCCUGAACUACGGUUGCCAAGCUCUCCUGGUCCACAAAUGGUCAUAGCUAUUGUACUGGUCCGACUGCACUGGCCACCGAUUAGUUUCCGGGGCCAAUUCAAAGUGUUAGUUUUUACCCAUAAAGCUUUAAAUGGCUCAGGACCAGAAUACCUCAAGGACCGCCUCUUUCCACAUGAACCUCCCCAGACCCUGAUAUCAUCUCCUGAGGUCCUCCUUCAUGUGUCUCCUCCUCGAGAGCUCCGGAGGGUGGCAACAUGAGAACGGGCCUUCUCUGCAGUGGCUCCCCGUCCGUGGAAUGCCCAGGGAAGUUUGCCUGGCACCUUCAUUAUAUACCUUUAGGUGUUCCUUUUUAACCAGGCCUUUGGUUGACCUGACCUCCCAUACCCUUUUAACAUGUGGCUCUUUUGGGGGGUGGGAGGUAUUGUUGGGUUAUUGCUUAUAGCUUCCGGGUCAUGUGGCCAACAUAACUAAGCCGCUUCUGGCAAACCAGAGCAGCGCACGGAAACGCCGUUUCCUUCCCACCUAUUUAUCUACAGUGGUGCCUUGCAAGACGAGCAAUUACAUCUGCUCGCAGUGAGUCAUCUUCGUCUUGCGGUUUUGCGUCUUAAGGCUUAUAGCACGGCUAAUUAGGCCUGGAACUUAGCAGCCAGUGUAGCGGCUAAGCGGCUAGUGUAAAGGCUCAGCGGCUCAUGCAGCCUAUGUGCAACCUGACCUAGCGGCUUUAAGCAAAAGGAAACUAAACUGUCUUCAGAGCAACUCGCAUGUAGAUCGUUUGCGAUCUACCUGGGCUGAAGGCAAGGACCCUGACUAGGGCAAUUCGGACUCUGGGGUUGCGGACAUCUCGCUUACUGCAAAAAGCUGCAAAACCCUUCUGGGUCAGUAGCGCAGCUGCUUCUGCCUUGCGAGCGCAUGGACGUGUCCUUCCGCACAGUGGCACCACUGUACUUGCACUUUGACGUGCUUUUGAACUGAUAGGUUGGCAGGAGCAGGGACCGAGCAACGGGAGCUCACCCUGUUCCGGGGAUUCGAACCGCCACCUUCGGAUCAGCAAGCCCUAGGCUCUGUGGUUUAAACCACAGCGCCGCCCGCGUCCCAUAAACCUAGAGGUUACUAGAGCAUAAACAACAGAGGUUAGGCUAUCCCUGCCUCUUGGCAGACAGCUGCUUUUGUCAAGGAGGGAGGGGGCCUGGUGAUAAGCACGGUGCUUCUUCCCCUGGCUCCUCACCACCUCCUCCCUCUGCUGCUGCUUAUCAUCUGUGUUAUGUUUUACAUUUUUUAUGUACACUGUUCAGGUAUUCUCUGAAUGUAGAACAGUUUAUGAGUACUGAAACAAGUAAAAUAAAUUGAGAGGGCUUAACUAAAAAGAAACACUGUUUCAGAAUUACCUGCAAAAAUCAUAGAUUUAACCCAGACAAAAAGCUUACACAGUUUACUGCCACAGAGUGUGGUAAGGGCACUAUCUUAGAAAGCUUUGCAGAGGAUUCAGCAAAUGCAUGGAACGAGGAUAGGUCUGCCCAUGCAUAUUAAUCACGUUGGUGAGAUCUAACCUCUGUGAUAAGAGGCACUCUGCCAGGGAACUCCAGUUGCCGUCACGACCUGAUUGUGAGUGUCCCUAGUUUGUUGCAGCAAACAGGAUGCUCAUCUAGACACACCUUUGGUCUGAUCCAGCAAGUCUGCUGUAAUUUUCAUUAGUUUUUAAGGAUGCAAUGUGCCCAUUAGCAUCUGCACCAUUUGGUCUCAUUGCAGAUUUGAGAAUAUAUGUGUGCCAGGAGUUGCUUUGCAGGGUUCAAAUGAGAAAACUACUAGGGUGGGACAAUCUUGAAACUAAGGAACGAGAGAGAGGGAGAGAGAGGCAGGGUGAUAUCUCCAGACAUUGCAGAUAUCUGCUGACAGGGUGAUGUCUGCCUUGAGAGCUUUUUCCAAAGCCUCCUUGACUACUUUGCCUAUAUUCCGUGAUACAGCAGUAGUGCAGGGAACCAAUGGGUCUGGCCAUGAGAGCCAAUAUGAUUCCAUCCUGCCUUUGGAACCUGAGGUCACAGUGACCAUUUAUGACUCAUCUCCAGCCCCUGAGCACGACUUUGCCCUAGCUACAAAGAGAUCCAGGAGGCUGAGUCUCAGAUAUGACCCUGUACAUUCACAUACAUGCCCAUGUAUGACCCUUUUCUGCUGAGUGGAGAGGUUACGUGCUGCUAGGAUGGAUGUCCCAAGGGUCUUCUCAUGUGACUCUUACAAUGAUGAAAUACCUGAGGUGUCCAAGUUGCCAACAUUUUCAAUACCAAGGAGGCCAAGUCGGUGUCGGUCCAAGCAGAAGCCAUUGGAGCAUUGUAAGUGAGAAAGUGGGCAUCAGAGCACACAAGGGCUGUGAAAGGAACCAUGCAGAGAUUUUGCAGUGAGGCUCUUAGGCAUGGAUAACCUUGGAUAACCAGGUCAUAAUCAUUGACCUGCAGAAAUGGUGGUCAAAUCCUUGUAAUGGAAGGAUCCCAAUACAUCUUGAACCCCUUCUACGAUCUGGCUUAAAUGUUUUCAUACAGUGCUGUAGGAUCCAAAAUUGUCACCAAAGGGAAAGAAGUAAAUGUAGCCGCUUACUUGAGGUCUGAGACAAAUUCAUGUUCAGCUUUGAUUGUGAUCUUGUGAAUGUUUCUCUUCUCUGAGCGUCUCCAGCCCCAUCGUUCAGCCUGGACACUGAGGUCCAGCUCUGAGGGCCUUCUGGUGGUUCCCUCACUGCGAGAAGUGAGGUUGCAGGGAACCAGGCAGAGGGCCUUCUUGGUGGUGGCGCCCGCCCUGUGGAACGCCCUCCCGUCAGAUGUCAAGGAAAUAAACAACUAUCCAACUUUUAGAAGACAUCUGAAGGCAGCCCUGUUUAGGGAAGUUUUUAAUGUUUGAAGUUUUGUUUUUAAUGUUCUGUUGAAAGCCACCCAGAGUGGCUGGGGAAAUCCAGCGAGAUGGAUGGGGUAGAAAAUAAUAAUAAUAAUAAUAAUAAUAAUAAUAAUAAUAGUAGUAGUAGUAGUAGUAGUAAUUUGUCCGCAUCUUCUUCCAGCUGCCUCCUACACAGACAGCUCUGACGAUGAGACCUCCCCCCGGGACAAGCAGCAGAAGAACACCAAAGGCAGCAGUGACUUCUGCGUGAAAAAUAUCAAGCAGGCUGAAUUUGGGCGCCGGGAAAUAGAAAUUGCCGAGCAAGGUAAGAGAGAUCUGCCAUUCUGGGUAACUUCCUUAGAUCAAGAGAUCUUGGUCUUGCUGCCGUUUGGGUAUACACUUUUUCUGGCACAACUAUGUGGCAGUAAGACCUGACUCUUCCAAUCUGCCCUGGGGAGCCCAUGGUGCGCCACUAAUGAAAUGUAAGGCAUACAGUUGAGUUCAGCUCUCCCCAGAAUCCCCACCCACCCCCAAACUGCUCCUGUUCCAUAUAGAUAAUUGAAUGUAGAUUAAAUCAGAGGAAUGACAAAUUGCUAUUUUUGUCUCAAAAAACAGCACAGGCAUUUGACUUCCAUAUCAUUUUAAUGGAACUUUGUAAAUCAGAAUUAGCAAAUACAGUCCUAACAUCGGGGAGGACCAAUGAACUGGAAGGCUUAGCCAUUCUCAGCAAAUGCCCCUGCCUUCUUCAGCCUGUUUUAUUCCAGCCAGAUCCAGAGACUGUAAAUAAUCCACCGGGUGGGGAGGAAGGAAGGAGGCAUUAGCAGGGGAGAAAGGGCAUGGAGAGGAUACACACACAGUGGGCGUUGUGUUGUAUUAGCAAAUGAAUGUCCUGAAAUUUGGCAGUGCAAUGUGUUGUUUACCCUUAAAUCUUGACUCCAUGAGUAAGACUGUUUCAGAUGCUCUUGAUCAUUUGGAAUUCAUAGCUCUUGCUUGCAUGGGCAAGUGGUACCCUCAGGCCACUAAGCAAAUCUCACAGUAUCACUUCCCGUCACUGUAGAUGUGGAAGGCCUCUUAUCUGAACACUCUCUCAUCCAACCUAAUAACCAAUACCAUUGUUUCUUUCUGAGAUGAAACAAAACUGAAGAAAGCUUUCAUUGGUUCGCCAUCAUUUUAAGUUCCAUCUCUUCAAACAGCUGAGCUGUUUGGUGAUGGAAGACCCAUUUAGGGUUACAAAACAGCCAAACCAAGUCACCUUUUAAGUUUUAAUUCCAAGGUUCUCAGCACAGUGCAAGCAAAACCAAGCUGUGGUUCUACAGAUCCAAGUGAACCCUAUUGUUGCCUGACAGUCUCUUUUCCCACAUCGAGGUGGAAGUUAGCAUGGUUGCAUUCUAAGAAUGAGCUUAGCCUUGGAAGAAGUUGCCUGGGGAGAUGGUGAAAUCUCCUUUGCUGGAGAACCAUUUCUUGGGGAAGCUUUUAGGCCAUGCAUGCCCUGCUUCAGGGCAGGGUGUUGAACCCGGAAAAUUUAUUGGGCAUCUUCCAGACCUGGGAUUCCACUGUCUAAUUAUCUAUGUAACGUGGGAAGCGGGCGCGUACUUGAACGUUCACACCAAUUCUGGGACUUGUCCUUGCAGAUUAUUCCCUACCCCACCCCUGGGUUACAGAACUUUGCAGUGCUUUGUUUUAAAGCGAUAAUCUUUUUGAUGCUGAAGGCGAUAUGGGGAAAUGUUUGCUGUCACCUGCUUGACAUUUACUUGGCUUUGGGGUUUUGAGCAUCUGUGCCCAUUUUCGUGUGUGUCAUUUCUUUUCCUCUUCCUUCCUAGAAAUGCCUGCGCUCAUGGCCUUGAGGAAACGAGCUCAGGGAGAGAAGCCGUUGGCUGGAGCCAAGAUCGUGGGCUGCACGCACAUCACAGCCCAGACUGCUGUAAGCUCUUCCGUCCAACCGGUCCCUGGCAUCCAGCACAUGUGACAAGCCUAGUAUGACACCUUGGCUCAAAUAUCUGAUAUCCCACAUGGUGGCAUUGAGGGAAGAACAGGCAGCUCAAAUGCCACGAUUUCUCCAGGAAGUUUCUGGAUGCCUUCUGAAACCCAGCCUUCAGAGGCUAUGUUUCACUUUUGGAAAUUCACACUGUUCUAUUCAGGAAACUGGCACCUCUUACUUGGUUGAUUUUAUCCCCUGCCUCUCAGUUUCCAAGGGGGCCUUACAUUUCUCUGGUAGCUGAGCUUUCAGACCUUUUUCCUCACCCCAGGCCGGCAUUGGCACAUGGUACCUUUUGGCAGCUACUUGGAUACCCAGUGCCCAGCCCCAUUGGUGCCUGCUCUGUGCAUCCCGUGCCAUGCAGAUGAGCCUGUGUGAAAUGCUGUGUUAAUUUCCGAUGGUGCCCCAGGGGACUGACAGUACAUGUGGGAAGUUGAAAUGGCCACCUGUUGCUGCUGCUUCCAGGUAAACCUACAGGUGGAGUUUGCUGAAACCUGAAGCCAGCCUUGUGCAUGGGAUCACAUGUGCCCCCCCCAAUGUUAAAAAGUCCAUGCUUGAAGGAAUGUGGAGGUUAGCUUGUUAUAAUAAUAUAAUAAUAAUUUGUUAUUCAUACCCUGCCCAUCUGGCUGGGUUUCCCCAGCCACUCUGGGUGGCUUCCAACAAAACACUAAAAUACAAUAACCUAUUAAACAUUAAAAGCUUCCCUAAACAGGGCUGCCUUCAGAUGUCUUCUCAAUGUCAGGUAGUCGUUUAUCUCUUUGACAUCUGAUGGCAGGGCGUUCCACAGGGCGGGUGCCACUACCAAGAAGGCCCUCUGCCUGGUUCCCUGUAAUUUGGCUUCUCGCAGUGAGGGAACCGCCAGAAGACCCUCGGAGCUGGACCUCAGUGUCCAGGCAGAAUGAUGGGGGUGGAGACGCUCCUUCAGGUCUACUGGGCCAAGGCCGUUUAGGGCUUUAAAGGUCAGCACCAACUUUGAAUUGUGCUCGGAAAUGUACUGGGAGCCAGUGUAGGUCUUUCAAGACCGGUGUUAUAUGGUCUCGGCGGCUGCUCCCAGUCACCAGUCUAGCUGCCGCAUUCUGGAUUGGUUGUAGUUUCCGGGUCACCUUCAAAGGUAGCCCCAAAUAGAGCGCAUUGCAGUAUUCCAAGCAGGAGAUAACCAGAGCAUGCACCACUCUGGCGAGACAGUCCGCGGGCAGGGAGGGUCUCAUCCUGCAUACCAGAUGGAGCUGAUAAACAGCUGCCCUGGACACAGAAUUGACCUGUGCCUCCAUGGACAGCUGUGAGUCCAGAAUGACUCCCAGGCUGCGCACCUGGUCCUUCAGGGGCACAGUUACCCCAUUCAGGACCAGGGAGUCCUCCACACCCACCUGCCCUCUGUCCCCCAAAAACAGUCGUUCUGUCUUGUCAGGAUUCAACCUCAAUCUGUUAGCCGCCAUCCAUCCUCCAACUGCCUCCAGAUUGUUAGGGAGCAUUUGGGGAGAAGAAUGCUGCCGAGAGUUCAACACUUCCUCCCCAUCCCCACUUAUCCUCUGGGGCUGGUAAUUGUCUUGAGUCGUGGCUCGUUGCCCUAGCUGCUUCAGCCAAGUUACCCAACCCCUGGUUGUAAAGGCUGUUUCUUGGACUUGCUCUCUGCCAUUCUCCCCUGCUGAUUUCACCGCCUGCGCUUCCAGCCAGAAUUUUGGACGUGAGAUGGGGCAUGGAGGGUUUAUGGGGGUGUUGCUUCAGCACCUGGCAAGUGCUGUAGUCACAGGAAAAACCAUUGGGCAUCUUCUGUGUGUGUGAAAUGAGAAGAGGGGUUAGACUUUUUCUUUUUCUUUUUUCUUUUAUAUAAUUUUUUUUUUAGUUUUUUAACAUACCAUUUUCAACAGUGAUUAAACAUACUUUUGCAUCUUAUUCAAUUUUUUUGACUUCCAUCAGUCCUGUCUGAAAAUUUUCUGGUCUAAUCUCUUAGUAUGCAUUUCUUAUUUUCACUAUUACAUUUCAAACUCAUAACCAAUAUCUCUAUCUUUUUCUACUUUGUAACACUCCGUAUAUUUCUCCUUACAAAACUUCUUGUAGUCCUCCUAGCGUAAUUUGUUGAUUACAGUUGCUCUUCAAAUAAUUCACAUGAAGUAUAUGAGUGGUUAGACUUUUUCGACAGAAAAGUAAGGAGCUGAAGCAAAACAUGGGGUCAGGAGUCUAAACUUUUGGAGAGAAUUGCAUUACUGGCUAGACGUGAUCAGAGUAUGGCUUUCUAUGUGUUGUCGUUUGUACUUUCAGGUUGAGGAAGUAAAAACUGUACUAAUGAUACUUAAAAUAUAUCCAGGGGUGUGCAUGUAGUUUGCUGCUUUUAAAAGGGAACUUAAUAGGUGGAAAUUCUCGUGUGUUAUUGAAUAUUACUGGAUGUGGCAUUUGCUUUUUGUGUGAAGAUUUGUGCAGGCAUGGCAAAUCCCAGACCCUCCGACUGCCAAUUUUGCUCAUUACAGGUUCUCAUGGAAACCCUUGGUGCCUUGGGUGCUCAGUGCCGGUGGGCUGCCUGCAACAUCUACUCCACCCUCAAUGAAGUAGCUGCUGCCCUGGCUGAGAGUGGUAGGUAUUUGGCUGCUUCAGAGCUGAGAUCUCUAAAAAAAUAUUAAAGGUAUUGCUGGAAGUGAUUCCGGGGGUGGGGAUUUUAAGAAGCACUUCCCACUUCCAGUAAAAACAUACAAAAGAUUAAAACAAGAGCCAUUGGUGCUAAGGGUGGCAUUCCACUAAGUUUUACUCAGAGUAGACCCAUUGAAAUAAAUGGACACAACUAGGGUAAAGGGACCCCUGACCAUUAGGUCCAGUCGUGACCGACUCUGGGGUUGUGGCGCUCAUCUCUCUUUACUGGCCGAGGGAGCCGGUGUACAGCUUCUGGGUCAUGUGGCCAGCAUGACUAAGCCGCUUCUGGCAAACCAGAGCAGCACACGGAAACACCGUUUACUUUCCCGCCAGAGCGGUACCUAUUUAUCUACUUGCACUUUGAUGUGCUUUCGAACUGCUGGGUUGGCAGGAGCAGGGACCGAGCAACGGGAGCUCACCCCGUCACGGGGAUUCGAACCGCCGACCUUCUGAUCAGCAAGUCCUAGGCUCUGUGGUUUAACCCACAACAACUAGGGUAGGUCCCUUAAUUUCACUUGGUGUACUCUGAGUAACAUUUAGUGGACUACUGCUCUAAGAUGAUCUUUCUUCAUGUGUAGCCUCCCAUGCUAUGAGCUGCCUGCUGCCAUCUGAAGUGCGUACCCUCCUUAUCUCUUGUGCAGGAUUCUCUGUUUUUGCCUGGAAGGGAGAAUCUGAGGAUGACUUCUGGUGGUGCAUUGAUCGCUGCGUCAAUGUUGAAGGGUGGCAGCCAAAUAUGGUGAGUCCUAGAACCGUCGGCAGUGUUCAUGAAAUCCGGUUCUGGUCCCUAGAACGGCAUUUGGACAAUUAAUAAGAAAGGAAGCACCAUUGUGUCAAGCUUGUAUUAUUAGCCUUUGACUCUUGGGCCAUCUAUUUGGGGACUUCCCUGGCUUUUUUCCUGGCCCACGUAGGACCAGUCUGGAUAGUUGGCCUUGGUGAAGAUUUGACGUUUUCAUCCCCCAAAAGUUUUUGAUUUGAGUUUCUACUGAGGCUGCAUUUUAAUGUUGUCUUUUAAUCUUGUUUUUAAGUUAUAUUUUAAUCAGUUGUUUUUACCUGGGGUUAGCCGCCCUGAGCCUGUUCUUGGCUGGGGAGGGCGGGGUAUAAAUAAAAUUAUUUAUUAUUAUUAUUAUUAUUAUUAUUAUUAUUUACAGUUUUCAUGCGCUGCUGAAAACUCAGGGCAGAGAUGGUUGGCGUGUGACAUUUGUGCUGGUGCAUGAGCCAGGCAUGUUUCAACUCCCUCAGGAUCGGCGAAAGUUUAUUUCUAUGUUUUCUGUUGAUGCUGGAAGUUAUAAUGGUCCUUCUCUCACCUUCUGAGCUUGCCUUCAUUCUAUAGGCAAACAAUAAAUAAGAGUAUAUCCUUUGGGUUGCCUGCAUGUGUCCCCACACUGUUUGCAGAACUGGUGAAAGCAUCACAGUUUGUGCCUGGUUUCCGUUCUUGUGUUUCACUCCAAACUGUGACGGAGGAAUGUGUGUGUUUUGAACCAGAAGAUGGCAGCACCGCAGAGCUUACCUUGCCUUGCCUUUGUGAGGGAUGGCAGAUAGCUGUAGUGCUGGGAGGUUGCAACUUGACGCCAGAUGCAUGAAGUGUGUCUGGGCGGGCCAGGACCCAAAACAUGGUGGGUGAUUCUGCAAACCAUUUGCUGCCCUAAAGAAGCUUUGAAUCUCCAUCUGGGUACUGGACAUCAGGCUGGCCGCAGAGCCAGAGAGCAGGCGUUACCUGUGAAAGGAAAAUGCAUGGAUGACACGAAAAGGAUGUUGAUCUGGAAACUCUGCCGGGUUGUGUAGCUAUAAUUGGUGCAAAGGGAACCAAGGGUUUAUUUUCCCCAAAGGGGAGAAAAGCCCCAGUAUGAGGAACUUCAGUAAUAGUUACAAGGCAGAUAUAAGAAUUAAGAUAUAUUAAGGAAAAAGUUUAAUUAUGAUAAAUGUGUGUAUCGGCAAUAAGUUAUAUGAAAUCGAAAUAUGGAAUAGACAGGAGGUUAGGUCUUUAGUGUUAAGACCAAUUUAUGUCUUACUGUUUGUUAGGAAAAUUCUGUGUCUAUUGUUAUCCCUGUGUGUAAUUUGGUAUUUGUGUUUUCUCUUUUUUCUUUUCUUGCUGUAUCAAUAAAAAAAUAAAAAAAAAAAAGAGAAAAGCCCCAGUUCAGAGUUACUCUUCUCCACUACUGCUCUUAAACAUAUUUCAAGUGUACUUAGGCAGUGAGAUUCUGGGCAGUGGGGUGCUGCUGGGUGAGAACCAGUUGUUAUAGGGGUAACUGUGAUUCUGGGGGAGAGUUAGGCUGGUUGGCGGAAGGGGGGAAUAGGGGAAUAGUGUCAUAAUACUAUUGUCUCCUACUUGCUUGCUUGCUUUUGGGGUUGCUGAAUAUUUUGUUCUUAACGCCUUCCCCUUUGUUGGGUUAUUUCAGAAUGUGUGUGGAUUUCUAGACUGUUCUGGUGUGACAGUAAAAGUCCUGUGGCAUUGUUUUAAGUUGCUGCUGCUUUCAGGUUCAAGAUGAUUUGAUGGUUUGGAGUCAAUUUAUUGAAUAUUUAAAGGACAGUUGUAAAAACUUAAAAACACUAACAGGACUGAAGUAACUCCUACAAUGUAGAUAAGAGGUGAAAAGAUAAAACACGCGAGUGGAUUUAAUAAAGGAUACCAUCUGAAGGGAGGGAGGGAAGUCAUAAGCUCGGCAGAGCAAAAAGGUGUAUAUGUUGUUUAAAGUAUGAUAAGAAAGAAUAUGUAAAGAAAAUAAUAAAAAUUUAUGAGAAGGGGAAAAAACGACGAUUAGAUGGUUUUAUCUGGUUAGGCACCUGAUGAUUUGGUUUGUGAACUGCUCUGCGUUUUUCCAAAUUAAGAGGGGUAUGUAAGUGAACCAAACCAAUAAAUAUUGGAAGGAUCGGUUGGAAUUGCAGUGAAAGAGGCAACCAGAAUGGGGCCCAGUUGGUGCUUUGUGUAGGCAAAAGGGCACCCCGUUCUUCUCCACAGGAACGAGUCAUGUUUUGGCUGCAGUCCUUGUUCUUUCUCUUCAUAAGGGUGCGAGGGAAGCUUGCCAAAUUUUGCUGUUCUGGCCUAUUUGUGCACAUAAAAGAGGAGGGAGAGAAAAAAAGAUUAUGCAACCUUCUUAAUUAAGUGAAGAUUAACAAGCACAACCCCUGAUUGGGAAGGAGGAAUGAGCAUUGUAUUGCAAACGUCUCUCCAGGCCACUAAUCGGAUGAUUUUGGAGGGGGUGUGCUUUGAGCAAAGGACUGGGAACCAGCGGCUGCUGCUCUCUCCCUUGCCUGAUUUUCAACAUCGUGAUAUAUCACCAACUAAACAUACUGAUAUAUCACAAUGUCUGAAAUAAGGAUGGAGCUAUGUAGAGGCAUUGGCUGGCUUCAGAGUUUUCCCGUAUUGUGAUUUUUGCCAGUGCCUGUUCUUGUGGUUUGCUGCCCCAUGCAUGAGGCAGGAGAAAGCUGAGCCAGCAGAGUUAACAGGGGCUGGAGAAUCAAGAGAAACAUUGGCUGGCUUCAUGGUUUUUCACACACCCACACCCACACCCACACCAUGUUUCAUGAUCUAUUGCCGGGUCAAAAAUUCUGAAACUGAUUAUCACAAUGUUGUUGUUGUUGUUGUUGUUUAGUCGUUUAGUCAUGUCCGACUCUUCGUGACCCCCUGGACCCAAGCACGCCAGGCACUCCUGUCUUCCACUGCUUCCCACAGUUUGGUCAAACUCAUGCUGGUAGCUUCGAGAACACUGUCCAACCAUCUCGUCCUCUGUCGUCCCCUUCUGCUUGUGCCCUCCAUCUUUCCCAACAUCAAGGACUUUUCCAGGGAGUCUUCUCUUCUCAUGAGGUGGCCAAAGUACUGGAGCCUCAGCUUCAGGAUCUGUCCUUCCAGUAAGCACUCAGGGCUGAUUUCCUCCAGAAUGCAUAGGUCUGAUCUUCUUGCAGUCCAUGGGACUCUCCAGAGUCUCCUCCAGCACCAGAAUUCAAAAGCAUCAAUUCUUCGGCGAUCAGCCUUCUUUAUGGUCCAGCUCUCACUUCCAUACAUCACUACUGGGAAAACCAUAGCUUUUACUAUACGGACCUUUGUUGGCAAGGUGAUGUCUCUGCUUCCCCCCCCCCCCAAAUAAGGACUUCAAAUUGGUUUUGGAUGAUAUAUUGCUAAAUCACCCAGCCACCUGCGAUUCCCAGCUCAGUGACUCGACAGUGGAGAACAUAGCCUUCAUAGUUAGUAACCAAUGAUAGCCUCUGGCUUCAUUCUAUGACCAGCAGUUCCAAGGUACAUGUCAUUUGAGGUACCUAGAAUUUCUGUCUCUUUUGACAUAAUCUGGAUGUCAACAUGUCAAAAUAAUUUUUAUUUUACUUUUCAGGUUUUACAUUUCCACAUUAACAUCUUUCAUUAUACCCACCCAUUCAACGACUUCCCUCCUUCCGCUUCCAAGGUGCUUUUAAUUUACCCAUAAUUCCUGCAUAUUCUUGUAUAUCCAUCUAAAUCAGCCCCCCCCUUUUGCACCCUUUUAAAUAUGUUUUACUGUUGAAUUUACCUUAAUACUGCCAGCAUUGUCAUUGUGUACAAUUUUUUUCCAUACUCAGCAAAAAAUUCCCCACUCCUCUUUAAAUACCUGUUUUUCUUGCCCUAUUAUUCCACUUCUUAGACCUGCUAACUCUGCAUAUUCUAUCAUCUUAAGCUGCAAUCCUCCUAAAUAGGGACCUCAUUAAACCUCCAUUUUCUGGCUUACAAAAUCCGAGCCACUUUUGUUGCAUACUUAAAUAACUUGUUCUGACACCUGGGUACCUGCUUCUGAACUAUCCUAACAGGAAUGCCUCUUGUGGGUUUUUUGGGGGGGGGUUGUUUUAAACAAUUUUUUCAUCUCAUUAUCUCUCAUUUCCCAAUGUUCUUUUAACUUUUUUGCAUGCCCGCCACAUAUGAAAAAAGUUCCUUCUGUUUCCAUACAUCUCCAGCACAGAUCAGAUUCAAAUUUAUACAUUUUAGCUAAUCUACUCGGUGUUAAAUACCAUCCAUGAAUCAUUUUCAUAUAAUUCUCCUUCAAAGUGUAGCAUGCAGUAAAUUUCAAAUCUUUUCUUCCACAGUUUCUCUCAGAGGUCAAAUUCUAUUUUAUGCCCUUUGUCUGAUGCCCAGCGAGUCAUUGAUGCUUUUACCAGUUCAUCUUUUGUUUCGCACUCCAAUAAUAGCUUAUACAAUAGUUCUUCAUUAUUCACUAAUAAAUCUCUUUCAAAUUGUGAUCUUUAUGGUCCAGAAGUCCAUUUUUCUUAUAUAGUUUAAACCAGGCAUGUCCAAAGUCCGUUUCGGGGGCGUAAUGUGGCCUGCUGGUCAGUUUAAUCUGGCCCCUGUGGUAGUUUAUUUCCUGGAGGGGGGGGAAAUACGUAAAAAACCCCAACAACUUAAAUCAUAAAAAAGCUCAACAACUUCAGUCCUAAAAAAAAGGUCACCAACUUUGUUUGGCCCUUUGGUCGGCCCUCACUUCAUCAAAUCUGGCCCUCUUUGAAAAAAGUUUGGACACCACUGGUUUAAACAUACCAUACAAUUGGUGGUACUGUAACAGAUCUGUUACUUGGCUCCUUAUUUCUUCCUUGAGAAGUCCAGUAAGUCUCUAUAAGUUGCCCACCAUCUGUCCAUAUUGAUUCUCUUGAUUGUAAUAGCUUCCAUUGGCAGCAGCCCUAGGAAUAUUUCCCUUUCCAUCCGGUUCUUAUAUUUCUCCCAGACGCUGUACAAAUUCUUCCUGAUCACAUGAUUCAAAAAGCUCUUAUACAUUUUAGCUUUCCCAUACCAAAGACAUGCAUGCCAGCCGAAUCCUGCUGGCAGAUCACUGUCGGACUCUCAGACGUACAGAGCAAUGUCACCUUCGAUAAUAUGUCUUUCCUUACUCUCUCCAACGAAUAUCUACAUCCACCAGUGGGGAAAACCUUUUACCCACCACAUGUGCAGAAUGCCAACUGCUGGGUCUGUAGCAAAGGAAUGUGGUAGUAAUAACACAUUUGGUGUUUCAGAUCUUAGACGAUGGUGGGGAUCUCACACACUGGAUCUACAAGAAGUACCCCAACAUGUUUAAGAAGAUCAAGGGGAUCGUAGAGGAGAGUGUCACUGGGGUCCACAGGUAACAACUCUCACAUGCUUUGGGUGAGGUGGGAACUGCAUCCUAUUUCACCAGUGCCCCUGUUUGGAGAGAAACAGCUUCCUUAAUUUUAUUACUCUUCGGUCUGUCCUCCAAAGGAAUUCAGAGUAGCACCUUGACAUGCCAGUAACCCAUGGCAAUAAUAGCCUGUGGUCACCUAGUAUGUUUCAUAACUGAAAGAGAAUUUGGAUCUGACUUCCCCAGUUUCAAAAACCCAGCAGUUUGAAUCACACACACACUGCCUCCCAGACAAAACUCAGAAAGUGUUGUGAGGGCAGAUGUAUUAAAAAGUAACUUUUACUUAUCAGACUUUCCACAUUAAGGGGAAAUCUGGAUUAAGUGUAAAAAAAUGGGUGGGCUGGCAUUUUAAUGAUAGCAUCAUGUGGACCUUGCAAAAACAAACAAACAGAAAACCCUUGCAGGCAUGCGUAGUGCUGAUUUCACAAUAAACUCUUUAAAAAUAUAUAUAUAUUUUUAUUAAAUUUUCCAUUUUAACAAUCCAAUCAAAUCACAUUAAAUAUUCCAGAUUAUACAAAUACAUAUCAUAUAGUCCAAAUAUUCUGCCAAAUUAUAAAUUUUUAUUGGGACUUCCCAUGCUUCAAGUUUGGGGGGGCUCUGGGGGGGCUCUGAUUAUCUUAUAUCUCUACUGCCUUGAGUUUCCAAUAGUUCCUUUAAAUCUUCCUGUGUUAACCUUCCUUCUUUCAUGGCCUCUGAGUUGUUCCCACAGGCGAGUUGAAGUAAGCAAUGAUUUCACAAUAAACCCUUAACUAGGAGCACCUGGUGCUGGUCAGUCAAUUGUGUAGGUGAACAGAAGGCAGAAGAGCAGCCAGGGAAAUUGCAGGAAACCUUGGCUUUUAUCCUUUCAUUCUUUCCCCUCCCCUCUCACCCUAGAUUGUAUCAGCUAUCAAAGGCAGGCAAGCUGUGCGUCCCAGCUAUGAAUGUCAACGACUCUGUCACCAAGCAGAAGUUUGACAACCUCUAUUGCUGCCGGGAAUCCAUUUUAGAUGGGUACGUAUCUUUCUGUUUAAAUGAACACAGAGAGGAGAAGGAGGUCUUCUCACAAGGGUCUGCAGAGAAGCAGCUGCAAAGGUGUAACUAUGCCCAACCGUCCAAAAUAGCUGCCACAGAACUCACACAGGCAAUUAAGAAAAUAUAUUUCUGCAAUAGUUAAUCUCUGGUUUUCAAUUUGUACAUGGCUUUUAUUGUGGAUCUGUAUGGUUGCUGUGAUACUGUUUAUGAACAGCAGUAUACAAAUAUUCUUAUAAAUAGAUAAAACAUCUCACUUUUAUGGCAGGAAAAAAGCUGGGGUGGUAACUCCCAUUCUCCUAUGCUGAAGCUUUCCAGUGAAUGUGAUUUCCAUGUUUCCAAACCGCAUAGUCUUGCCAGGAGACGGGUGCAGUUUGGGUUUGUUUAUUCCAGAUAUAGUGCAUUGUUUUGUUUUCUUAAAAAGGCCUCUCUCGAUGUUCGGUACAAAUCCCGUCACAAGAACGUUUCACUGUGGGAGAAUGGCAAAGGAACAGACACCACGUGGCGGAGCUUUCCUCCCCUAAAUGUCACAGAGCCACCAAACUCCUCAGUAGCUUCAGGAAUAAGCUGGCCGCUAGCGCCUAAACCCAGAAGACUAAGAGGGAAUUAAGAGCAGGAUGUUGCUGACGUGGUAAUUGCAGUUCUCAUUCCAUAGCCUGGUGGGUUGAAGCUUUUAUUACAAGACAACUCGACCCGGCAUGUUCUUUUCCAUCUCUUACGUUGCUAUGUUCAUCCAAGUUGAUAACUACAAGAGGAAAAGUGUGGGGGAUGUUAUCCCUUUCUCCCUCACCCCCUGCCCACUGCCCUACCAUGAAACAAAGGCAUCUAGCUUGUUGUCCUGUUCUUUUCCUCUUGCUAAAGGAACACUAUAGACAAUUCAUCCCAUGAUGAAUUUAGCAUAUAGCAUUAGCAUUUAGCAUGAUGAAUUUAGCAUUUAGCAUUAGCUACAAAGGGACGCGGGUGGCGCUGUGGGUAAAACCUCAGUGCCUAGGACUUGCUGAUCGCAUGGUCGGCGGUUUGAAUCCCCGCGGCGGGGUGAGCUCCCGUCGUUCGGUCCCUGCUCCUGCCCACCUAGUAGUUCGAAAGCACCCCUAAGUGCAAGUAGAUAAAUAGGUACCGCUUUAUAGCGGGAAGGUAAACGGCGUUUCCGUGUGCUGCGCUGGUGCUGGCUCACCAGAGCAGCUUCGUCACGCUGGCCACGUGACCCGGAAGUGUCUCCGGACAGCGCUGGCCCCCGGCCUCUUAAGUGAGAUGGGCGCACAACCCUAGAGUCGGACACGACUGGCCCGUACGGGCAGGGGUACCUUUACCUUUACCUUUUGAUUAGCUACAUUUAGCAUUGUUUCCCCAAACCCAUAUUUUCAUUUCCCAGGGGCAUUAGAUGUCCGUGGCAAGGAAGCUCUUGCACGAUCAGAUGCAUACAAAAGGGAGGUGGGAUUUAGAGUGUCUUUUGGGCUCUCCUGCAAUCCUGCUCAACAUGGGCUUAGAGGCCUGCGGAGUCGAUGCCCAUAGGCCCUGUGACUGGCUGUGAAUUCUGUCGGCCUUCUUUAGGCCUGUCUCUCUGCUUCAGGGCUGCUUUGCAUUGAGGCACGGCCGCCUCAGUGUUUGAGGAGGAUUUGCAGCCAGCUGCUGUUUCUCAGUGCAUACCCCAGUCUGUUUGAACACAUCUCUCCCUGCUGGUAACAUUGAUGCUCACUGCGAGACAUGGGUGGGCCUGACUCACUGAGGAUGGUCGCCUUUGCCAAAGAUUUUACGCUUCCAGAGUGCCAGGUGGGGGAACACAUGACUGAACAUAACAGCUCCCUGCACAUGGAAAAUCAGCAUAUGAGGGAGAAGGGUUCUAUUCUGGCUUUCUCCCUGCGCUGGCUUUCCCUGGGUGGUGAAUGGGUUUUUCUGGCAUUCAGUCAGGUGAUAGGCACAGCUUGACCUCCCUCAGUGAGAACAAGGCUAUAGUGGGCAUGCUGCGGAAAGUUGCUGAUAAAGCCCCGACCCCCAAUUCGCGAAUUGGCUUCUCCAUUUAUUGAAAUGCAGGCAAAUUGCUGCUUCCUAAUUCUACUAAUAUGCUUUCAUGCAAAUUUGAUUCCAGUAGAGGAAAUUAUCAUCGGCUCACUCUUGUUUCUGCUGCUUGGCAGAAUCGUAUGGAAGCAGUUGAAAUAUUUAAAUCAGCUAGGCAGCUAGCUUGGGCCUUGUAAAAUGGGCCACGAGAAACAGGAGCAGAACUGCAGUCCUAUCCCUCGAGACUGCCGUCUAUAUUCAGUGGAAAAUUGAAGUUCCACACUCCCUACACCGCUAACCUAUUUUACUUAUCUGCUAAAAAUAGACUACAAUGUAGGGCACAGUUGCAGAGAUGCCAAGUAGGGAAGGAGAUAUGCUAAGAGGGAGAGUUUCCAUGUGCAGAACAGCAUGGCUUCCUUCACCUGGAAACCACCGCUUUGUGCUUCCCAACAGAGCCCCCGGCAAAAGCUGGGAUAUCGCAAGGGCCAACGGUUCUCAGCAUCUAAGGGGUAUCCGUUUGGAGGCUUGAAAGGGACACGCAGAAGCAAAGAAUCAUAAACCAAAGAAAAAGCAGCAUUAAAAGAAUAGGAAGGAAUUAAAAUCUUCCUAAAGGCAGUUGGUUGCUGUUGAUGUGCUUAGAUACCCAGGGUCUGCAGUUACAUUGAGCCCCCACAUUUAGCUGCUUUGCAAGAGACAGCCUGGCUUUUACUGUUUUGCUUGUUGUUACCUUUAUCACUGAUUGACUCUCCCCCAUCUCACUCCCUGUCAUUCAUUGAUAAUUUCCAAUCUUUCGCCUGUUCCUGGCUUCCUUUUCAAACCACAGGAUCGCUUCGCAGAUUACCAGAUACCUGUGAAAUAGGCUUUGUGUGUAAGAAUUUGCAGGAAUCCCCAUGUGCAGAUAAUGUACAGUGAUUACGCUUCCAGGGCUCCCAAAGGAUGUGGUGCAGCCUCUUCGCAUGUGUACAAAGUGUCUUCGCACAUGAUUGCAAUAGCCUACACAUGUGGUCCCUACGUUGCAAGCCCCCUUGGCAAGAGUGGUACUGCUCUGUAAUUUGUAUAGCUCCUAGUUCAUUUCACUGAUGUUGCGUCACUGUUGAGCAAUACACACAAGGGCCAUUAUUCACAAAUCCAAAACCGCUGUGCCCUUGAGCCUGAAAUCCCGUACAUAACAGAAUUUCUCAAGAUUAACCUUGCAACCCUCUCGUUUUUCCUCAGCCUUAAAAGGACAACCGAUAUGAUGUUUGGAGGAAAGCAAGUCGUAGUCUGUGGCUACGGAGAGGUAAGACUCGGAUGUUUCCCCCUUGGAGCAAGCUGUGCUUGUGCUCUAGGUGAAGGUUGUGGGUGGCAUCAUAGCUCCUUCUCCAGUUCUAGGGAUGAUUUCUUCAAGACUUCCCUCUGGAUAUCUAAGGGCACCUCUAGAUAAUGGUUUGCGAAAGGACUUAGAAAAGCAUUCGUGCCUUGGACUUCUGAACUCCACAGAGUUCAGCUGCUGCUGUGUUGAUCUCCCUCUUUCCUCCCCCAACCUCCUGUUGGACCCCUGGAAACUUGCAGCACACAACAGUUUUAGCCCAAUGUCAAGACAAGCCUUGCACUCUGCAUUAUUUUCACACUCCAUCCGGGUCGGGUGUCAGGUUAUCUUGUGGGUUCUCCCUGCAGGCUUCCUGUGGCUUUUUGCAUGACACUGUGUGAUACAGAAAGCAGUCAUGGAAGUUGCUUUCUUCCCUCAGUCAUUUUUUAAUCUCUUUCAAGAUGAAUGAAGGCCCUUCCUGGAGAGAGAGUCUCCAUGCUGAUAGGCGUUCUGAGUGGCUGAACCCAGAACUGUGGGGCUCCCUUCCACUGGAGAUGCACUAGAGCCCUUGUAUUUCCCAGAAGCUUUUUUUAAACCCCCAUGGUGUUGUUGUUUUAUAUGCCGCUUGAUGCCAAAAUAGGCUUCUAAAUGGUUUGCAAGAAUAGAAACCAAUUAAGGUAAAGGGACCCCUGACCAUUAGGUCCAGUCGUGGCCAACUCUGGGGUUGCGGCGCUCAUCUCGCUUUAUUGGCUGAGGGAGCCGGCGUACAGCUUCCGGGUCAUGUGGCCAGCAUGACUAAGCCGCUUCUGGCGAACCAGAACAGUGCACGGAAACGCUGUUGCUUAGCUUCCCGCCGCAGUGGUACCUAUUUAUCUACUUGCACUUUGUGGUGCUUUUGAACUGCUAGGUUGGCAGGAGCAGGGACCGAGCAAUGGGAGCUCACCCCGUCGUGGGAAUUCAAACUGCUGACCUUCUUAUCAGCAAGUCCUAGGCUCAGUGGUUUAUGUUGAUUUAAAGCAGAGUCUGUCGUGGCCAGCGGAAGGAUGAAGAAUACGUGCUACAUACUCUAUAUUGCUUUAUUUACAGUUCAAAGCUGGUAUAUUACAGAAAGACAUCUUGCCUCUGCAGGAGCAGAAAAUGCAUCCUCUCUCCUCGACAGCUUGGAGAGAAUCACUCAGUGAAAAAACAGGAAACCAGUGUACGUCACAUCCAGUCUCCCUUUCCCGUGAGAAACUCCAACAGUACAGACUGUGGAAUGUAAACACCUGUCUUGUGACUGCAGUUGCUGCUCAGUGAAGGAAAUAGAAACCAACAUCCCCCUCUUUCUGUGAACAUCACUGGGCAGCGUGUUCGUACAGUAUCAGUACAAACCCAACUUCUGCACAUAGGUACAGUGUUGAUCCCUUGAUACAAUCUUGGACAAUACAUCAGCAGGAAUUUCAUUACCUGGCAUAUAGGACACCGUUACGAGUCCCUUCUGAAUACAUUCCCUAGCAUGCUGCAACUUUAAUUGCAAGUGCUUUGUGCUUUGCUUACAACCUUCAGACUUCAGCAAAGCCAAACAUGCUUUGUUGUCCUGGUAAACCUGGAUUGGACAUUUGACAGGAAUUUUCAUAUCUUUGCACAAUUGUACUAACCAUUCACAAUCCUUAAGUGAAUAAGACAGUGCAUUCAGUUCAGCUUCACAAGUACUUAAGCUAACUGUUGUUUGCUUCUUGCAUGACCAAUCAAACAGACUCUGAUUGUACAUAUAGCAAACUCCAGACGUACUUUUCCUGUCUGUAGCGUCACUUCCAAAACUUGCAUCUGCAAAUAUCUCAAGACCACCAGACUUCUGAUUGUUAAAUCUCAGUCUGUAAUGCAUAGUGCCUUUCAAAUACCGCGCUAUGCGUUUCAGAGCUUUCCAAUCCUUGACACUAGGAUUGUUGACUUGUCUGCUUAGCAAAUUACAGCUAACAGCAAUGUCUGGUCUUGAACAUCUGGCAAUGAAGUUUAGCUUGCCUAGCACCCUCCUGUACAGUGUAGUGUCAGAAAAUGCUUCUUCAGUGUCAUCUACCUGAUAACCUGUUGUCAUCGGUGUGUCUACAGGGUUAGCAUCCAUCAGAUUUAGUUUGCUUAACACAUCAGCAAUUUUCCGUGACUGGUGUACUAGAAUGUUACCAUCUUGAUCUCUCUCUAUUUCCAGAGAUAGGUAGUUGUUUACCUCACCAAGAUCUUUCAUGUCAAAGUGCUCUUUCAGUUGAGCUAGGGCGUUAUUGUACAUUGCGACAUCUUUCCAAAAGAAUAAUAAAUCAUCAACAUAAAACAAACAGUACAGUUUCUUUUGCCCCUCCUCUUUGACAAAUACACAUGGAUCAGCUUUCCCUUGCUGAAAACCUAGAGAAAACAAUACUUCAGUGAGUUUUGUGUGCCAACACCGUGCACUUUGUUUGAGACCAUAAAGGGAUUUCUUCAGAGCACAAACAAAUCCCUGUUUUACCUGUACGCCAUCAGGUGGAAGCAUAUAAAGUGAUUCAUCUAGAGAUCCGUACAGAAAAGCUGUAUUAAUAUCAUGGUGACUAAUGUGUAGAUUUUCCUCUGCAGCUAGCUUAAGCAUAAGCCUAAUGCUUUCAUAUCUCACUGUGGGUGAAUAGGUCUCGUGAUAGUCUUCACCUGGUACCUGUGCAAAACCUCUGGCUACCAAUCUGGCUUUGUGUCUGACUAUCUUGCCAUUUUGAUCUGUCUUCGCUUUGAAGACCCAUUUGCUUCCAAGCAGUUUCAUUCCUGGAACUACUGGAACUAGCUCCCAUGUUUUGUUCCUUUCUAAGGAAUCAAGCUCAGCCUUCAUGGCAUUUAACCAUGGCUCAGCUUCCUUUGAAUCCAAACCCUGGAUUUCUUGGAAACUUGAAGGUUCAAAUACCUUCUUGGAGCUUUUAACAGCUGUUACUGCUAUCUUAGCAAACUCAUCAGCAAAUCUUUUUGGAGGUUUGCCUUUGUGGCUCUCUGUGACCUACGAAUUAGCCUUAAGUCUUCAACACUCUCCUCUUCCUUCUUAGGAGAAAAACGACCUAUUGUGAACAAUGGUUCCUCCAAUUCUUGAUCAGAGCUUUCAGAGGGUCGCAUAGAGGCUUUCGCACUCUUGAAAUCCUCUGAAUCACCCGAUUCAGUUUCAGAUUCAGACUCAGAACCUUCAUCAGUGGGUGUGGGCUGUUGUGGUUGCUUUUGACUAUCCUCAGUCUCAUCACCGUCAUCAGGAUAACAUUGGAAAAUUCCCACAUUCUCCCCCACUUUGCAUUGUACUCAACACUUCUCGUGAGCUUAAUUGUCUUAGAGUCAGUCAUCAUUAUUCUGUAAGACCCUUUCUGAUAACCUAGAAAGAUACCAUGCAAUCCACGCUUGUCUAACUUGGAGUUUUGUGGUGAGCGAACCCACAUGUCAGAACCAAAAUCUUCAUGUGUUUGAUGUAUGGCUUCUUGCCAAACAUCUUCUCAUAGGGGUACAACCAAUCGCUGAAGAUAACCUGCGAUUGUAACUGUAAACAAAACACGAGAGAGAUUCGGCCCAAUAACUCUCUGGAAGAUUGGCAUCAUGCAGCAAGGUCUUUAACCCUUGAAGCAAUGUCUGAUUUGCCUGCUCCGCAAGUCCAUUCUGCCAUGGCGAGCGAGGACUAGACAAAUCGUGUUGAAUUCCUUUCUCAGUCAGAAAAGCUUCAAACUGCUGAGAAGUGAAUUCCCCGCGAUCACUGAAAAGAGUCUUUAUCUUCUUACCAUGCACAUUUUCCAACCAAGCACAGAAUUCCUUGAACCUAGGAAAAGCCUCCGAUUUCUGCUUGAGAUUGUACACAAAAAUAUAUCUAGAAAAUGCAUCAAUGAGAACCAUGAAGUAUCUAUUUCCACCCAAAGAGGGCGAUAGUGGUCCAACCAAAUCAGCAUGAACAACCUGGUAUGGUUCUGUAGCUUUCCUACUAGACACCUUACCUUUCGCAGCCAUUUUCACCUUGUUUGCUGCGCAUGCUUUGCACUUCAUGUGGUACCUGCAGGGUUUAAUAGUCAUACCUUCAACCAAGGCAGGCAUUUUAGAUACUGCCUCAAAAUGCAAAUGACCAAAUUUUCGAUGAAAAUCGUGAAUACAUUCUGCAUGCAAACUUUUGUUAGAACCUGCAAUGCAACAAGUGUCAUCCUGCACCACAUCAUCAUAAUACAAAACAAACAAAUGAUCAACAUAUUCUGCAUGCAAUACAUAAUCAUUUUUCUUUGUGAUGAUGCACUUCUUGUUCUUGAAGGAAACGUCAAUGUUCCGCUCAUUCAGCUGUCCAACGCUGAGCAGAUUAUGUUUGGCGUCUGGCACGUAAAGCACAUUCUGUAUCGAUAAGUCCAAACUGUGAAGAACAACAGUUCCGUAGCCUUUACUGGGAAUAGUGUGGUCAUCCGCCUGGUGAAUCGCACCUUCCUGCGGUGUAAAAGACACAAACAGUUUCUUAUCGUUGCACAUGUGGUGGGUGGCCGCUGAAUCAACAACGAAGAAAGAUCUAGACGUCUUCUGGACCUCUGCAACCUUUGGAGUGAAGCGUGAAACCAUAGCCUUGUGCUGCGUUGUCCUAGACACCGGACCUUUGCCUUUGCCUCGGCCUUUUCCGCGCGAUGAGCUUCGCUGCGCUGCUCUGUCUUGGCCCUGGGAUGUCUGCAUUCCCUCUUCAUAUGGCCUAGACGUCCACACGAGUAGCAUUUCACUGCCUUCAAAGCUUUGGCGCCAUCUGGUGGUUCCACUGCACUAUGGGAUGACGUCUGUGAAGACUCCCUUGCCCAUGCAGCUAGCACCCCGGCGAUCUGCUUCAUUUAAAAUCACGGCAGUAACAAAGUCCACUGUCAGCUGAGCAGUUGGUUGCACAGCAAUCUGGGUUGCAACAGACUCCCAACCUGAACCCAAAGAUUGUAGUAUCAUGAAAGAAUACACAGCCUCUGGAAAGUUGAGUCCUCUCUGUUGCAGCUCAUGUCUCAGAUUUUGCAUCUGCAUCAGAUGUAAACGCACAUCUCCACCUUCAGCAAGAGCCAUAUUAUGCAGCUUGUUAAAGUAAAACAUAGUGGAUCCAGCUUCUGUCCUUAAGUGAGCCUCUCUCAGAGCGUCCCAAAUUUCUCUGGCUGAGGUCUUAUCACGCAAUAGACAGAGCUCUUCUGGGGAUACUAUCAAUGUAAGAGUUGCCCUUGCGUUGGAAUCCUUAGCGUCCCAUGCAACUGUACCUGGAACUGCGGGGGUACCGGGAAUCACCACCAACAACCCCACUUUCCGCAGAAUUGCCUCUGCAUACUGAACCCAGUCGCUGUAAUUUUUCUUGUUGAGCUUAGGAAUCCCACAAGCAUCCUGAAGGGCCAUCAUGACUCUGGCAUUAGCCUUCAGCGUCAUAUGCUGCUUUAAAUCUUGCUGCGUCACUGCUGCAGCUGCCUUAUCACAAAGGCACACUUAAAAGUUACUUCGAUUUCCCCAGCAUAGUGACUUGUGCCUGGGAGCCUUUUGCCUAUUCCUGCAAAACCGGCUUUAAAAGUUCAAAGUCCAGCCAUAAAGCCAUUAACUUGAAGCUGGCAGGCUGCCCGGAGCAGUAGCACAUACCUCAUCAAUCACUUCUACGCGCAGAGCAGAUUCCUUUCCGAUCCGUCCCUCUGCAUUCCGAUCCUUUGCCGGCACUCCGAUUCGACCUCUGGAGCCCAUAACCACGUGUUGAUUUAAAGCAGAGUCUGUCGUGGCCAGCGGAAGGAUGAAGAAUACGUGCUACAUACUCUAUAUUGCUUUAUUUACAGUUCAAAGCUGGUAUAUUACAGAAAGACAUCUUGCCUCUGCAAGAGCAGAAAAUGCAUCCUCUCUCCUCGACAGCUUGGAGAGAAUCACACAGUGAAAAAAACAGGAAACCAGUGUACGUCACAUCCAGUCUCCCUUUCCCGUGAGAAACUCCAACAGUACAGACUGUGGAAUGUAAACACCUGUCUUGUGACUGCAGUUGCUGCUCAGUGAAGGAAAUAGAAACCAACAGUUUAACCCACAGCGCCACCCAUGUCCCUAGAAACCAAUUACACGAGCAUUAAAAUAUAAACAUCCACAGUUAAAGCAUGCAGUAAAACAACCCCGUUCACAACCAGAGGUACCACUGUAUAUAACUGGACAUGCUUUUAUUGUACCUAGACACUCCUGGGCUUUCCUCUCUUUUGGACAGAAGCAUUUUUCUGCUGUUGCAUGCGGAUGCCCACUUGGGCCUAGUAUCUAGUUACCGUAUGCUUAAGCUCCCCACGCGCAAAUGCUUGGUGCUGUUGGGUUAAUUGCGCUGAAAGUACAUCUUCCGGCCCUCCUCCCUCGGGCUUCUCCCGCCACAGGACCCAGAAAUGUAGAGCUGCAUUGUUGUUUUCCCCCAGCUCUUGUAGCGUUGAGUCCUCUGUGCCUCUUUCCUGACGCUCUGCUCUCCCGCUGCAGGUGGGCAAGGGCUGCUGCGCCGCCCUGAAGGCCAUGGGCUCCAUUGUGUACGUGACAGAGAUCGACCCCAUUUGUGCCCUGCAAGCCUGGUAAGAGCUGAAGCUGCGGAGGAAUGGGGGCAGGGUCCUCAGUCAGCACCGGAUUUGAUCCCUUGCUUUACUGAAUGCCGCUGGCCCUUCCUAUUGCCAUCCAUUCAUCAGUGGCCAACUUUGGAAGGGUGGGGCAGCGGGAAGGAGUUAAGAGAACCACGUGGAUCAGAGUGAAGCUGCUAGGAGGCACCCAAAGUUUCCAGUUUUGAAGGAGUUUGUAACUCUAAAGCAGUGGUGGCGAACCUUUUAGAGACCGAGUGCCCAAACUGCAAACCAAAACCCACUUAUUUAUUGCAAAGUGCCCAGAGUUGGGGGGGGGGGAGCUGCUGUCCAAAGUUUUGGAGCUUUUUGCUGGGGGUAGCAAAAGUUGCUUUGCUUUUUGGGGGGAGGGGAGAGAACAGAAAUAAAUGACCAAUAAUACCUUCGCUGGAAAUAACACGCAGCACCGACUUCAUCACCCGCAUUUGAAAUAAAAGGACACAUUCUACUCAUGUAAAAACACACUGAUUCCCAGACCAUCCGUGGGCCGAAUUGAGAAGUCAGUUGGGCUGCAUCCGGCCCCCAGGCCUUAGGUUGCCUACCCCUUCUCUAAACGGAAUUGCCACUCUCUCCCCACUACCCCUAUCCUGGGUGGUCCUGGGGUGCUCAACAUCAGCAGAGCAUUCUUCAGCAGAGCAGGAGCUUCACAGUGAUGACGAUGACAGCAACAGCAACAGCAACAACUUGUUGUUGUUGUUGUUGUUAGUAGUAGUAGUAGUAGUAGUAGUAGUAGUAUUACCCCGCCCAUCUGGCUGGGCUUUCCCAGCCACUCUGGGCGGCUUCCAACAAAGAUUAAAAAUACAAUAAAACACCUGUCAUUAAAAACUUCCCUAAACAAGGCUGCCUUCAGAUGUCUUCUAAACAUCAGAUAGUUGUUUUAUCUCUCUGACAUCUGAUGGGAGGGUGUUCCACAGGCCGGUUUUCAGAUGGGGGUAUUUUCUGCUGGGCUUUGGUUUUAGGGGUCUCUCUCUCUGCUUAUUUCUCACAGCAUGGACGGCUUCCGUCUUGUGAAACUGAACGAAGUGAUUCGGCAAGUCGACAUUGUUAUCACUUGCACAGGUACGCUUGCGUCGCAGUGGGGUUUCGUUGUGCAAAUGGUAGCGCGACCCCCUUUGGCAGUCUUCCUAAUGGAACGGUAGAAGGAAAUCCAUAGCUGGCCGUGUCCCGGAAGGGUGGGCUGGGCCCAGCUCCUUCCAUUUCAACCAGGGUUUGUGCAACAAGAUGCUCCCAGUGUGUGCUAGUCGUUCUUAGAAAGCCAGGGUGGGGUUUAGAGUAAGCACUCCAUUCUGUAAAUCUUGUUUCUUUGUGUAUGUUUGUAGGUAACAAAAACGUAGUGACCAGAGAACAUCUUGACAGAAUGAAGAACAGUUGCAUUGUUUGUAACAUGGGGCAUUCCAACACUGAAAUUGACGUGGUAAGAGCUGGGCUUCCUUUUUCCCCCAGUCUCUAGUAAAGGGCUUUAGGGAUGGUCUUCCCUGCUCUACCUGCAAUGCAGUGCAUUAUGGGAAACGAAGGAGGGUUCUGGGUCUUUUCUAGCAGAGCUGGAUCCAAAUUCAGGGGCGUGCUAGAGCAGCUUUUCUAUAGGCAAUAGAAGAAGAAGAGGAGUUUGGAUUUGAUAUCCCGCUUUACCACUACCCAAAGGAGUCUCAAAGCGACUAACAUUCUCCUUUCCCUUCCUCCCCCACAACAAACACUCUGUGAGGUGAGUGGGGCUGAGAGACUUCAGAGAAGUGUGACUAGCCCAAAGUCACCCAGCAGCUGCAUGUGGAGGAGCGGAGACGCAAACCCGGUUCCCCAGAUUACGAGUCCACCGCUCCUAACCACUACACCACCCUGGCUCUCUGAGCUCUGUGAAGCCUGAAAGAUUGCCAUCCUGCCAGUAGAUAUUUCUAGAUACCUGUGUUCUGCUCCAAAGAAACACUUGUGUGGGGCUUAUCCUCCUGAGGGCAUGUCAUCUUCUGAACUAGAAAAACACAUGGGUUGGCUUAAUAAUGAACAGAACUUUAUGCCUGGUUUUAUUACAUUUUCAUUCUGUCCAAGGAGCUCAGAGUACCAGGUUUCCCCCCUUCUUCUUGGCAACCCUGUGAAUUAGGUUAGGCUGAGAGAGAGAGAGGCUACACAACCUUCACCUAGGGAGUUUGAUGGCUGUGUGUGAACUUGUAUCCUGGGCCUGGACAGAAAUAAUAAUAAUAAUAAUAAUAAUAAUAAUAUUUUUUUAUUUAUACCCCCCCCUUCCUGGUUCAAAAACUGGGCUCAGGGCAGCUAACAACAAAUUUAAAACACUUAAUUGUAAAAGCAGCGUAAAAUACAGUAUAAAAACACGAAUAACAAUAAAAUUCAAAGUUCAGAAAUCAGUUUAGGGGAAAUCCAUCUAAUAAGCAUUAGAUAAUCACCAGGGCUAGCUGGCUGAAUUAGUCCUAUAUGGGCCAGGGAGGAGGCCAGGGGAGAAUUAGCUGUGGGGUCUCGGAGCGGGUGAUCUUCAUAAAAGGGGAGGGGGGAAGGAAGAGAAGGGAAAUAGAAGAUCAGGCUGAAUUCAGAUCAAAGGCCAGGUGGAAUAGCUCUGUCUUACAGGCCCGACGGAAGGAGGUUAAAUCCUGCAGGGCCCUGGUCUCAUGGGACAGAGCAUUCCACCAGGUCGGAGCCAUCACUGAAAAGGCCCUGGCCCUGGUGGAGGAUAGUCUGACUUCCGUAGGGCCUGGGACCUCUAAACUAUAGUUGUUCAUGGACCUUAAGGUCCUCUGCGGGGCAGACCAGGAGAGGUGGUCCUGUAGGUACAAGGGCCCUAAGUCACAACUAUUAGUUAGGCUUCCCCAAGCUGGUGCCCUCUCCAGAAUCCCCACCACCCCUGACAAUUAGCCGUGAUGGCUGGGGCUGGUAGGAGCUGGGCCCCAGCAGCCUCUGGAGGGCACAAGGUUUGUGGAGACUCCUGUGGCUGUGCCACUCGGCUGCUGUAAUAAAAAGUAAACGUCAGCCUUUAAACCAGCAAAGUGGGUCGUUCAGAACGCUCUUUGUGAAAGCACCCUUGAGGACGCUUGUCGGUGCUUCUUCCAGGCUCUCAUUGAGUGCCUUUUCGACCCUUCGUCUCACCGGUAGGGGCAGAUGGGAGUGCUGAACAGCUCUCUCCCCCCCCCCCCCCGGCUUUCCAAAACAGCACAAUAGGGAGGGCUGACAUUUGUUCUUUUGGAACCAGGCAAACACCAGCCUUGUCCAAGUUUUUUUGGGCGGGAGGGCAGGGAGAUAAGCAGUGGAGCUCGCUCACUCAUCUGUCAGGACAUCUGCUGGCAUGCCAGCUUGCAUUUACCUGCUAAGCAACCCCUGCAGUAAACAGCUGCUAAACACUGACGUUCCUUCAGCCCAGGCCUCUCUGUGUGUCAGUGUCAGCGGAGGAGCUGGGUAAUCGGAGCCCUCUGACAAGUAGGCUCCUGGUUUUGUCAUUGUCCUUUUCAGAGUCUGGAUGUGCCCAUGCACCUCUCUAAUUUAGGGGACAGGAUUGUAGGCGACAUUUUCCUGCCUCACUUGCCCUUACAGCAUUUCACCACACCACAGCAACUGCAAUCCACUGCAACGCCUGGAAUCACGGUUUGGUUUGGUUUUCUAAUGGGCGCUUCCCAAAAUAUUGUUGCCCCAGACACACCCACUGAGGCGCUCUUUCCAUCAGUCCGAUCUCACUGCUGGCGGGGGACUGGCCUGCGCUGCUGGCUUGCAUUCAGAAAUGUUGCAGAAAAGUGGGGUGGAGUGCCCUUUUUCUGGGCUGGUUUUUCCCCACUGCCUGCCCCCCCACCAAGAAAGUCAAGUAUAUACCCGUUACAGUGGUACCUCGGGUUACAUACGCUUUAGGUUACAGACUCUGCUAACCCAGAAAUAUUACCUCGGGUUAAAAACUUUGCUUCAGGUUGAGAACAGAAAUCGUGCUCCGGUGGCGCAGCAGCAGCAGGAGGCCCCAUUAGCUAAAGUGGUGCUUCAGGUUAAGAACAGUUUCAGGUUAAGAACGGACUUCCAGAACGAAUUAAGUACUUAACCCGGGAUACCACUGUAUAAGUCAAGUAUAUACCCAUUAUAAGUCAAGUAUAUACUCAUUAUAAGUCAAGUAUAUACUCAUUAUAAGUCAAGUAUAUACUCAUUAUAAGUCAAGUAUAUACCCAUUAUAAGUCAAGUAUAUACUCAUUAUAAGUCAAGUAUAUACCCAUUAUAUACCCAUUUUCUGCCAUUCCUGCACUCCAGAGUGGAUUCACGGUGGAUAUCAGUGUGACAUAACAAUUGGGGUUUUAUAAAGACAUAACAAUUGGGUAAAUUAAUAAUGAUGAUGAUGAUGAUGAAAACAACUUCAGAGUAAUUUCAGUAAUCAGCUCCUAACAAUUCAUGACACUGACCACAACAUAAUUCAAUAGUGAGUCACAAUUCAUUUAUGUAAAAUCAUUUGGAUUCUCUAGAGCAAAGGUGAUUAAGAGAGGGGUAAUAACAGAGACUUGUAGACGUAAGUACGGGAUGGAGAAAGCCCAGGACUUUUUUCUAUCCCCUCACAAUGCUAGAACGACCCAGGUCGUCCCAUGAGCUCAGUGCCAGAAGUUUCAAGACAGGCAGACUGAAGGUGGCUUUUCACUAACUGUUUUACGGGAUCUGUUGCCACAAGAGCAGUUGCUUUAAAGAUGAAGAAGGGGGAGGCUGCACUGGACAAAUCCGUGGUCUGAUUCAGCAGAGCAGUUCUUACUUCCUGCCUCUGGCGGUGCUGAAUUGGUGAAUCGGGGCCGCCGAAGUGUAAGGCGUGCGUUGUCCUGCAGUGCUCACCCCCUGCAGACCUUAGAUCUCGCUCAGCCGACGACAAGUUACUCCGUGCAGUGAGACUUUGUGCAGUGACCAUUUCUGCUGACUCCGAAGGCCCUUUCUGCUUCAGACUUUUCGAACGUUGUCUUCCAGGCCAGCUUGCGUACCCCGGAGCUGACAUGGGAGCGGGUGAGGUCUCAAGUAGACCAUGUGAUUUGGCCUGACGGGAAGAGGAUAGUGCUGCUGGCAGAGGUAAGGGAGGGCCUUCCAAACAGGGUGGAAUAACUUUGCUGUUUACUUGUGCCCUCCAGAUGUUUUUGGACUGCACGUCUUGUAGUCCUAAACAUCUGGAGGGCACCGGGCUGGUGAAGAAGGCUGGGUGGGUGCUGGGAGCUCCCUGUGUGUACAGUUGUGGUUCAGAAGAUGAGCUCCUCCUUCAUCUUGGCCUGGGGUUCUCUAGUGGACAUCUGGAGGGGCCUCCCAGUACUGACCCUUUAGAACAGCCUUUCUCAACCUGUGGGUCCCCAGAUGUUGUUGGACUACAGCUCCCAUCACCCCAAGCUAGCAAGUCCAGAGCUCAGGGAUGAUGGGAGUUGUAGUCCAACAACAUCUGGGGACCCACAGGUUGAGAACCGCUGCUUUAGAAGCUUCUCCCAAGAGCUAACAGCCUUGCUGAGUCAAAGACAGAGCCGUCCAAGUUCACUUCCUUCUGAGGGGGCUCCUGCUACUUCCUCCUGUUGCUGUUUGAUGGUGGAGCUGAAUUGCUGGCAGCCCCUGCAGGUCAGGAGCAGUCCGCCCAUGGAGAAGCCAGCGUUGGAUGCAGGAAUGAUGCAUUUUUGUCUUUCAGGGGCGCUUGCUGAACCUGAGCUGCUCCACAGUUCCAACCUUUGUGCUGUCAAUAACAGCGACUACCCAGGUGAGUGGGAUUUGCGGGGCAGUUUUCAAUAAACUAACAUACUGAAUCAGCCAAGAGGCCAACUAUUUCAGUUCUUUUUCAUAAUGGUGACACAGGGGUUUCCCCCGAAAAAGGUCAGAUGUCCUUCUCAGUGUGUGUUUGGCACCCAGAAAGGCAGCCCAAACAACAGUUUGUUGUUUUGCACCUCUCAACUCCUGCAGUUCAAGAGGGAAGGGCACUGAGUGAGGAUGAGGGUCUCAUACAGGGGUCAGCAGGGGGCCGGUCCACUGUCCUUCAGACCUUGUGAGGUCCGGACUAUAUAUAUGGGUGAGGGAAAUGAACGAAUUCCCAUGACCCGCAAAUAACCCAGAGAUGCAUUUUAAAUAAAAGGACACAUUCUACUCAUGUAAAAACACGCUGAUUCCCGGACUGUCCGUGGGCCGGAUUUAGAAGGCAAUUGGGCCGGAUCCAGCCCCCGGGCCUUAGUUCGCCAACCCAUGGUCUCAUAGCAAGCGUGGCCAGAGAUCACGGGUGAUGGGAGUUUGAGCCCCACAACAUAUGGAGGACCCCAGAUUCCCCAUCCCUGCCUCGCACCUUCAGCAGCAAGAAACUUAAUUCACACAUAAUGGAAUACCGAAUGGUUUGGUUUAUGUAAAAUAUGCAGGGAUUUAUAGUAUGCAAAAUGAAAGAGAAGAAGGGAAGUCAUUGAUACUUAAAGAAUGUUUAAGUGAGUAUACAGUGCUAGGUCAUAGAAGAACUCCCUUCAAAGGGUAUUUCAGGAGUUCUGUUGCCAUUCCUCAGUUGUGACUCAUUCUAGACAAGGGGUUCUUGCUGUUCCACCCCCACCCCCCCGCAUUUUGAAAUAUCUACGCUCUGCCCCCACUCACCCUGUUCUCUUGCACUGGGCUAUCAAGGACUCCCGCAGUUCAAGAUGAUACUGAGUGGAGCAGAUCUGUGACCCAGCAAAAUUCCUCGGGGUGAGAAAGCAGAGGUUGGAUUCCUUUCGUAUUCAGUGUGUUUAGCUGAUAGCUGUGUCUGGAGCGAACAAGGGAUGCCUCAUUCACCCACAGUCAGAACAGCUGCUCGUUUUAGCACUGGGCCAUCCUUCCUGAUUUUAACCUGUGAUCUGGCUGGCUUUGUGUGAAACAGUUGAAGUUCCUUCUUCCCCUGACUCCUGUCCUUCAAUGUCCAUCUUACGGGAAGCAGGGGUGCCAAUUUGAAUAAAAUAUUGGGGGGGGCGCAGGUAAGCCCUACCCCACCUAUUUGAUCAAAAGACAGCACAGGCACACACCAUUUGCAUGGCGAUGCCCAUCAACUUUGGGAGGGGCCCAACCCCCUCAUAUAUUUUAUUGGGGGGCGAAGGGCCCCCUAAGAGUUGGCUCCUGUGCAGGGAAGGAUCAGGAAUGGAAACAGUUUGGUGAUGGUGAGCCGCCAUGGAAUAGAAUCCUGGGCUGGUGGCAUUUCUGGUCCCUUCUAGUUCUCUCCACCAGGUGUUCCGGUCGACUUGAGCAGCCAUUGUUGGGUAGAUCUGUUCUGUGGCCAGAGAUCCAGCUUAAACUGGUCUCUCUUCUCGUUUGUUUGCCAGGCUCUGGCCUUGAUAGAGCUCUACAACGCCCCGGAAGGACGCUACAAGCAGGACGUCUACCUGCUCCCUAAAAAAAUGGGUAAGCUUCAGCCAUCACACCCCACCCUAAGGUACUCUCCUUCUUACCUGCUUCCUGCAGGUGGAAGGUUAGCAUCGGGACUUGUUCCCUGCUGUUGCUGCUGCUGCAUCCCCAAGGCUCCUGGGGAAAUGAUGAUGAUGAUGAUGAUAAUAAUAAUAAUAAUUUAUUCUUUAUACCCCGCCCCUCUGGCUGAGUUUCCCCAGCCAUUCUGGGCGGCUUCCAACAAAGAUUAAAAAUACAUUAAAAUGUCACACAUUAAAAACUUCCCUGAACAGGACUGCCUUCAGAUGUCUUCUGAAUGUCAGGUGUUUGUUUAUCUCUUUGACAUCUGAUGGGAGGCCGUUCCACAGGGUGGGUGCCACUACCGAGAAGGUCCUCUGCUUGGUUCCUUGUAGCUUUGCUUCUCGCAGGAAGGGAACCGCCAGAAGGCCCUCGGCGCUGGACCUCAGUGUCCGGGCAGAAUGAUGGGGGUGGAGACGCUCCUUCAGGUCUACUGGGCCGAGGCCAUUUAGGGCUUUAAAGGUCGAUUUCCUUUCCCUUUCUCCUGAGAGACUUCAGAGAAGGGUGACUACCCCAAGGUCACCCAGCAGCUGCAUGUGGAGGGGCGGGGAAGCGAACCCGGUUCACCAGAUUACGAGCCCACUGCUAUUGGGUCAGGGAUAGGGAGCCUGUGGCCUUUCAGCUCCUCUAUCAUUUCUCGCAUCUAAAAAGUCCCAGCCAUAUCCCUCAUCCCAGCCAUCUAGGAAUGAGGGGUCCUUUUUCUCUUCGUUGCUUUUCUGAUUAUGGUAACUGCCGAGGCAUUCCUGAGUGUUUUGAGUUUUGUUUUGUUUUGUUGCUGCUGAACUUCCUGUUUCCAUCCCACCCACUUGCAUUGUGGGAUGUUUGGGGUCUUCCUGCAGCCACACGGACUUAACCAGGGCUGCUUUUCCCUUUUCAGAUGAGUAUGUGGCAAGUCUUCAUCUCCCAACAUUCGACGCACACCUGACGGAGCUUUCGGAUGAGCAAGCGAAAUACUUGGGUCUAAAUAAACAUGGGCCUUUCAAACCAAACUACUACAGGUACUUCCCUUUUGUUAAAAUAAAAUAAAAAUCAGGAAACCUCCCCCACCCCUGCCCCCAUAUAAUGUCCUAUAUGCUGAAGAUCUGAGGGUUGUUUCAGAGUCUGUGCUGUAGGGCAGGUAGUGAGGAGACCAUAAAGGCACAAUGAGGCCUUUAUAUUUCUCCAGCUCAUGUCAGUGUGAGAACGUACCAGAUCCUCCGUUAUGGCAGGCAUUUUGGCUGAAGAUUAUAGACUCAGUCUACAGUUAAAGAUUACAGUUUGCAGUCACUUAGCAGCAUGGAAACAAAACUAGGUCCAGCGAGCAAUGGCCCCCCCAGCUACAAAAGCCUAGUUUAACGGUGCAGUGGUAUCUCGGGUUACAAACACCUCAGGUUACAAACACUUUGGGUUACACACCCUGCUAACCCAGAAGUAGUACCUCGGGUUAAGAACUUUGCUUCGGGAUGAGAACAGAAAUUGUGCGACGGCGGCAGCGGGAGGCCCCAUUAGCUAAAGUGGUACCUCAGGUUAAGAACGGUUUAGGUUAAGAACGGACCUCCAGAACGAAUUAAGUUCGUAACCAGAGGUGCCAGUGUAAAGACAGCUGAGUCCCUCAUUUAUUGCACCCCUGAUUCUGCUAGAUCCAAGAAUUCAGUAGCUUCCAGAGCCGUCUCCUUGUUUGGGGUGAGGAUAGAAGCCUGUGUCCCAAGAGGAACGUAAUUGGAGCUUGGUGGGCUUCACUGCAACUUCCUGCUCCCAAGAACUUGCAAUUGCUUUACUAGCACAGUUUAAUUGAAUGAAAUGCAUUCACUUACCUAACAGAGAGAAACCUCCUACUCUCAUCCGAAAGUGUGUGUUCUGAUUUAGUGUGCAGCGGGAAUUAGGAGAUGAGAAAAGAGCUCAGAUGUUACGAGAGCAAAUUAUAAGAGCAUUGCGCAGCAGCCUUUCUCCUCAGCCCCCACCCCACCACCACCUCUUGAAGGAAAGAGAAAGUGAAUGCUUUGGGGUUAUAAUCCAGUUGUUUUGUGAUUUAUUUUUUAAAACAGGUAUUAA